AUUGGAAGCAGAGUAGUUAGGUUUCGAAUUAUGAGCAUGAACGGAUGCUGUUUUUCCCCAGCACCAAAAACCCUCCCAAAAAACCACCCCAGAAAUCCUUUUUUGGCAGCUUUCCUGUCCAAUGAGGAGCAGGAAAAGCCAGCAGAGGAUUUAUAAUUUGUCCUAAUCUUAGAUAGACGGGCAGCAUUGAGGAGGCAGGAGGGAAGCGAACACUUCACCAAAGGUAAGCUCUGGAAUUCUCACAAGCAGGCAGAAAUCCUCCCGCGGUCGGUCCCCCACCCCCACCCCCCAAUAUUGAAUGUUCAUUUUCAAAAUAUUGAAAAACAAAAAUGGUUUUCAGCUGGGAAUAGCAAUAACUUAAUGCUGCAAUGUUUUAAUUUUUAAAAUGUUGCUCCAGAACAACCCUCCAGUGUUAUCUGUUCCAAUAAAUUCUACACAAUAAGGGGGUCUGCAUAACCUGCAACGAUUAUAGAAUUGCUUGCGAGUCAAGCCUCUUUUUUAUCAGUGGAAUUUACUUCUUCCAAGCGAUGUACGCUUAGAAAUUGUCACAAGGAAAAGGCUAGUGUCUCAUUCCAAGGAACUGGGUCGAGAUUUUAUACAUCUCUUUAUGGGACAUUUCCAUCCUCCUUCAAAAAGGUUUUGUUUGUGCAACCACGGAUUGACUGCCUCCCCUACGGCCCGAUCCGAUGCGGACUGGCGCGCUCAGAAGCCAAAUUUUUCACAGGACCGAUCGGAGACAGAAUCGUGGGCAGCGCGCACGUGUACGAGAAAAAACAGAGGAAGCGCAAUACAUGAUUCUAGAUACAUGAUAACAGAGCAGGGAGUAACAUCAAAUGUGGAUGCGGAACCAGGAAAUGAAGGACGAAAAUGCAAACUUUUAUAGAAAAUAACGUUUUAAAAAAUAAAUAAAUUAAAAAGCAUCCGUCCCUCCCCAUCCAAAGACAGUCUAGGCUUUUCUGAAUUCUGCUACAGACAUAGCGCAAAGAAGUAGCAAGAGGAUAGAGAAGCUACAGCGCGGCUACAUGGCGCUUCCGGGUCUUUUACGCCUGUUCGCGCCUGGAACCAACAGCAAGAGAAGGGAGGGGUGGAGACCUCCGGACCAAUCAGCAGUCCUGUUAUCUUCGCGUGAGGAGGGCGGGACAGCCAAUCACGGCGGCGGCGGCGGCGGCGGCGUUGGCUGCUUCCCCCGCCACUCCCCGCACCCUCUCCGCAGCCGCUGAGGUACGGAUGGGGGCGGGCGCGUCGGUUGGCGGUUGGAGCCCCUCAGGCGCGUCGCCCGCGCGCCAUGCUGAUCACGCUCUGCUACUUGUACCUCUGGGCGCGCUGGGGGGCCUCUUCGGCGGGGCUCAUCCGCCGCACGGUGCGCAGGCUGUACAGGACCCGCUGCUCCUUCACCUUCUCUACCUCCUCCUCUUCCUCCAGCCCCGGCUGCCCUCGCCAAACUCCGCAGCACCGGCAAGCUGCCCACCAUCCGCUUCGCAAGCCGGGGCCCCGGCGCCCCCCGGAGGAGGAGAGAGUCUGCCUGAGGGUGGGGGACAAGGUCUUCUUCACUGACGAGACCCAGGUGUGAGGCGGGAAGGGAGGAGGAGGAGGCGCGGCCCGUGGCGCGCCCGUUUCGCCAGGUGUACAUAAAAUGGAUGGGCAGCGGGUGGUCCUCCAGUUGUAGGACACCUCAGCCCCGACCAGUUUGGCCAGUAGUCGGGGAUGGUGGGAAUUGGGGUCCAGUCAGGUACGGAGGACCACAGGCUUCCCACCCCUGAUGUAUAGGAUGGGGGUGGGGAGAUUAUAUAUCUCAACACAAGUGUAGGUUAUUUGGACCGGGGAGGGAGUUAUUAUUACCAUGUUUAUGUCCCACCUUUUUUUCCAAGCCAGUGGCUCAAGGUGGCUUACAGAUGAAAUAGAAACCGCUUUUUUUAAAAAAAGUACAUUUUAAUACUCUGGGGUUUCUGGCCCUUCAACCGCUGGAGGAUAGGCAGAAAUUAAUAGGUGCAGCUGUCCUUAGAUUGGGGAGGGUGCAACAAUAUGGUGACACAGUAGUUUUGUUUAUACGUUAUGUUUAUAUGUUUAUAGCCUGCCUUUCACUUGAAAGGCCUCCAAACUUGCAAACAAGAACGUUGCAGUUUAAAAGCGACUCCUUAUAAAGCAGCUGUUUCUAAAGAGAAAAAGCAGGUACUGGUAACUAAGAUUAGAUAUAGCAGCAGUAAGUUAAUUGAAGAUUACAGGUGAUAAUAGGUGAAAGCUCUGGAAAGCCUAUUUUCACCCGAUGUCUGAAUAGUAAGAAUAAUUAAAAGCACAUUUGAGAAAGGAAAAGCAUGCUUUUUAAAUUUCUAACCUGUAAAAAGUACAAGGAUGCUUCCUAUGUUAAGUAGUGUUAUUUCUUUAUAUACACACACACCCACACACCCCGCAGCCACAUUUAAUGGAGAUGUGAUUACUCCCAAUUGUUUGGUGCAUGUACCAGUGAAAUGCAUGCAGUGGCAAAAUCAUGCUUGUAUGUGCUUGUGUGCGUUAAUUAUGUAUUAAUACAGGCUGCUUUGUGUAUAUAAUUUAAAAAGUGUAAUGUGUGACAUGACCCUAAAUAUUUUGGUAGGAUAAAAGAUGGAAACCCUAGGACAAUGUUAACUACAACACUGAGGGAGCAAUUCAGCAUUGCAGUGUUUCAAAUAUUUUGGUGUAAGCAUUUCUGUUUGCCUGACAUAAUUAUUUCCCCUCUUCUCCCCUUGCCUGUCACUCCAGGUGUUCUCCUGACCCCACAAGCUAGUUGGUGAGGGAAGCCCUGUUGCGCUAGUGGAAGACCUAAAUAUAGCUAAAAACGUGUACAAAUAAAAAUAUGCAUUACAAAUCAUUAAAACACAGAUACAUAUAUUCUGAAGCUUAAACCUUCUGUUACCAGAUUGCAAAAGUUUGGGUAAAUAAAAUUGUAUUCAACUGACAUCUGAAAGCUGCAGGUAGAGCUCCACCCAUAUUAAGGAUUGAGUGGCUGGUAUUGGAAGAUGAGCUUCUGUAGAUGUUUGUUUCCUUAAGUCAUUUAGCACUGACUCAUUGAAUCAAUGUCACAGUGCACAAGUUGCCAGUGCAAAACUUCAGUGUUACAUGAGAUCCCACAUUCCUGUCCAAGUUAGUAACCUGGCAGCCUCAUUCUGCACAAGCUGCAGCUUUUGGGCUGUUUUCAAGGACAAUCCCAUGUGAUGGUAUUAUGCUUCAUCAACAAAGUUUGCUCUACAUUGUUAUGCUGGCAUGAUAUAAUAGCAACAGUGGUUUUUCUUCUGGAGCAGAAGUCAUUGUGCCUCAUGUUGGAACAGUGGCUGAUAGGAUUGCACAUUUAACUGUUCAUUGUGAAAUUAAGCAAAACAUCCCUCGCGGUCAGCACUCAUGUCCUUCAAAAAUGUGAAAUAUUUUAAAAAUAAACAUAUAAGAAGAUGAAAUCUGUUAGCCUGAUGUUUGGAUACAACAAUUCAUUUAUUGCAUAUGAUCAAUCAGAGUUAAAAUCAAACAAGCAGAAAUUUAGUGUAUGUAAAAGCGGGUGUAAAAUUGAAGAGUUAAGUAAAACAUUUAGGUUGCUAUCUUAAGUAUAUUUAGAAAGGCAAAAAGCUGCAUACAGUAUACGUGAACUACCACUGCAACUCAAUUUGUGGACUAUUUUGUUUGACGUAUUUUUUGUAAUCUUGUUAAUUCUUUGAAACAUUAUUUUAGUUUCGUAACAUGUAAAGCGGCCCCUUGGUGGCUAUUAUGUCACACUCUGAUCUUUAGACAGUCAUAAAGUACAAGAGAGUGCAGUCCCAACACUCCUUAUUGGAAUUUCUAGUGUUAAGAUAUGACUAAUUUCCACUCUCAGUUGCCAGUGGCAUGCAUAUAGGGUUUUUAUGAUAGAGACUAACACUUUAACUAACAAAGAAGUAGAUUACCUUCCUAUACAUGUUGGACCUUAAGGUGUUGUAAGAUGCCAUCAAAGGUGUGGGAUUCCAAAAAUGUAUAUGGUAUGACACACCAAGUAUAGGAGAGGAUUCUCUUUAGCCGCUGGUUGGCCACAGUGAGAACACGUUGCUGGACUAGAUGGGCCUUUGGUCUGACCAAGCAGGGCUCUUUUGUUUCAGUUGGAUCCAGAUAGAGCAAAGUGUAGUGAAGUUAGUCUUAACUGUUGUGUUUUCCUGAAAUUACAUAUCAGAGCUCAAUUUGGGGAGGAAGAGGUAAGCUUCCCAAAAUGUUGUUAAGCAUCUCUUUUUCCCUCUCUUUUCCAGUCUGUUGAUGAUUUAAACAAAUGGACGUUGCUUAUUGUAUCGCCUUUUCAUUAUUUGGAUAAAAUAUUGGAAACAGAACGUAUCACAUUUCUAACUGAAAGUAUUUCCAUUCAAGCAGGCAGUUCUCAGGCUGUAAAUUGCUCAACAGAAAAGGUCAGUAUGUUCUGUAAUGGUUUUGGUUUUAUUUUAUUUUUUCAUAAGAUUUUAUUAAAGCUUUUUUAUAAUACAAUAAGAUAAAAGAACCUAAUCUAGAUAAAAACACAAAUAGAGAAAGAAAAAGAAAAGAAAACUCAGUCCUCUCUCUUUGGCUCUGAUUGCCUCAUAGAGAACUUGAACCUUUGCUAAGCUGAAAUCCUUCCAAAGUAUCCUGCUUUGCCACAGGAUUCAGAAUUUGUCAGAAACCAGUGCACGCUCCUAAAUUCCUGUAUUCCUAGGCAAAAUGCACAGCUAUGGAUAUGAAUGCUACAUAAUUAAAAAAAUAAUAAUCUGGGAAAUAUGUCGUGAUUUUUUCCUUCAGAUUGUGAAGUGGUCGGACUAUUGUUCACCUUUGGCCUUCAGACCUGGCGAACCUUACAUAUUAUUUGCUGAAACAAGCAUAGAUAACUUCAGUAGCCUUGGGAUAGCAUUCAUGGAAAAUAGACUCCAAAUGGAUAAUGGAAUGAAGCCUCAAAAAAUUGUGUGUAAGUAUCUUUAUAAUUAAUGUGUUCCAUUGCAGUGGCCCACAAAGCGACUUGGACCAACAUAACUUAAUUGAUAUUCUGUGCAAGAAAACGGGUAGGGUCCAUCCUUCUGUCUGUUAAUUGUAGUUCCAUUAUUUAUAUCAUUUACUAGGUGCAUAUUUUGUGAAUUUAAGGCCCAGUCUUAAUAUUGCUAGGUCAAGAUUAUGUGCUGUCAACUUCAACACAACAUACUUAUGACAAACAACCCAUUUCUACACUUUUCACUGAAUUCAGUGCUUGGGGUUGGGACUUUUUAUACAUCCAAUACAUUACAUAUUGAAACAAUAAUCAAUCAAUAAUGACUGGCCACUGUGUAGAUGGGUGUCAUAAAUGGCAGAGAUAAUAGGACUCAUUGAUACAUCUGGAGAGAAGUAGAGGGCUAGAUGUCAUAGACCACACCAUAUCAUACACCACACCAUAAAAUGCUUUCCUCAACUUUGAUGACAUCAACUCCCACUCUCAGUAACUAGAAGUAAUUUACUCUAGGGAACAGGGCAGUUAUGUAUGUACAGUAGUGCUCACUAUAAGGGGAGAGCCUGUAACUCUGCAUUGGUAUAGCCAGUGGUCGGGGAUGAUGGAAGUUGUAGUUUGACAGUAUCUGGAGAGCCACAAGUUCUAAUGGUGUUCUUGUUCUAAUGGUGCAGUUUUAUAUUUUGAACUUGACUUGUUGCCCAAAAUGUUGGGCCAUCAUUGAGUUCAUUUAUUAUUAUUAGCAUUAGCAUUAUGAAUUGUGUGUUAAAACGUGGAACUUUACUUGAGCACCUCUCCUAUGAAAUAGUUAUUUGGCCUUCACACCAUUCUUGUAAACAUUUAAUUUUUAAUCUCUCAAUUCAGUUAUUUUGUUGAUUGGGUAAGCUAAUGACUGACAAGCAUAAAUCUAAUUCUUAUCCUGGAGUGUCUCUGGAGUGUAAAAAAGUUAUAAAUACUUAACCAUCGCAAAGUAUCCUCCAGAUACUGGAGAAUUUAAAAGUUCAGGUCCUCCUGGUGAUGUCUAUAAUUGUACAUUAUUUAAUAAUGCAAAAUCUAGUAACUGCUUUGGAAUGCAAACUUUUCCUUUAAAAAUGUUGUUUUUUAAAGCAUGCUUAGUUGGAGAUGCAUUGAAACUAGUGAUUUCAAUGCACCAGUAGUUGUGCAAGGUCUUCUACAUUAAUAGUAAGUGAACACAAUGGACACAGAUAGCAAAUGGGAAAGUGCAUUGGUAUUUUGAGAUGGGAAGGGAUGACAUUGUCAUCCAGACUGCCAUACUGAUGAGAACUGUAUCCAUAAUUUGUGCAUCUGCAUCCAGUCAGCACCACUUUUUUCUUGUACUUUGCAAGUAAAUUUCUUAAUUCAGAACCUACACAGAUGCAUAUGAGAGCAUAACCACUGUCCAUACACAGUUGUGUGCUGAACUGACCUGGUUGCUUAUUCCUUCUGAAGGUCAGGUCACUGAAGUGUUCUUAGUUGGAUAUCCAAAUAUGAGACUCCAGAAUUAACACAUGCCAAUCUUGACCUUUGCCACAUGUUUUGGUUCACUUAAUUGCUUAGCCGUACUUGUCCUCAGUCUAACUGCUAGGCAUUUUUCUUUUGUGUAUGCGUACAAUAGCUUAUUGGCAUAGGGUUUAAGUAAGACAGACAUUUUUUGUUAGGGCAAAUGAUGACUUCAGUCACCAACAGCUUAAUCUGAAGAUGUGCAUUGCAAGCACAUAAUUUUUUACCAACAGCUGCUCCAUUGCAUCAUCAUGAUAAUAUAAUGUUAUAUUGCAUUGCAAACAUGCUGGUAGUAAAAUGGAGACAUGUCCUCACAAUUAUUUAAGAUUAGAACACCAGUUUAAGCUUAUAUUAAAGGCAGCAUUAUUCAACAUUGCCAUUAUUAUGCAUUCUGUUUAAUAACUUACUUUAAAUAUGUCAGCUGUUCACUUGCAGAAGUCAGCACUGGAAGAGUUAGAACAACUGGCUCCAAAUACCCAAAAAGAGGGAAAUACUAAUAAGAUGCCACUUGGUGAACUGACUCAAGGGUCUACUUUUGAGACGGAUGCUAAACCAGAAGAGGAAGCUCUUGAUUGUGCAGCAGGUGGCGAUCAAGAAAUGCAGAGACCAGCAUGUAAAUUGCAGAAAGUAAAUGAACAUCCUGAACAACUUGAGCAAAUAUCUGAAAAGGAAACGGGAACUGGUGAACAUCACCACCUUCAUCUUUCCAGCUGUCAUGAGUGCUUGGAACUGGAGAAUAGCACAAUUGAGUCAGUUAAGUUUGCCUCUGCAGAAAACAUUCCAGAUCUUCCUGAUGAUUAUAGUGGCAAUUCCGAAGAUGUUAGUGAUAAUCUGGCAGGAAACCUGAAAAGGGUAAACCUUACUGGGAAACCUCCUAAUAUUUUAAUUUACGUUGGUUCUGACCCUGGAAAAGUGAAGUUUGAGGAAAUAAAAUCACUCAUCAUGGAAUGUGUAGAUGUUAAUGCUUAUACAGUCUACCAGUUGUUAGAGAAUCAAGUUAUGAGCGUUCCAUGGCUUGACAAUGCAUUGCUGUUGAUUGUUGCUGCACCACACCCCAUUUCAGAUGAUGUGUCCAAACAAUUUCUUGCUUUUAUGUCAAAAGGUGGGAAGAUUUUGGGACUUGCUUCUUCUUUCACUUUUGGUGGAAUACAGCUAAAAAGUAAAGAUGAACUGAUGGGCAAAAUACAGGACUUCGUGUUUUCAACAGCAAAGAGCAAAGAGGUUAGACUAAAUAUUCUAGCUAGUGGGAAAGUUUUCGAGAGAGAAACUGCAGAAGAAUUAAGCCCCAUGAAGCUACUAGGUUACUUGGAGAGUCCAGAUAAAGAUAUGGUGAUUGUCCAUCUACCCUAUGGAAAUGGUGGUGGAGAAGCCAUUCUUUGUCAGGUAUGGUAGACAUAAGUUUUGUUUGCAAAUGCUUUUCUCAGUGUUUUCUUAAAGAAUCCUGCUUUCAGGAAAAUGACAGAUUUGUAGGCAGAUAGAUUUUCCAAGAACAUGUCUGUAAGUCUGCACUAUAGCAUUUCCACUGUUCCUUCUCUAGUAAUAAAAUUCCAUAUUAUAGCCUCUUCAUAAAAGGCAGUAUCACCCAGUUCCAACAUUCAGAUUAAGUGAUCUAGCAUUUAAAUUAAUUUAAAUUCUAGGCUGUUGGAAAAAAUAUUUUUGGGGCUAUUUUUAAACAAGAUCAACAGUGAUCUUAGCAGAUAAAUAUUCAUUGUCACUGUAGUACCAUUUCUGCUUUCUGUAUUGUAUUAAUGUGUAGUUGCUAUAAAAAAACAACCCAAGUAGCUGGUGAUUGAAGAUUAUCAAGGUGCAUCAGUGUAGUUGAUUAUGCAGUUAAUGUAGUAAUCCUGGGUUUUUAAAAGUGACUUUUAAUACAUUUGAAGGGUAAUAUUUCUGCCUUGUAUUCACAGGCACAUUUGGAAGUGAAUGUCAAGGGUUUGUCUGCUCAAACAAAGGAUGACUUCAAUUUGCUCAAAAUGAGCAAUGCCAAAAGAUAUGAUGUUCUUACCGAAAUCCUGACACUACUUCAUUUGAGCUGUGAUUUAAGUGAAGUUCCCCAAUUAACUCCUAUUUACUUGCUCUCAUCUGAUAAGGUGAGCCUUAUUUAAUUGUAUUCAAUUUAAAGGCAGCAUUCAAAAUGCCCAGUUGCUCACUUUACUGUGGUUUCUUUCAUACAAUAUUUUAUUAUUGGACAAUAGUAUGUCUUUGACUGCGUUCAUAAUUGGGCAUAAUAAAUAACUUAUGUCUUGUGGAAUAAUUUUGCGAGCUAUAGAAACCAGUGUUCCUUUUAACAGGCAGAAGUAAGUGAACAAAAAUACAUAAAAAAUAAGAGAGAGAGAAGGCUUGCAAGUAUAUUAUGACUGAAGUUUUAGUGAACUGGAGGGCUUCCACAGCAGAUCUUAAGGUUUAGGGGAAGAAACACAAUCGGCAUGAGAAACAGGUUGGAGUUCACCAUAUUCAAGAUCAACUCAAGAGUCCACUUCAUCAAAUUCAACUUAUAUCUGAAGUGAAUUCUAUGUUGUGAACGCUUCAUCCCAUAAUAAAUUUGUUAGCCUUUAAAGUGCUACAUGACUGCUGUUUUUGUUACAAUAGAGUAACACAGCUAUACCUUUUUUGGAGUGGGGUCCUUGAUGCCUUUUACUUCUGUGUGUUGUGGAAGCGUAUAUCCGCAGUUUACAAGUUUUAUUUUUCCGUUGACUGAGUUUCUUGCAUUUUUAUGGAAUAUGAUUUUAUGUAAUCUGAAAUGCUUUUCUGAUUGCUAAGCUAAGAUUGAAUCAUUACGUCUACACAUUUUGAAAUGUCUGAAUAACAUGACAGUAAUUUAGAUGUGAUUAUGAAAUUUUAGUCCAUCAUUCACUUGGUUUCAGUAAAUCAUGAAUACAGUAGACAAUAACAUCAAAUAUAUUAAAUAUAUACUGAUAAUAGCAUUAAAAUAAUGCUUUAACAUGUUGAAUAUGUGCUUAUAUAUGUCCAUACAGUAACCUAUAUAUAACUUAUUUCCUUAGGUUAUUGUAUGUUUCCUGAUUAUCCUUCCUGUGAUCAAAUCAUAAGUAUCACAAUCUAAAAUGAGGGAAUGGUACUAUCAGACUGACAGUAUGCCUUUGCAGUUAGCUUGGUGCAAGAGUAGAGGGGGUGUUCUUUGGGCCAACUUAAUGAAAUUAAUUUGGAUUCUGGAAAACUUGUUCCUUUGCAUCUAUCUCUUGGAAAGCUUUUUAAAAUUAUUUAUAUCCAGCCAUAUUGUCUUUCUGACGUAAUUCAGUCAUAUUUUGGAAAUUAAUGCUUGUUUAAUAUAGGUAUUUAUUUUCAAUGUAAAUAGAGUUUCAGUUGAAUUUGAGAAGGUUUUUAAUCUUUAAAGGCAGUGUAAAAUAUUUAAAUGACUGAAUAAAUUAUUCAGAACAUACUGUGUACAAAUCUAAACUAGCUCAUUUCAGUGUCUGCUUAUACAGUUUUCUAGCACUUUUAACAUUUAUUAUUGGUUUUGGGGAAAGAAACAUUAUGCCUCUGAAUGCCAGUUGCUAGAAAUCACAAGUAUGAAGAGUGCUCUUGCACUCAUAUUCCGCUUGUGUGCUCCCCAUUGACACCCAGUUUUUACUGGGUUAGAUCAGCCUUUGGCCGAAGUCUAACAAGACAACAUUUCUUGUCUUGCCACAAGAUGGCACUUCUGAGCUGCUUUAGAGCUUAGGUUUGUCUUGUUGAAAUAGUGAAUUUAAUAAAAGUGAUUAUGUUUGCCUUAGUCAGACACUGGUUUUUAGGACUUAAACCUAAAGAUUGGACUUAAAGCCAAUCUUAAGCAGCUCAGGGAAUUCAGAAGAUAUGUUGCAGCAAAUUGCACUGAAAAUAAUAUUUACAUUUUUAAAAUUCUUGAUCCUGGGUUCACUUUUCAUUGCAUAAUUUACACAGGAAUAGAUCUAUAGAAUAGAUAUUCUAGGAGAUUAUAACCUGCACAGUAAUAAAACAAUGUUCCCAAAUUCCAACUAUUAUUAUUAUUUACAGUCCACAGUUAGGCAAUACAUAGAGACCAACCCAAGUGUCAUGAAUGCAUAGCAAGGUUUCAACUUUUCCAUAAUUCUUCAUCAAGCAAGACUCUGCACAAAACAGGGGGUAAGGGGAACAAGGAAAAAUAAGGAAUGAAAAAUUAAUUUGAUGUUGUAACCGUGGAGUCAGUUUGUAGAGUCAGUUCUAAUAUGGAAAUUAUAGCCUUAAUAAUUUCCACUCAGUGCUACAUAGAUCAUCUUACACAGUUAGGAUUCUGGGAUACAGAAGCAAUGGCUGCUCCAGAUUUCUGAGAAAUUAAAGUUUGACUCGUAACAGAUCUGUCUAGAUUCUUAUAAAACACAAAUUCUGACUAUCGGUCGAAUAAAGAAAUUGAUUGAUUGAUAAAACACAAAGGUUGUUGGGUAGACAGAAGUAAGGAUAAACACUAGCAAUUUCAGAUGAUGUGCUAGGUAAAAAAUAGUCAAUUGUUCUAUAUAAAUGGCAAUUGCAACCAAAUUAUACAGUAGCACCUAGUGGUUGAAGGGGAUGGUAAUCUCCACAGGUCAAGGUCCAUUGUCAGGUAGUAGAAAUUCAUCUUUGUCUUUGAUUUUUGUUUAGUGUGCUUUCCCCCCCCCUUUUUUUUGUCCAAGUCAGUGCAAUAUGUUGAAGUAAAAAUGUUCCAUGGGUUUUUCAAAAUGAAAUUUUAACCUGGGAAGCAGACUCAGUGAUGGUUUAGAGAUUUUACUACCCCCAAUAUAUGUUAGAUUUUUGCUUGAAGAAGUAAACUUAUCUUCAAAGCUGCUUGUGUAAUUUUUUUCGUUUCAGUUCAUAAACACACACUGGUUGCUUCUAUUUUGGAUGUCUUCCAUUUGCUCCCUCCUGUCUUCUGCUACCUCUUUGCCCCUGAAGAUGUUGUUUACUACAAACAGCACAUUGAGGGGCAAAUAGCAGUUAAGUCAAUUUCAGGAGAAAACUGGUGUGAGGCUGCAGUCUGGAUCAUACAAUUGUAGAGUUGGAAGGGACCACAAGGGUCAUCUAGUCCAACCCCCUGCAAUGCAGAAAUAUUUUGCCCAACGUGGGUCUUGAAACCACAGUCCUGAGAUUAAUGUUCCAUUAACUGAACUAUCACACAUUCCUGAUCAAGGCUCAGUGACUGCUUUUUCUUCAAAAUAAAAGCAGUUAGGUUAAACAAUGUGCUUAAGCAUAUGACUACUGUUACAUCUAAUUUGGCCCUAAUACAAUAAUGUCACGAACCUGCCAUAUUUUAUUUUUAGUUGAAUGCAAAACAAAUUCUACAUGUAUAGCUGUGUCAGCAAUAUAUGCUUGUGCUUGCAAGUAUUAUAGACUGAAGGAGGUGCAAUCUAUUAACCUCUUACUGUAGCAAGCCAGUAUAAAUCAUUACAAUGAAUAAUUGAUUCUCAAAUAGCUUUGUUCUUUUUUCAAGUACGUACAUAUCAAUGUUUUUUCUGUCAAGGGUAGACCUGCAAAGCUCACUGUACUUCAUAUUUUGUUCAACCUUUUUGUUAUACUAUCCCAUUUUUAUUUUAUUGUAAAUUAAAUGCAACAGGAUUUUUUUAGUUUAGUUUAAUGCAUAAAAGGUUUGCACACCAAACAGAGUAAAGUAGGUUUUAAAGGGUUUUUUGGUAAAUUAUUGAAAAUACAUCAAUUGGACAUGUCAGCCGCAUCAUUUUGGCAUGUUCAGUCCUCAUUGGGAUGCUUAAUAAUGUUCGUACUUCAGGAAAUAAUUAGGAAUUCUCUAACCAGAACUUGAAGAAUUGAGAUAUUUGUACAGUCAUACCUCGGGUUGAAGUAGCUUCGGGAUGAAUAUUUUUGGGUUGCGCUCCGCAGCGACCUGGAAGUAACGGAGCGUGUUACUUCUGGGUUUCGCUGCAUGCGCAGAUGCUCAAAAUGACGUCACGCACAUGCACGGAAGCAGCGAAACACGAUACGCGCAGUCGUGUCCUACGUUUACUUCAGGAUGUGAACAGGGCUCCGGAAUGGAUCCUGUUCGUAUCCAGACUGUAUAAUAUACAAGUGGGAGCCUGAAACACAAUGUUGCAGUAUGGAAUGCUACUUUUUGUGGUUCCAGUCAAUCCGUUCCAUUGCCUCAUGGUCUAGUUUCCUUAGGUGUCCAAUAUUUUCAUCUUCAUUCUUUUAAAUAAAUUGUUCCCUCUUAAAUUUGUUUUUUUCUAAUCUUCUUCAUGGACUAUCACCUAUCUUUUAUAAUGCUGUCAUAUUUCCCCCUGUCUCAGAAAUAGUUUGCUACUGCUGUUACUGUCAAAGACCUACCACAGUUAUAAGCCUUAGGUCUGAUUUUAAAUUUUACAUGCCUUUUAAACCCGGUGUCUCUCAACAUAGCUGUCAACUUUUCCCCUUUCUUGCAAGGAAUCCUAUUCGGAAUAAGGGAAUUUCCCUUUAAAAAAGGGAAACAUUGACAGCUAUGCUCUCAACAUUCUGAUAUCCCUGCUAUCACUUUUUGUUCCUUGCAUGUUCAGAAAUAUUACAACCUUCCCCCCCUACUUCAGACCUUCUAAGUUUGUUUGGAAUGUGGUGAAGGGAAGAAGACUCAGGAAAGUCAAAUUGCUUUCCUUGCAUAAUUUUUGAUGAAUCCAUUGUCAAAUGACAACCUGAAUUACUGAUCAUCCUUCCUUUUUACCCAAACCUUUGGGUAAGGAGACUGAGCAGACUGCAGAAUCAAUAUUGUCUCCUUCCUGGUUCCCCAUAUUCGUCUCUUUGGGUCUUUGCAAAACCCUCAGUGGUUGUUGUUCAUCCUCAGACUAUCCUAAUUAUUCACGCGUAGUCCAAGUCUCUCCCCCCCCAUGCCCAGUUUUAGUCUCCCCUCCCCUUCUUUUAGGAUAUUUUACAAAUCCCCCUUUAAAAUACAUGUUUACUGUCUGUUCCUGAGCUCCACCUUGUCACAACUAACUCACUUUUGCUCUCACACAUCCACUUUAUUGGUAAGGAGGCUGAGGCUUCUGAGUCAUUUAACUGAUUUAUUUUAUUUAAAAUUAGUUGUCCCUCUUAUGCUAUCAGUCAAGGGUGCUCUGUAAACUUACACAGUAUGGUAAUUUUGGAAAUGGCUAACUGAAAAAAUGUUCUUGUUAGCAAAAAUCAUAAUACAGCUGAAUAGUGGGAGAUUCAGGACAGAUUAAAAGUACUUCACACUGCAUUGUUAAACUGUGGAAUUCCCUGUCACAAACUGUGGUGGUGGCCAGCUUGGUUUUGGGAUUAAAUACAUCAUGAUUAUGGCUUUAGGUUACUCCCAAGAUCAAAGGCAGCAUGCCUCUGAAUACCAGUUGCUGGGGAACAACAGAGGGAGAGGUCUAUUGCCCUCACAUCUAGCUUGUGAGUUUCCCAUUGGCAUCAGAUGGGGAGGAAAGAUGCUGGACUAGCUAGGCCUUUGCUCUCAUUUAGCUACUUUUCUUACGUUCUCGAUAGUGUGCUGCUAUAGUAGUAAUAGCAACAUUUUGUUCAAAGUGCUUCAUUUACUUGAUCUGUAUUCUGAUUCUGUAAAACAGCUUAAUUUAGUGAUUUAUGCAAGACUUCGAACAAAUCUUAAUGUCUGAAAUAUUCUAUAUCACCUGUUAUCAGACAUUACAUUUUCUUCAUUGAAAAGUCUGGCCCAUGUUGGUGUCUAUUGUUACAUUUUUGUGGCAAUCCUCUAUGCACUGUUGUUCUGCCUCCUGAAUUGUGCUUCACUAUGUUUAAAUUUUUAACUUGAGGUAACGGUGUUAGCUUUCUUUUAUGGAAAAAAAGGAAAGGACUGAUUAUGAUAACUCUUUUCUGUAGUAAAACCCAUUCAGUAGUAAAACCCAUUCAUUGUUUUCAUUAUGUAUGUAUUUCUGUAACAAAAUCAGCAUCAAUGCAUUCUUUGUGUCUAAUUUUUAGAUUUUUGUUUUGUUUUGGUGAGAGAGUGCUGUUGUUGAAUUGUGUUUUGACCUACUUUUUCAUUCAUGUUACAAACUAAAGACUGGAAAUGUGAAAUGUAAGGGUGACAAUUUGACCACAUUCUGAGACUUGAAUAUGUUCACAAGUUGCAAAGCCCUUAAUUCAGAUUUGUCCCCAGCAUUGUGGACCAUAUGUUCACAGAGCAUUCCAUAGUUGGCACUGGAAACAUUCUGCAUGUUCUCUGUCUCCAUGAAAAGUUGUGGGAAUCCACUAAGGCAAAGUUCUCAGGUUUAUUGACUGCAAAGGUUGCGUGGGAAGGGCUAUAACUUUGUCUUGAACAAAUUUACCUCAAAAUAAGCCCUCCUGAGUACAGUUUGACUUAAAGGUAAGUGUGCUCUGAAUCUCACUUUAAGCCACAUCAUUCUAUCCCCCACCCCGCACUUACUGACUUACAGUAUUCUUAUAUUGCCAUAAUGUAGAGACUCAAAACAACAUCUGAAGUCUGGCAACAGAUUGCUUUUUUAAUACAUGAUACCUGAACCAUCUGCACUUAGAGUAAUUAAAGAAAGUGACUGUUUUGGAUUCAGUUUCAACCUUAGAAAAUGUCACAGAAAAUAUCCUUUUGAGUCUCAGAGUUAUAGGGGAUUGGUGUGAAGCAGGUGGGUGGUUUUAAAUAUAUAGACUCUGUGUCUUAUAAAGUAUACUCUGGAGAAACUUUUCAAUUUGGCAGUAGUUUACUUAACUAUGACAUCAGCUGCAAAGAUCUGGCAAAAAAUGGAGCAUUUCCAAACCUGCAAAAAAAUUUUUACCCCUUUAGUGUAAAUUUUUUUUUACCCCUUUUUUUACCCUAAUGUACAUAAGAGACCUGGAUGUGUGUGGAAGGUGGCAUCUUCCUCAAUGUUAUGAAAUACUGUCACAUUAAUAUUGUUAGUGCAUUGUCAUAUAAUCUGAUAGUCAAAUAAAACCUCUGGAUCCUUCUAGCUAAGUACGAGAAUGUUUGCAUUUUGCUUUAGCAAAGAAAGCAGAUGGCAAAAUCUUGCUAUGGUUAACAAUAUUAGCAAAAAUUAAAGUUGGACUUCAAGUGUUAGGCAGAAACUUUUACUUUUGAUGGUUUACCUAUAUUGCUGAAUGUAUGAUGAAUUGUUUGACUCAGCAUUUAAGAAAACAAUGGCUACCAGUGCUAAGACACCACUGAAGUCUAAAAUAAAUGCCAUCAAUCUUUUGAAGGUGAGCAUUAAAAUGUUUUGUAUAUGUUUCUUUGCAAGCUAAGGAAAUUGUGGAUGUGCAGAUAAACUAACAUAACAUGUUGCUACUAGGAAAGCAUCAGGAAUUAAAAUGAGUAACACCUAAACAGCAGUUCUAAGAUUAAGGCAAACAUUGAAUUCUUUGAAUCAGUUUUCUAAUUGUGCACAAUUAGAAAACCAGAGGUACAAGUAGGUGUAUCUAUUUUAAUUGCCAGGUCUUACCAUUAUGAGCAUUCUUGUGAUUACUUUCUUUACUUUUCAGUGUCUUAUCCCAGAAUGGGUAUGAAAAAUAAUAAGAUAUGUAUAAAAUACAUCAAUUAGUACAUUAACCUAUUCCAAGUAGGGAAAGAUUCUACGUAAUGCUUCAGAUUGCUUUGUGUCAUAGGCUGGUUAGCACUUUACCUUUUUAGUCACUCAAGGUACAUUGCAGUGAGGAUCCAGAAAGACAGGGGCAUCCAACUUACUUAUUUCUAAGAUUUAUAUAUUGCUUUUUAUUACUAACAUUCAAGUCAGCUUUCCUGUUAUUCUUUCCAGGGGGUUUAAUAAUAAUGCAGUAAAAAAUACAAUUGACCAUUAAUCUAAGGGUACCUAUAGAUUGUCACUAUUUUGUUGGAGGGAUUCAAGUGCAUACAGGAAAUUUAGGUAUGUACAAUUAAAAAUAGGAAAGACACUUAAAAGUGUGGGUUGAACAAAUGGUUAAUGGGAGGAUGUGUGAACACUCUGCAAGUAAAUCAGGAUGAAUGCUCACUGUUUUAUAACUGCCCCAUAAACAAAUCAGAACAAAUACUCACUAAAGAUCAGAUGCAGUCUACUCACCAUGUAAGCUUUGUGUAAGCAAAUGCUGGGCAGAUGCUGAAUAAACAGGAGGAGACCAGAACAAUUAGUAAUCCUAAUUAAAAUAAAGUAAUAAAUCACAAGUAGAUAAGCCUCUAGUUUUCAUUUAAAAGGAAAAGAGUAGUAGAAGAAGCAAGUUUCCAAAAGCACAACAGAGAAGCACAAUCAAACCUUUCUGUUCUUCCCUAUCCAGCAGGUGCAUCUGUCUUGCUUGCCCAUCAAUGUUUUAGUAGCUUGUAUACAGGUUCAAAUCAUAGUGCUGAUUACAAGGUUUUUCAUUCCAGAGGGAUUCAAAAUUCAACUAUGAUUGAAAUAAUUUAUAGAGCAUGUACCGUAAUUGUGCCUAGCAUGUGGCAGUGGUGGCAGCAAAAGAAAGCCUACUGUGUUGCCACCAUUGCAUCCUCAAGAUGCUAUGGAACACUUCUUAGGGUGGUGAAAGCUUUAGGCCCAGGAACAUCAGUCCAUCCCUACUCACAGAAGUCUAUUGUGACACAUUUGCCAUGUGCUUGAAGAGCAAUAGCACUCAUUUCUGCUCCAGCUUUGAUGCUACAGUUGAUAUAGGUCUGGUGUAGGUUUCAAUCCCUUGCUGUGGGCAGGAUUUAACCCCUGCUCAUCAGCUGAUAGUGCAGGUAGAGUGCUGCUUUGGAUGGCUUUGUGCUGCUAUUCACUUCUGGGCAUGCAUGCAGCCUAUGCAGGAGUUAAACCCUGCCCUUGACCCAUCAGCCGACAUCAUGAGUGAUGUCAGCUAAUGGGUAGGUGAGUAUGAUUUGGAGGAAACGGCCUUGCAGGCCAACUUGGACUGCCUGGUGAGCCAAGACUGACCUGUGAGCCCUGCUUUAUAAGAAAACAUAACUUCCUAAAAACUGCCUCAUUUGUGACCUGAGGUUGGUUUUUGAUUGUGGUUAGCAUAUCUGUUCAGGGUUACCAGCAGAAGAAAGAUUAACUUUUAAAAGCAGCAAGAGGAAAGAGGAAAGUUAAUGGAUAAAGUGGAUCGUUAGCACAUAAUUCAAACCUUAAGCAUGUACUUCAGAGCUACUUUAAAUGUUACAUACAUUUGCGAAAAAUAUAUUGGAUAUUGAAAUACUGUUUUUAUGCUUGUUUAUGUUGUUGAAAAAGCAUAGCAGCAUGUUUUAUUGCUUAGCCAUACUCUUUUACAAUUCUUGAUGAAAACUUAGCAUAUGCAUCUUGCAAAUAAACCAUAAAUAGCAAAAGGUUUAAUAUAAUCAGAAAAAUUCUACUAUAAAAAGUAAACAAAAAUAAGACCAUCAACAAAUGAAUAAGCUGUAGAAUUUUAAAAAACCCCACAAAUUUAAACACACAUUAAAUUUUGAUAUGUAUUUUUAAAAAUUCCAACUACUGGAUUGAAAGAAUCUGCUCUCGUGUUUGCUGCUAUUUUGCCAGAACCACGGUUGAUCAAAAGUAAAUCAAUAUAAUGAACUAUAAGUCUUAAAAUGAUUAACAUCCUAGGAACUAAAGGAACCAAGAUGAACUCUUUGUUUGACUCCCUGCAUAUAAAUCAAACAUUAGAAUAAAUAAUCAUGAAUAGUUUUUUUAAAAAACUACUAAAAUAGCUGAAUUAAAAACAGUUUCAAUUCACACUAACCUUGAACUGGAAACUUAUUUGUACAAAAGAGAUGCAGAAAUCUCCAGCAGGCCAGAUUCUCAGACUGGGCAAAAAGAAAACCUCAGUCUUUAUCCCCUUCCAAACUGCUAAGCAAACUAAAUAAACAGACAGUCCUUGGCCUCUGUACUUAGCAUUGAAUUCAAAUAAUUGUUCUUCCCCUGCCACCUCCACCACAAGCAGCCAUAUAGCCUUCAGGAUGUUCUGCAGCAGACUGCUUAUCAAGGUUCUCAUAAGGUUGAGGUGGGGUAGGGAGAAUAGCUACUGCAGCAGCUCUCUCCUUCCUUGGAAGUUUUUAAACAGAAGUUGUAUGACCAUCUGUCAUGGAUGCUUUAGCUGACAUUCCUGCAUUGCAGGAGGUUGGACUAGAUGACCCUUGGGGUCCCUUCCAAGAUUUAUGAUUCUAUACUCUCAUACAGAAAGCCCUGAAAGGCUAAACAAGAACAAUAGGUGACAGAUUGCAUUAUGUGGUAUGCACAACUGUCACAUAAUUAAGUGCAGAUUGCUUGAACACCUGUCAUUCUGCUUACACCCAUAGAUAUGUAUGUUCUGAGUAAUCCACUUCAUCUUAGAAUUUCUUAUAAAGAAUAUUGCUUUAUUAUUAGUGCUAUUUAGACCAAUCUACCUUUCAUUGUUCAUUAUUCUGAGGAAUUACACUGCUAAUUCCUGAUAUAAUGAAAUAAUGGAAUUUAUGCUUUAGCUGAAAACCUAAGGUAAUUUAAUUUAUGACUUAAGUGAAAAUAAAUGCUAUAUAUAAAUUCCUGCUGUUCUUUAAAAGUUGUGGCUGAUACCAAACAUUAAAACAGUUCUGUUGCAUCUUCUGCUUGGCACAUUAUUGAAGUUUGUUUUAAGAAAAUACCAUAAGAUGCUUUGCAACCCAAAUCCUAUAAUGGAAACAUUUUUAAAGUGCAAAUUUAAAAAUAUAUUGCUAUGGUGAAAUGUUCCAAGACAACCUAUGGGCUAUGAUGUCAUUAAAAUUGCUGCAGUAAAGAAUUCAGUAUACAUGGCUUUUGUCAAUGACUGAUAGCUUUUUCAGUACUGUGAAAUGCUAUUAUAUUUUGCUGGAAUAGCUGUGGCAAACUUAAUCCUAUAUGGUGGCAAGUCUGCAGUUUUUAUGACUGAAAGAGACAUCACUAACAGACUAGUGAAAUGUUUUAAUCUUCUAAAAGGUCUAAAAACAUUGGUUACAUUCUGUUUAUUGUGACUACUUGGUAAAAAUAAUUUAUUUCUGAAAUACUGAAAGGAAAUCAGCAAUUGCUUUCAUAUUAAACUACUGCUCAUUCACAUACAGGCGGUUUUUUUCCAGUAGACUUUUGGGCAUUUCUGACAUGAACAUGGUACUGUCUUUUAUGUGAGAGAGUGUUUUCUUAUGCAUGAACGGUAUUAAUUUUUUAUAUUGUAUGUUUUCAGCUUAGGAUGAUGUUUAGCCUUUGACCUAACCACUUUCUUACAAUAAACAGUUUGUUGAUGAGAGCAGCUGCUAAGAAGAUUGCUUCCAGACUGUUCUCACAGCACUGAGUGAGAGAAAAAGUAAAGCAGAGUGCACCUUACAAAGGGCAGGAAUGGCAAAAUUAUAUUCACUGUGCUUGCAUUAUAUUAUAUCAACAUCUCUAUAUUUAUGCAUUGAAAUACUCGUAUCAGAGUGUACAAUAAACAUAGCUGUGUGUCUUCAAAAAUAAGCUACUGAAAAAAUACUCAUAUUUGCAAUGAUUCUGGAGUAGAACUUGGAUGCAGUGGUAGCUGGGAAGUUGGUAGAGAUUUUCUUCUAAAUUAUGAAAUUGUUCCAAUUAGUACAUGAGGGUGGAGUUGGAGAGAUUCCUUGAUGCCUGGAGUUUGGGUCUUCUUGGUUUGGAAAAAAUGUGAACAAGUGGGGACAUGAUAGAGGUGCAUAAAACCAUGCAUGUAUGGAGAAUGGCAUACUUCCUCUCUCAUACUGUACAGUGUAAUUUGCUGCAACAGAUUUGCUGCAACAGAUUAUGGUGAUUGCUACGGAUGUACAAACUUCCCACCAUUUUUUCUCACAUAGAUGCACAUUCUUCUAGUAUUUUUUCAUUCUGCAAUGAGUUUAUUUUACCCAAGUCUUUCUUCAGGUGUGUCAUGUGGAAAUAAAUUAUUUUCAAAUACAUUGGAAUACAUAUACCAUGGAGUACAAUAGACAUGCCUCAUCCAUCAACAUAUUUGCAAAUCAAAACCUUCCACAUGUGUUUCCCUUCAAAGCUAAUGAGUUUCCAGAGAGGUAGUCUUUUGUAGCAAAACAAGCAGUCUUGUGGCGUGUUAAAGAUGAAAGUUCAUGAAGUUGCUAAUCACCCAUCACAAAACUAUAUGCAGCUGCAAUUUUGGUGGCCCUGUGGGUUAAACCACAGAGCCUAGGACUUGCCGAUCAGAAGGUCGGCGGUUCGAAUCCCCGCGACGGGGUGAGCACCCGUUGCUUGGUCCCUGCUCCUGCCAACCUAGCAGUUUGAAAGCAGGUCAAAGUGCAAGUAGAUAAAUAGGUACCGCUCCAGCGGGAAGGUAAACGACGUUUCCGUGCGCUGCUCUGGUUCGCCAGAAGCAGCUUAGUCAUGCUGGCCACAUGACCCGGAAGCUCUACACUGGCUCCCUCGGCCAAUAAAGCGAGAUGAGUGCCGCAACCCCAGAGUCGGUCACGACUGGACCUAAUGGUCAAGGGUCCCUUUACCUUUACCUUUACUCAGUAUGUCCAAUUAAAUUUAAUGGGGCUUACUUCUAGGUAAGUGAGAUUAUGUUUGCAGCCUAUCUCAGUAAGCUUGAGAGGAUUGAAGCUCAUGUCACUCACUUAACAACAUAGAAGUGUUUUUUAUUAGAACAUUUAUUUCUUAAUUGUGUAUUUAAUACAGCAAAUGGUCAUGCAUUUGCAUGUGCUAAAACAGUGUUGAAGCUAAUUUAUGUUUUAAACUGUUUAUAGUAUUUUUGUGUGUGUGCCAAUGUAUUCCUGCUGUGUGAAGAACAAUAAUGAUUUUUUUCAGUUGAGAUUUGACUGGGAGUAGGGCAAAAAUAUUUUAAGAUUUGAAAAUAAUGAUUAAGAGGGUGGGCGGCUUCCAACAAAAUAUUAAAAUACAGUAAUCCAUCAAACAUUAAAAGCUUCCCCAAACAGGGCUGCCUUCAGAUGGCUUCUAAAAGUCUGGUAGUUGUUCUUCUCUUUGACAUCUGGUGGGAGGGCAUUCCACAGGGUGGGUGCCACCACCGAGAAGGCCCUCUGCCUGGUUCCCUGUAACUUGGCUCCUCGCAGUGAGGGAACCGCCAGAAGGCCCUCAGUGCUGAACCUCAGUGUCAGGGUAGAACAAUGGGGGUGGAGACGCUCCUUGAGAUAUACUGCACUGAGGCUGUUUAGGGCUUUAAAGCUCAGCACUAACACUUUGAAUUGUGCUUGGAAACAUACUGGGAGCCAAUGUAGGUCUUUCAAGUCCGGUGUUAUGUGGUCUCAGCAGCUGCUCCUAGUCACCAGUCUAUCUGCUGCAUUCUGGAUUAGUUGUAGUUUCCAGGUCACCUUCAAAGGUAGCCCCACAUAGAGCGCAUUGCAGUAGUCCAAGUGGGAGAUAACUAGAGCAUGCACCACUCUGGCGAGGCAGUCCGCAGGCAGGUAGGGUCUCAGCCUGCAUACCAGAUGAAGCUGGUAAACAGCUGCCCUGGACACAGAAUUGACCUGCACCUCCAUGGACAGCUCUGAGUCCAAAAUGACUCCCAGGCUGUGCACCUGGUUCUUCAGGGGCACAGUUACCCCAUUCAGGACCAUGGAUUCCCACCCACCCACCAGCCUCCUGUCCCCCCAAAACAGUACUUCUGUCUUGUCAGGAUUCAACCUCAAUCUUAGCUACCAUCCAUCCUUCAACCGCGUCCAGACACUCACACAAAUUGUGAGGCACCUGUUGGACAACAGCAAAUAUACAUAAAUGAAUAUCUAAAUAACAUAUAUUGCAAAGCAAUUUGAAUGGCUAUUCAAUUUGCAUAUCUGUUUUUGCAUGUUAAAACAUUUGUAGAGAAUUAAGGUGGAAAGCUUUCAUAGUAGGAGUCUGUUGUGAUGGGGCUCAAGUGAGUAGAUGAAAGGAAAUCUAUUUUAUGGUGCAUUUUCAGUGGAUUCAUCUGACAUUCCUAAUUGUUUUAGUUUCAUUGUAAUAUUUUUAGUGUUUUUUUUUAAAUGUGUGUGCACUUUUGUGUUUUUUACUGUUUCUCCUGUUUUUAUUGUAAAUCACUUUGAGAUGAUAGUUUAGAAGGCAGCUGAUAAAUUAAUCAUACUGGGACAAGGAUAACUGUGACUUUAAGGAUGAAUGGGAACCCUUUACAAAGUAUCUGAAGACGCAACAAAGCGAACUGGACUCCUUGGCAGGUUUUGAAUAAACAUCCACAAAAUUUUUAUUGAUAAUAAUCAGCUAAAUAGUUUGAGGAUCUAUACAACUUUGUAACAUGCAGAAAACAGCAUUCUUAGAGAAAUCAAAGACUGGAACUGAGGGAAGUCGGGGGGUGGGUUGGGGGGUUUUGGGGGAGGGGGAGGGGGGAAAUGGGGACACAAGGAUGAUAUAUUUUUGGAUAAUAUGUCUUGUUAUAAUUUUGAAUUAAAAAAUAUUAAAAAAUAAAUUAAUUAAUGAUACUCAUAGUGAUGGUUACCAGCUUAGAUGGCUUUAAAGGGAACAGAAGAUAAAACUAUCAAUGGUACUCAACAUGAUGAAUGGGUACUGUCUAAUGCCUGUAAACACCAGUUGCUGGGGAGCACAUUGGAGUGAUUGGUUUUGUGCUCAUGUCCUGCUUAUGGGUUUCCAACAGGCAACCGAUUGGUAAUUGUGAGAAUAGAAUGCUGGAUGAAAUGAGUUUUGGACUAAUUCAGCAUAGCUCUUUUUAUAUUCUUAGAAGGGUGUUCAGUUGGCCCUUAUGCUCACUUUUAUUCUGCAUUAAUUUAGGACAGCCUACAACAAUAAUUUUAAACAGGGCAUUGUGAGGCCAAAAGCGCAUUGAUUGUGAAGAGUUUGCUAUAUGUCAUAGUCACAGUUUGAUAGGUUGUCUCUGGCAAAUCCUUAAAAGUUAAAUUUAUUGCACUGUAGCUGUUAAAUUUAUUGCACAAUCUGAAUUUCCAAAGGAACGAGUACUGAGGUUUGUCCUUAUUUGCAUUAAUGCAAGCAUGUCUGCCAACUUUAUUUAAAACAUAAUUUUAUGAAAUGUUACCCAGAUUAGGCCCUCACAUUUAUCUAGGCGUGCUGUCUUCAUCUGAGAAAAAAAAUAAAAUAUCUUUAUCAGCUUUGUAUAUGAUGUUAAACUUGUAUUUCUGCAAACUUUAAAUUACUAUUUCUUAUCAUUAUGUGCUAAAACAAAAUAGUGUAGGUGAGAGGCAACCCUCCCACUUUCAGAGUUGCAUUACGUAGCGCGCGGGGGAGGGGGGUAUCCUAGUAUAGGAAUUCAAACUACUUUUUGAAAUUAUUUUUUUAUGUGGUUCCUGGGAUCAUAGCAGAUGUCACUUCUUUUUAUCAGCAGACCACUUUCAAGUAUUGACUGUGUUGGCACGGGUGUUACCAUUUCCUUUAUUUUGGAUCACACGAGGGUCCUAUUGCUACUGUUUUAGAUUGUAGUUUGUUUGUGUUGGUAUAAUGACAUGGAAGGUCUCCAAAGGACAUUUGACAGUUUCACUUUUAUAUGUCUGGGUGUAAUAUAGCAAGUAAAGUAUGUGCGCCAGUUCGGUUUCUUCAUGGUGUUCAAUUAAGACCCAGAGUGUAGUACUUUAAAAAAAAUAAUCAAAGACAUUAUUGAUAAAUUUUUACCCUUUUCUAAAUUUCAAAUAAGGGUGAUUCUUGAACCAAACUUUUUACAAGUGAAAAUAAGCUAGAAAAAUAACAUUUUAGCUAUAUGAAGGUGUGAUAUCUAUAAAUUCAGUCAUAUUAGAAACAGGUUAUUCAUAGUCUUCAAUACACUGCUGCCACUCUGUGUAUAAGUUUCAGUUGGCAGCAAAUUUUAAUAAAUAUAUGGUCUUAUAGAAUUUAAGUUCAAGCUAUAUGUAUAUUAAGCUUUAUAGAUUUUUGACAGUGUUCUUGUAAACUUACAAGUUACUAUUUCAAGGAUCUUUUAUCCAUACUAGAUGUCAGCUAUUAUGCACUGUGUAAAAAAUUUAAUUGAUUUCAUAUACCCAUCCUCUACAUGACCUUUUCCUAAAUUUUGUAAUAUGUACUUCCUUAUAAUUUGUUUCUUUUUUAAAAGCUGUUUUUGAUGUGUACAUUACAAACAUGUCAGAAUCUGAAUAGCAUCCAUACUUUGGAGAGCUUUCUGUAGUUUUAACAUGGUCAGAUUUGGCCAUGUUAACAGUUAUAGGGUGGGUGAGUACUUAAUGCUUUCCUAACUUUCCAUUCCUUUACUCCAGAUUGUUUCACAAUGGCUAUUCCCCCUACAAGGUUCCAGUUGCAUGUGUGCAAGAGUUACAUUAUUUUUGUCCUAGAUCUUAAUUCUUUAGGUUUAGUAAUUCUUUAGGUUCACUGCCAAAAUGAUCAUGAAACUUCCACAAAUUGAAACAUUGAAGUUGACGCUCAUGCAUGAGACUUAACAUCUAUGCCUACUAUAAAGCAACAGCUGAAAUAGCAUUUGUAUUUUGUUUAAAAAUAUAUAUUGGACUUUAUUCCUAGAAACCAAAAAGCCUCAGAGUUCAUUGAAGUGAGUUUAUGUAAGUUUAUGUAACUAUGGUUUGCUCCAUGGCAGGGAAGCAGGAGAAAGCAUAUGGUGUAAUGUAAGAACCUUUAGAUUUCAGUUUGUUCAUGUUUUCUUUGGUGACACAAGAAUGAGAUAAUUUUUACCUUUCCAUUUCAUGUGAUAAAUGCCAUGUGAUGUCAGCUAAUAUUUACUAUGUUAACGAAACAGAUACCUUUUCCCUUGCAUUGUUGAAUGCUUAAGGUAUUGUUGGUAUACAAUUGACAAGUAAUAUUUACAUAAGCAACCACCGAAAUGAAAUAGCACCUCCUGUCAUGUCAAAAAGGAAUAUUGAAGUUGGCUCUGAAAGAGCUAUCUAGCCAUCUAGUAAUAUGCAAAAAGUGGGAGCUAUUACAUCACAUCAUCCUUCGGUAUAACAAGUGGGGUAUUGCAUACAAUUGUCCAUGUUACCAACAGUAGGCUUAAUGGUGCAAAGUGAGUGCCCAUGGCUUGCUUCAGAUGUAAUACAGGCAACCCUCUAUUUAUGUGGGGGUUACAUUCCAAACCACUACACGCGUCAGUGAAAUCACAUAUAUUUGAAACACCAUUGGGAAAAGCCUGCAAACACCCCAUUCCACUCCUGCCCCACCCCUUUUUGUUACUUUUUUGGUCACUUCCGGGUUCAACACGCUGCACAUGUGCACGGUCACACACAUAUUGAGCACGUGUAAAUGGGGAAGUUGCCUGUCAAGUUGUGGGUUGACAUAGCAGAUGACACAGCGAUUUCUCCAAAGCAGCUCUUUAUUUUUGUAAGCUGGAACAGAACUGACUGAGGAGCUCAGUCAGCCUGCUUAUAUAGAGCUACAGAACAAUUGUAACUGUUGCAACAUUCUAAAACUAUCCAAUCACUGAACGUCACUUUUUGAUCCUUCAUUUGCAUACAAAACUAUCCAAUCACUGAACGUCACUUUUCGAUCCUUCAUUUGCAUAACUACAGUAUCCCCCCGCUGGCCCAGGGUGAUAACUUCAGUACAUAAUACCCCUCCCCACCGAGAUAAGGGGUUAGUUACAAUCGUAAUGGUUUCCUUAUAUACAGCACUACACGUAAUGGUUCAAUUAGGCACAAAAGCAUAUCGGUUACUUAGACCAACAGUGAUACAUGUCCAACAACAUAGUCCUUUAAAUAAGUUGGGUGCUUGGAAACUGCCAGACCGCCGGGGACUGGUAGCCAAGUCCAGGGGGGCCACACAAUUCUUGCUGAGGCUGUGGUGCGACCCUAGGUGGCGUUGAAACCAAAUCCCCUGGAUCCGCUGCUGUGGGUGGAGCCUCCACAAGUGGAGUGGUCUGAGCCUGUGGUAAGUCUGGCAGACCCUCUGAAGUGGCUUGGUUCGGCUCCACGCUGGCAGUUUGCGAGGGAGGUGUAGGUGGAGCCUUGCCAUCUGUAAGUGUCUCUUCUGGAGCCACGAGCGCAGUUGGGGGCACCACGGUAGUGUCCAAGUCCACAACCCUGCGCCUAAGCUGGUCUAUGUGCCGGCGCCACAAGCGUCCGUCUUCGAGUGCCACCUGGUACGAGCGAGGUCCAGUGACUCCCACUACUGUGGCUGGCACCCAAGGAAUGUCCCCCACAUAGUUCCGGGCAAAGACCUGGUUUCCUGGAACAAAUGACCGUGGCGCAUUGGCACAGCUUGGGGGUUCAGCCACGGCAAAGUCCGGGUGCAGCCGGUCGAGCGGUGACCUGAGGCGGCGGCCCAUAAGCAGUUCAGCAGGACUCCGCCCUGUGGCCGCAUGAGGGGUGAUGUGUUGCACGAACAAGUAUUCGGCGACCCGCUCGUGCCAGUCUCCCCGGUUCAGGCGCGCCAGUGCCUCUUUUGCCAAGCGCACCAUCCUCUCCGCUUGCCCGUUGCUGGAUGGAUGAAAUGGUGACGUUAGGGCAUGGCAGAUGCCCAGUCCCAAAAGAUACCGCUCAAAAGUGCCUGACGUGAACUGCGGUCCGUUGUCGGAGACAAGGACAUCAGGACAUCAGGACACCCAUGCGUCGCAAACAGGCCUCGCAGCACCCGGAUGACGGCCUCGGUAGUGGUGGAGGGCAUCAGGGCCACCUCCAGCCAUUUGGAAUAGGCAUCCACCACUACCAUAAAGGUCCGGCCGUGGAAGGGGCCAGCCAGAUUGAUGUGCACCCUCGACGAGGGUGUCUUUGGCAUCUCCCAGGUGUGUCCCUUAGCUGCCGGUGGUGCAGGCCUCGAUUCUUGGCACGCUUGACAGGCGGACACCCAGGCAGUGAUGGCAUCGUCCAUGUUAGGCCACCAGACGUAACACCGAGCCAAUGCCUUCAUUUUGACAAUUCCUGGGUGGCCAACGUGCAGAGCCUCCAGGACGCGUUGACGGAGUCUUUGGGGAAUCACGACGCGGUCUCCCCAAAGCAGACAGCCGCUAUGAGCCGAGAGUUCAUGUUGUCUGGUUGCGAAGGGCUGGAACUCCGAUGCAAAAGGCCCUUGUGGCCACCCCCUCCACACCCAGUUGAGCACACGGCUGAUGGUGCGAUCCUGGGCAGAUGCGGAGGCCACAAUGGCAGCCGAUACAGGCGCUGCCGGAAGAUCCUCAAUCAGGAGGAGUGAUGAAGCUGGAGCCAGGUCUUCCACAAACGCUGGAAGAGGGCAACGGCUGAGGGCGUCAGCAUGGCCCAUCGAUUUCCCCGGGCGAUGGACGAGCCGGUAGUGGUAGGCAGCCAGGAAAACAGUCCAUCGCAGCAUGCGCGGCGAGAGGACUGGUGGAGUUGGACGAUCACCGGCGAGGAGGCCCAGGAGCGGCUUGUGGUCAGUGAUGAGGUCAAAAGUCCUGCCAUAGAGGUAUUCAUGGAACCUCUUCACUCCAGCCACAAGUGCCAGUGCUUCCUUGUCGAGCUGGCUGUAAUUCCGUUCUGUCGGAGAUAGCGUCCUGGAAAAGUAGGCUGGAAAACGGUGACUAAGGACAGCACCGAUGCCAAAAGGUGAGGCGUCGCAGGCAAGGACCAGCGGCCUGGAUUCACUAUACUGUACACGGUCCGAUGAAAGGAGAGCCUUGACCGCGUUGAAGGCCGCCGUCUCCCGAUGACCCCAGGACCAAGGCAUCUUUGUGCUGAGGAGUCGGUGAAGAGGCUCAGCCACCGUGGCUUUGUGGGGCAGGAACAUGUUAUAAAAGUUCAGCAGCCCCAGGAACGCCUGCAACUCCGUCUUGUUCUUUGGGGUGGGGGCCUGCUGGAUAGCGCGGAUCUUGGGUGGUUGGGUGAAGGCCGGAGGCAUCAAUAAGAUAGCCCAGGAACUCUAACCCUGUGGAACGGCAAUCUGGCACUUCUCCCUCUUUACCUUGAGCCCGGCCUCUUGGAACCUGGUCAGCACUGCACGGAGGCGCUCGAACAGCUGCUGGUGUGAGUCUGCAGACACGAAGACGUCAUCAAAAUAUGGUACCACGCCCGGAAGCCCUUGCAGGAGACGCUCCAUAAGGCUUUGGAAGAUGCCAGGAGCCACACUCACCCCGAACUGCAACCGGCGGCAACGGAAUGCCCCUCGGUGGGUGACGAUCGUCUGGGCUUCAGCAGUGGCAUCAUCGACGGGCAGUUGUUGAUAGGCUUGGGCAAAGUCCAGCUUAGCGAAGACCUUACCCUCACCCAGGGAAUGCAGCAGGUGUUGGACAACAGGAACCGUAUAAGCGUGCUGCUGAAGUGCCUUGUUGAUCGUGCACUUGUAGUCAGCGCAGAUUCUCACCAACCCCUCUGGCUUGACAGGCGUGACGAUGGGGGUUUCCCACUUGGUGUGGUCAACCGGCUCCAAAACUCCUUGGGCGAUCAGCUUGUUCAGUUGUUCGUCCACCUUAGUCUUGAGAGCAAAGGGAACCCAGCGUGGCUUUAGCUUGAUGGGGGCGACUUGUGGAUCAAGGCUAAAGGAGAUUGGUGUACCUGUAUAUUGCCCCAAAGUGCCGUCAAAAACCUCGGCAAAGUCUUUGACCAGACCCUCAGUCUCUGCGUUAGAGAUGCAGUUGAUGCUGGUGACUUCCAGGCCGAGGGCAUCAAACCAGUCUAGCCCUAGGAGGCUUGGCCGCUGACCUUCGACCACCACCAGCCGGAGCAGGCCCGAAAAAUCCUUGAAGGCGAUCCGGAACCGGCCAACGCCUACCACGGGAAUGUCGUUUCCCUGGUGCUCCAAGACACGAUGGACAGGGCAGACCCGGUGUCGAUCUCCAUGUCACAUGGAGCUCCUUCAAUGAGCACCGUGACGUUCAGCUUGCGUCACGUAGGCGAGUUGGUUUGGCCAAUCGUGGUUCCAGACGGGCAGCGGCAGUUGGUGAGAGCGAAACAGCUUUCCUUGGCAGACUGGAGUGAAGAUUGGACUUGCGAGUCGGUGAAGGGGGGGUGUCAGACGGAGCCGAUCGGCAGACCUUAGCGAUGUGGCCCCUUCUGGAACACUUCCGACAAAUGGCGUCUCUGAAUCAACACUUGGCACGAGAAUGGUUGCCUCCGCAGCCGGCACAUUCCGGUUGGCCCUUGGACUUCUGUUGGAACUUCCUGCGCUCUUGCUUUGUCUGGUGCACGUCAUCAUCUUCACUGGAGGAUGCCUCAUCACUGCUGGCCUCUUUGUGAUGCACUGGAACUGGCUUCCUAGCAAGACGCAGGCUGCUGGACUUGCCGAUCUCCUGGGCCACAGCCUCCUCAAUGGCUUUCUGUAGCGUGAGGUCUGGCUUGACAAGGAGACGCCGUUGCAGAUGGAUGUCCUGGACCCCGCAGACGAUUCGAUCCAUCAGGGCAUCGUCUAAGGCUUGGAACCCACAGUGCAUUGCAGCCUGUCGCAGGGCGGUGGUGUAGUUGUUGACUGACUCCCCCUCUGCCUGGUUCUGGUGGCAAAACGCAUGGGCAGCAAUCUUAAACGGCUUUGGCGCGUAGUGGUUGUGGAGCUUCUCUUGGAUCGUGUCCCAUGGUGUUGCCUGGACUGCUUCAGGCGCAACCAAUGCUUGGGCCGUCUCAAACACCUCAGGCCCACAGAGGCUGAGGAAUAGGCCCCGCUUCCGUUCCUUUGAUACUGCUGUCAGCUCGUUGGCUUGGAGGUAGCAGUUGAACCGAGCGAGGUAGGAGUCCCAUGAUUCAGAGGCUGGCGCAAACGGCGGUAGAGGCACAAGUGAAGCCAUGAUUCCAAUGCCGGCGUGAAGAGCGAUGGAUGGAACACAGUGCUCUAGCCAGAACAGUCAGCUCUGAAUUGGUUCUGUCCAGUGAUUUCGCUCAGUGAUUUCGCUCUGUGAUUCAGCUCAGUUAUUCACCUUAGUUCAGAGGCUGGCCGCAUCUGGCUGUGCUCUGAUGUCCAUCGAUCCCACCUUCGUUGCCAGUGUUAAGUUGUGGGUUGACAUAGCAGACGACACAGCGAUUUCUCCAAAGUAGCUCUUUAUUUUUGUAAGCUGGAACAGAACUGACUGAGGAGCUCAGUCAGCCUGCUUAUAUAGAGCUACAGAACAAUUGUAACUGUUGCAACAUUCUAAAACUAUCCAAUUACUGAACGUCACUUUUCGAUCCUUCAUUUGCAUACAAAACUAUCCAAUCACUGAACGUCACUUUUCGAUCCUUCAUUUGCAUACAAAACUAUCCAAUCACUGAAUGUCACUUUUCGAUCCUUCAUUUGCAUAACUAUCUACAGUAUCCCCCUGCUGGCCCAGGGUGAGAACUUCAGUACAUAACAUUGCCCAUACACGUUUUAAAAGGGGAAAGAUGGUUUAAAUUUGUGAACAUAAAAUAAUUGUAUAACACUUAAGAUUAUAAACUAAAAUUUAGAGUUCCGGGUUGGCGCCUCUUGCAAUGGCGGAUUUUCUCUGAUCGGGAGGAAUCCGCUCCGUGGAAAACAGGGUCUGAACCGCCACGGCGAGGCGGAGACCCAUUAAAAACCACAGGUGGGAGAAGCCUGUGGACGUGGGAUUCAGCUGGCACCUUUUGCGCCUCCCCUACUCGCGGGGAAACCCGGUUUCGGGGAUCCGGAGUGACGUGGGGUGAGCGGUGCGGUGCUUCGAAUCGACUGCUUCUUUCACGGAGUGAAGCCGCAUUGCUGUUGCCAGAGAGUGCUGACUUUUUCCUGUGGACAAUUGGACUCUAAACAACUACCCGUGAGUAGAACGGAAAAUUGGAUUUCUAAACUCUUUAAUUUGGCAUCGAAACGGGAAGGUCUCAAACAGGAAGUCCGCCUUCCUUUUUUGUAAACAGGGUAAAGCAAAGACGUUGCAAGCUAAAGCCUGGAAAGUUUUCUGUAAAGGAUUAAAUCUCCAUCGGUUAAAAUAACUAACCCCCCCCUUGGAAGCAGGAGAAGAGGGGGGAAAUUCUAUUGUUUAAGCCUGCAGGAGAGAGUGCGAAGAAAGAUAAAUCACCACCGUUUCGAACCUGGGAACAGACUGUCGGUAAGAUUGAUGCUUCAUUGACUGAGAACAAAAUGAUGUUGACAGACAGUUAAAUAAGAGUAAUACAUUGUUUCAAGUGCUUUCUUUUACAUUUAAAAAGGAGGGAAAAAAGUAACUGAAAAUUGAAACUAGCUCGGUGGCUGGAUCUGUGCUUAAAAGGAUGGAUACAAAUAGAAAUUGUUUCCUUUAGAGGGAGCUUUUGGAACUGUUGCAGGAGUGGAGCUGGGGAAUUUUCCAGCUGCAGAGAUUAAAGAGUGUGAGAACUAGAGUUUGACCUUGGACAAGAAUGUUGACAGAAGAAGCCCUAGUGAUUGCAUUUUGCAAGACAAGUGCUUUAUUGGAACAGCUUCAGGAGAAGACGGAUUUGAGGAUUACUAAAAUUGACAACUUGGGAAAAAAACCGGCUGAGUUGGGACAAAAAGGGAAUACUUAUACAGAAACGACUCAGGAAUUGACCCAGGAAUCUGUUUUGACAUGGCAAGCUGUGGAGAAGAAGGAGAAAGUUGUUGUUGAAUCUCAAGUAAUUCAGGUGGAGGGAGCCCCGGCCUCCCAGAGCCAAUUUGAUGAACAUAAGCGGUUGUCUUUUAUGACUGAAUCUAGAGAAAGUCAGAUUUGGUGGGAUGAAACCCUGCUUGGAUUGGAGAAGGAAAGUUGGAUAGAUCCUCCUAUGCAGGGAUGCUCUGGCCUUUGGGAUUUUGAUUUGGGUCAGGGGGAGAGUGGCGCUCUGAAAUAUCUUUUGGACUUUAGUUCUGACUAUGGAGAAUGGGCUGACCUGUUGAGAAGGAAUAAAGACAUUGCUAGGUUGGAGCUCCCCCGAGAUCUACUCCUCAGUGCCAAAGGAAGGAAAUCAAGACCAAGAUCAGCAGAAGACAAAGUAAUGUGCAUGGAUAUAUAUGAAGAAGAUCUGCAGAAGGGACAGGGAAGAGAGUUAAGACCCUCGGACAGAAGGUCACCAGGUUAAUGGACUAUAUGGUAUUGAUAGAAAGGGCUGACAGAAUCCGAGACCAGGGAGAGGAGAGGGUGGAAGAGGAUCGGAUUUUUAAUUUAAUUUUAUUCAGAGAAAUGUUGUAAUAUCAAUGAGUGUUAGAAAAAUGUUGGAAUGAAAUUAGAAGGCUUUAGUAGAAAUGUUAUAAGGAGUUAGGCACAAAUAAGUUUUAGGGUAUUAAUGGUAAGAUAAGGUUAAAAUAAAUCAUGAUAAUUAUAUGAUAGAAAAUAGUGAAAGAUGGAAAGGAUUUGCCGAAACAAUUAAUAACUAGAAUACAAAAAGGGAGGUGUGAGGAGGUCGAUGAAACACGUUAAUGAAAGAUAAAGAUAUGGAAAUAAUGGAUAUGUUUUUAAUUGUUUUUGUUUUUGUUUUGAUGUAUUGUGUUUUUUAAUGCUUUUCUCUUUUAUGUAUAUGUACUGUAAUGUGUUGAUUUUUACUGCUUAUUUUUUCUUUUCCCUUUUCUCUAAUUCUUAAACUUUUAAUAAAUAUUAUUUUAAAAAAAGAUUAUAAACUAAAAUUUGUUCUUUUGGUAGGAGCUUAAUAACUUACUUAAAUUGAGCUGUCAUUGAUUCUACCAGUUUUAGGGUAGGUUGUUAUUGAUAUAAACGCUUGUGUAUUUUUAAUAGCAAAACUUAAAGUGUUUGAAGAGUGCCACCUUCCUAAUGAUGAUGAUGAUGAUAAUGUUAAUAUUUAUACCCUGCCCAUGUGGCAGGGUAUAUUGAAACAUAAUAAAACAUCCAACAGUAAAAACUUCCCGAUACAGGGCUGCAAAUCUAUAGAGAUUUGCUGUGAUGGCACAUUCAAAUGCCAGCAGGUGUCUGUGUAAAACACAGUCCAAGCAAAUGCAUGCAUCCUUAGCUAAUUAAGCAUGGUUUAAUUUUAACACACAUGGCUACUGAUAUAUGUUUUGUGUUCUUUCUCAUAAUUUGAUGCUGGCUUCUGUAAUCAUUACCAGGAACCUCGGUCUCACAAUUGUGCUCUUUAUGUGGUAUUUCUGACAAGGUCUCAAGGGAAUAUAAGGUCAGAUAUUUGAACAUUAGUACCAACACCUUUCAUUUAAGUGGCCACUAGAGGCUGCCACAAAACAGUGCACACCUUGGUCUAUAGCUUGUAAAUAGUGUUAAGUUCUGAGUUCUGGAAUCAAAGCACUUAGGUGUAGGGAUUUUCUUUUCAUUCAUAGCUUUGAAAAAGUAGUUUACAGACAAACAUAUAGGUUUGUUUCAUUUUUACUAAUAUUUAUGUCUUAUCAAUAUCCCUAAAAAUAAUAUUAUAUUUCUGAGAUAAUGCUUAAUAAAACUGGAUAUGGAUUACUAUUGGCAAUGGUCUUCCCUUGUUUCAUACAUUUUCAUAUGUCAGUAUAUUUUAAAAGAAGCCCCUUUUUGACGCUAAACAAAAUCUCAUGGAUCUUGUGGAUAAAGUAACAGAGAAGAAGGUAGAAUGGGCUUGAACAACUACUUCACAUUCUUUAGAUAAUGCUCUUUCCUUCAACAACUUAAAAAGAACUACGUGUUAACAUAUUAAAAUAGAUUAAGAUUAAUAAGGGAUAUAUUUGGCUAAAAAAACUAGUUUGAAACAAAAAAAUAUUUCUUUUUGAUGAAGUAAAGGGAAUUUUGGCAUGAAAUUGUAUUCAUCAAUUUUUCAUUUAAUUAAUUGCUUGACACAUAUGUCUCCAAGUGACAUAAAAAAUGUGAAAGCAUAAAGGAUUUGAUAAAAUCCGAAAAAGAACAAUGCAUUGCAGUAAAAGUCAUAAAAGAGACUUAACAAGUCAGAACCAACAUUUCAGCAGCAAAAACUCUCCAUCAGAAGGUGGUUUGACUAUAACAUAGUCAAGAGAUUAUAACAUGCCAGAUUACAACAUAUAAAAUACAAUGAAAUGACUAGCUAUAAAACAUCAGUAAAAACAUCAGUAAAACAUCACUAGAUACUGGUAGAUGCAUUCAGACCAUCAUCAACAUCCUUUUGGCUCAGGUAAAAACCUUUUUAUGAACAAGCAGGUGAUAAAUUUUCAAGUAAAUAAAUAAUACAAUGGUGCAUCAAAUAAUGGGACACAAACUGUUUCAAACUGACUUUAAAACUCAAUGAGCUGAUAAGCAUAGCAUGUGUUGGGAAAACUGUUGUUAGAAAACCUUAUCUUCAAAUAAAUGAUUCCUAACUGAUUUUUGUCUAAUUUUGUUUUAUGCCCAACAGGAUGUCCAUAGUUUAUUUUUGGGAUGGCUUGAAAGAAACGUGAAUGCAGAAGGAUUAAUCAGAUCCAGCAUGGUGUCCCUCAAGUUUGUAUCAUCUUGCAUCAAAGGAACAGAAGUAACACCCUCGCUCAUGCCGGUAGUUACUGAGAUGCAAGCUUUCUCAUCCGAACAUUUCAGUUUUGAGAGAUACAGGCAAAAUCUACAUACAAAGAAGCUUGGGAAAGUGGUUCUGUUUGCUGAAGUUACGUCAACCACCAUGAAUCUUCUUGAUGGGUAAGAUUAGCUGUGAUGGUGAUAGCUUUUUUUCUAUAUAUUAGUUGGCAAAAACAAAAAUGUUCUGUUGGACUUCCCAUACUCCCAAUUUACUGAAAAUAAUUCUGGCAUAGGAAUACAGAGACCCUUAACAUUUGACCAAUUUGCUGAAAGAGGUUAGACAAAUGUUAAACAUAUAAACUGUCAUUCAUUAAUCAAUAUAUAUGCUUUACUACAGAGUCUAUAGUACAGUUUUCCUGUAUUGGGAGCAUUAGAUCCUCAGUCUUAUAGCUGUAACAACACAAGCUUUAAUUCAUGACACAGCAGCUCAGGGGUGUUCCAUGCAAGUAUGCAGCUUUUCAUGUUGCAGGGUGGCAGUUGUCUUUUGACCAUGUGGGGUUGGAAUGGUGAUAGGGAUGAGAAGGUCACUCCUUUUGUCUUUAGGAUACUCUGUUAGAGUUAAGCUGUCUCCUAACUUGCAAAAAACUUUUUUAUGUGUACGGCCCUUCCACUGUGUACUCUUCCACUGUGUUAAGGCCCUUUCCCCAGAUGAUUGCAUGGACCUAGAAUCUCCUUCUAGUGUUUGGAGGAGAUGGACCUUGUUUCUGCACAAGAAGCUCAGAGCACAGAAUCAGCCUUUUUCUAGCAGGAAUUGAAUGAAUUUCUAAUUUGAACUUGAACAAGUGGAGUUAUAAGAUUGCAACAGCAAAUAUAUGUUGCACAGUUUCCAAGGUAAGCAGCUCCACAUUUUUCCAUUGUGACUGUUCUGAAACUGAGCUUGUGAAACAAAACAUUCUUUUUUAGCAAGCAGGCUAACAUGCUGAACGUUUCUUGUUGGCAAUUUUGGUCUGUAUAAAUCUUUGUUCUUUUAAAAUCGUUAUUUUAGAAUUUUGAAUCACACCACAGCAUCACUGCAGUUGUGGUUUUGGAAAAGCUAAUGAGCAAAGAGUAUCUCAUUGAUAGCUGUAGUUCUUUAAUUUAUGAACAUGACUGUUUCAGGUUUUUAACCUCAGCAACUAACUUCAAGAGCUUAUGCUAUAAUAAAUUAGUUAUGCCUUAAUGUGCUAAUAUUUUAGCUACAGGUUAAUUAAACUGUACUGAGCAAACUGUCUAUAUGCAUGCAAUUUUCCAUAAAUUGUAUAAUUUUAGAAUAUUUCAAGGCAAAUGUUGAAAUCUUCAUUAUAUUUUGUGCUAUUCUGUAGCUAGAUGAAAAAAACUGACUUUUAAUUUAAUGGAAAGGUGAAGUUACUCUGCAGUAAAUAUAAUGGUCACAUGUCUUAAAUGGACAUAUCCUAUAGACGUAUCCAUAUCUGGCUUUCCAUCAGCAGAACAGUGCAUCUGCCAAAUCUUACUGCCUUUCAGUCUGUGUCUUUCAAAUAUAGGAUAGCAGCCUCAAUUACGUGAACAUUCUUUUUCUUUAUCUGAGUCUUUUUCUUAGAAACUAGAUACACUAAUAUGUUUCCACAGUGGGUUUUUCACUAAAGUCGGUGUGGACAGAGUAGUUAAAGAUUUUAAAAUAUUCAGCUCAUAAGAAAGCCAGAUAUGGAAUGAUUCCCCACAGAGUCAUUUCAGCAACAAAGAAAUGCUGGCAGAAUGACUGAAGUGAGUUUGGGUCACGGGUGGCACAGGGGAGAAGCACACUUGUGUUGUAUCCUAUACCACUUCAGUCUAUAUCCACAUUCCUGUUGGUGGUACAACCUUUGCCCCGGACCAAAUGCAAAAAAAAUAAAAAAAUGAAUCCAUGUCAUUGACUUGAGUGUGAGGGGGCAGGUGUCUCUAGUAGCACAAGUACACAAGUAGAUUUGUGUUUCUUUCAGGGUAUGUAGGGGAGGGAUAAUAAGAGUGGGAGGGGCAUUAAUUCCUGGGAUGCAGCAUAGGGAGGGAUUGGUCACAUUGUUUGUCAGGAGAGGGGAUAAGACAGACUAGAAAGACUAGUUGGCCAUGCAAGGGCCAAGCUAUCCAACCAUGUUGCAUUCCUGAUCACUGAUUCAGGCUUGUUUCACUGGAGGCUGCUUUCCUCUUUCUUAAUAAGGGAAUUUGUCCUGGAUUUAUAACAUACGCUCUUUUACUCAGCUGAGGCCCCUGUGUCAUGACAUCUAUGAGUGGGGCUGGGGUUAGAAAAAUGCCCUGUGGCAGGGUUGGGUAACUUCAUGUCCAGGGGCAAAAUACAGUCGUCCAGCCUUUUUUAUCCAGCCUUCAUGACUCUACCAAAUACCCAUUCCUCACUGACCCACUCUGCUCCCUCCUCAAGUGAUUUAGCCUGGCUGGAAUGUGUUCUUUAACUUUCAGUAAUGUCUUCUUGCUGGAUAGUGGGUGGAAAGGUAGAGAGGGUGGUCAUGUAGGUAUAGAAAACCUGUGAUUUUGUGGAGUGCCUUGUGUCUUAUUAAAUCUUGCAGAUUGGUAUUAAUGUAGAUUUAAGGUAACUCCAAAAAUAUCUAAAAUAACCUUUUCUAUAAAAGAGUACAUGUGUCAAUUUAUGAUCUAUUCAAAUGAGUGUGUGUAAAGUUAAUAUUCACUUUAUUGCUUUUUUUUUGGUCACUGUAGCUAAGGGUAUCAUGUAGCAGAACUAACUUCCCAUUUUUUUCUUUGACAGUCCAGACCAUAGUCUAUAGAACAUUAUGCUAUUAUAUUGUUAAAGCUAAGUAGGUCACUUCACGGCCACUCUACCUUGGUUUGGGAUCAUGGGGGUGGGGCAAUAUAAAUGCUCUAAGUUUCCCAAUGAAACAAUAUAUGUGUAUAAUAAAUUUAUACUCAGUAUUCUCUGUGUGCAGAAGACAGGAAGUCAGCAGAGCAAGAGACAAAUUAUUGCUGGUUCUGCUGUAUUCCUUGCUUUUGUGCUCUUUCUCUUCCAUUGUUUAGUCAUAACCCCUGCCAGGUAUGCUACUUCCCAUGACCAAGGCCCACACAUGGAAGUAAUAGUGUCCCUGGAGCUUGUACAAGGAAACCUAUAUUGCUCCCUUGCUAUAGAUAGAGUGCACUUUUCAGGUGCCAGGACUAAGUGGCAUGAGAAAAGAGAAGGGCUAGGGAAACUAAACUGGGGUGGUUAGUCCCUGCCAUCUUUGGUUUGCUAGUUUCCCAUACUCCACCACAUGACGGAGGCAGGAGAGCAAAGAACUCUGAGAGCCAGGCACAGUUCCCUUCAGUUCUCUCCUCCCUAACGGAUCAGGUCACUUUCUUCUGGCUGUCUCUUAUCUUCUCUGUCAGCUAAGUGUUUUUAACAUCAACAGCACUUUAUUUCUACUUAUUUACUGUUCCCUCCUAUAUCUUAUCAAUUUCCAGUAUUGUGUGUAUGUCCGUUUUCUAACUUUACUCGUUUAUUUUCACUGAGGUUAAAAAAAAGCGGGGGGGGGGGGGAACGACACAUUUCCCACUUCUUGUCACUUUGCUUUUCCUUUCCUUUCUUUCUCUGAUUGACCAAGUCAGAAAUUGCAUUCAAACAUUCUCUCAAAAGCAGGGUGUGGGAUAUUCUUUGGCCCAGAUUGCAUUUACUGUUAAGCUAUGACUGUGAGGAGGAAACAAUAAACUUCUGCUUCCAUUUUUAAUAAUCCUGGUUUAGGUCAUGUCCCAAACCUAAACUAUGGUUAAUGAAAACAACCCAGUUUCAUAAACUAUGGUUUGAAAUUGACUUGAUUCCACUACUUAUAGUUAAGGCUAAACACAGUUUGUUCAUGUUGGGACAUCACAAGAAGCUGCAGUUAGCUUAAAAUGAAAGUUAAAGUCUCAUCUUGCAGCUGUGCAGGAGGGGGAAGAUGGCCUUGGUCCAAGACUCACUAGUUUCUUGCUGUAAAUCUAAGCCAUGGUAUAGUCUUUCAUGUGAACAAAGCCUUUGAGAGAUGCAAGCACAAUGACACCUUUGUGUAGAACUAGUUAUAUACAUUUUGGAUUUUUGGCCUAGAGCUACAUUAGAACAUGCAUAGAAAUAAGAGCUGAUGCUGUGGUGCUUAGGCCAUUUAUUUUAUUCUUUUCAAACAUGUUUAUACAUGGUACUAGGGUUAUUUACUAGGUUAAUAAAAUGCAAAUAAAUUAUCUUGAAUAAGCUUUGAUUUCACGGAAAUGUAUUAAUGUAAUUUUAGGCUUUUCCUGUUUAUGGAAUGUUUUUGAGUUUUGAAGGCUUUUUAAUAUGAAAAUGUAAUGUGAUUUAAUAAAUGAAAUCUUGAGAUUGCAAAUGACAUCUCAUAUUCAGACAAUGGGUAUAUAAAGUUUAUAUUUAAUAGGCUUCCAAACCUUUCUGAAGCUGGAUACUAAAUCUAUCCCAGUCCCUCAAAUCUACAUAUCCCCCCCCCACAAAAAAAAUUAAGACAGAGAAGAAAGUGGGCUGGAACUAAUUUAAUGGCUGAGUGACCUCACAGUAGAGAAACAGCCGGAGUCUAAUAGGGGUCUUUGUCUACAUUUCCACCCUAGCUGGUAACUUGCCAGUCAAAAGUCAAGCAAGAGAAACAGGUGGGAACUAUUAGACCUGUCAUAAAGUUUGAAAAAUUGAUUCUGGAGCCUAAAUGAAUAGAUUAAACUUGACAGUGUUGUCCUAAAGAUUCUAAGAAAAAUUCUGUAGUUUAAUUUUGAGUCCCUUGAUUAUUCAUUAGCUCUCCAGAUGGCCUGUAUUGAUGUAUCACAUAUUAUUAUACAAGCUGUAUUAUUGUUGGCAUAUAUUUGCAUGUACAACUAACAAGCAAUGUGUGAACACCUCUAUUAGUAUCUUUAAAUUAAGGGGUAUUACUCAAAUUGUAAAAUAAAGAUUUGUUUAAAUAUUAAAUAAUUUGGAAUGAUCAGUAAUACUUGUAUUACUCUGACAUCAGAAAUGUUUAAAUCUAUUGGGGCUAUCAUUCUGGAAUGAUUUGUUCAAAAUUGUCAUUGUCAUGGUGGCUGUGGAAAUUAAAGUUAAAUUUAUCAUUUUAUAGCAUGUCAGUCAGAAGCAUUACCAGUAACUAGGACAGGUUAAUGCUGUCAUAGUCCUUCUGUAAUGUGCAUAUCUUUGUUCAUUAUUAAGGAUGUACCUGCAAAAUUACAAAUUUCAUGUAGGUUAGGAAUAAUUCAAGAGUUGCUUGAGAAAUACAUCAAGUGUCAGGCAAUUGGUUUGAGUCAAGUUAAUUAAAAUCAUUAUUAAAAUCAAGAAGAAAGAAGCCAAAUUUCAGUUAGUGAUAUAAAUCAAAUAUUCAUUUUUGUAAUUUCAUAGAUUUCUAAAACAAGUGUGCUAGAAUUAAAACAUACUGGUUUGCAGCUAAACAGAGCCUUUAUACUGCCUGGGAGCAUAUUCCAAAAUAUUUGUUUGCAUAGCCUCAUGCAAUGCAAGCAUCUCUCUCACCCCUCUCCCUCCCCGCAAGGCUUUUCAAGAAGAUGGAAAAUCUUUAUGACAGCACAGACUUCAGUGGGAAAGAGAAACUGCCCAAAAUUCUGCAGAAGUACUUUCUGUGAGUUGAUAACUACUCAUGCAAGUUGCCUCUGCCUUAUUUAGGCAAUAGUCUCCAGUGAUCUCUGAUCCUUGGGAGGUGCUUCUUCAGGCAUUCAAGAAAGAGGACAUUGUGUAAGCAGGACACUUAGCAAAUCGCAUACUUUUAGACUACAGUGAGACUCCAAAGAAUCUUGAAACUGGUUCUGUGAACCUAAGGGGUUUGCAGGUUUGUAUAUUUUAAAACAACCCCCUCUGCUGCCUGGCAAACUGCUUUGGAAACUGAAGAGAGUUUCAUAAGCAGGUAGCAAUACUUUGCAGGAAAGCAAUAAUUUAGACCCAGGAUUGUGAAUUGUUUUGUUCUAUUAUUACUAGCUGGCCUUAAACCAUGGUUUGUUGAUGGCUUACCAAUCAUGUUUUAUUAUCGUGAACUUGGAUUCAAAUGUACUGUUAAACUAUCAUUCCUGAUCUGUUUAUGUGCUCAUACCAGGCAAGGAAGAUGAGAUACACACUUCUUAUAAAGUAUAUGAUUUCUUUCAAAAAUAUGGAAGUCAUGGUACUAAAUGUGAUUUUAUUUUGUAAAGUGAUUUUAGUGGCAGGAAUGAAUGUAUAAUAUGACUAUUUCCAAGUAGAAGAACUUUGUUUGUAAAGAGCUUUUUUCAGGACAGGGUAACUCUUACGAUUUGUGAUUAUUAUUAUUAUUAUUUUCAUAUCAUUAUGAAACAGUGCUCCUUGGGCUUGUGAAUUAUGUGCUCAACAUUGGUUUAUUAAAAAAAGAAACCAUUUAAAGUGAAUUGUAGUUUUCUGCAUGAAAGUAUUGUUCAAGAGCUACAUGUUGUUAGCAUUAUCAUUUUUGUGGCACUUUUCCCCCCGUGACUUUUUCCACAAGUGGUUAGAUAUUGGGCAGGAGAAUGAUGCCAUGGCUAAAAAAAGUAUAUUAUUCACUUUUUACUGUGCAUAAAAUGUGGAUCGUUAGAACAGAAGACAUGAUCAUUACAUGCUGUAGUAUAUGAACCAGUGAACAGAGAAAGAAGCAGCUAAAAUUGCUGGCCACUUCAGGUUCCUGUACUCAUUUUUAGAGGAAUGUUUCAAAACUGACAUCUUUAAUUUAGUGGACUGAAUGUGCAGCCAUAAAUGUCAAUCCAGCACAUGCAAUGUUUUUUUAAAUGGAGAAUUAGAUAGAAAAGAGAUUGAAAUACUGGAAUUUUAUAGUAUAUGCUAUACUGUCAACUCUUCUUAUGCAAGUUGAUCUAUUUUGAGCCUUCUCCCUCUUUUUUUUGGCAAGAAACAUCAAAGUGAAAGUGUUGCAAACUGCUUCAAGCUAUGAACUUGAUGUUAUUUAAUUAUAAGGCUCUGAUUAUAGUUUGUAGCCUUUAAAUCAGCGUUUCUCAACUCGUGUGAAUGGAGGGGGGCAUGGCAUGAGGCUAGGGGACCACAAAGGGAAGUGAGAAAUGAAGAAAACAGAGAAGUGACCCAGAAAAGAAAACAGAAAACAGAGAAGUGAAAAAAAUAGAAAACAGAGAAGUAAAGUGAACAGAGAAGUGACUGUGCUUCCCAGUGGAUAGAUUGCCACAUGCACUAUGCGGCAACAUUGCUUCUACUUCCUUCUCCCUCCCACUUCUGCACUCCACUGCUUUCCCUCUUUGGCAGCAGUUAGUGAUGAAUUGAAAGAUGAUGAAAUAAUUGUGCGUGUGAAUCAUUUGAAGCAGCUAUAUAAUGUUAUGGAAGUUCAUUUCCAUGAUCUGCUGGACAUGGAUAUUCCGCCCUGGGUAGUUGAUCCAUUUGCUGCCUGUGAAUGCUGCUGAUGUUUAUGUUUCUUUGCAAGAAGUGCUCAUACAGCUACAGAGUGGUAUAGCAGCCAAAGUAACUUUUAGUCAAGAAAAGCACCAUUUUUGGAUAAAGAGUACAAUAUCUAAAAAGGUUCCAUGGCUUUGGGAUAAAGCAAAAAUGUUUUUUAUGGCAUUUCCUACUUCGUAUUUGGUAGAAUCAAGUUUCAGUCAUGUGAAUUAUUUACUCAGCCUAAUGCAGAAUCGCCUUGACAUAAUGGGCAGAGGUGAUCUUCUGUUACCCCUCACAGCAAUAGAACCGGAUAUUUAAAAAAAGCUCGUUUCUAGUCAUCAAGCAAAAGUAUAAAUUUCUAUGUAAUUGUAUUUUGUAUAAAUUAUAACAGUUAUAAAUAAAAUAUGUUCUCUUCACAAACAAAACAUUUAAAUAGCUACCUUUCUACCAGUAGGACCGGGAGGGGGGCACAGGAAGGAAACAAGGUUGGAUAGAUGUUGUUAUACCAAGUACUGCUCUUACUUUUUGAUUCAAACAGUAACUAGUCCCUAAGAUAAUUGACUUGGGAAAUCACCAGACUAAACCAUUACAUAGUUUAAAUUCUCUGCAGUGGUAUUACAUUGCUGGAGAAUUCUGAAUUGAGCCGCCCCUCCUUUUCUCAUGUACAGCAAUUCAUGUUGGGUGGAUUUGUAUAGCAAUUCAUGCUGAACAUGAAUUCAUGUACAGCAAUUUGUGUGCAGCAAUUCAUGCUGAAUGUGAAUUAAUGUACAGCAAUUCAUUGUUCAGUGGACUUGUGACUGGUUGGCUGACUUGAACCAAGAUAAUAGAAUUGUAAAAUUGGAAGGGAUCCCAAGGGUCAUCUAGUCCAACCCCCUGCAAUGUAGGUAUCUUUCACCCAAUGUGGGAUCCAAACCCAUGACCCUAAGAUUACAAGUCUCAUGCUCUACCAACUGAGCUAUCCCAAAUCAUGGUUCCUUAUCAUCCAGGGAAAAAAUGACAAGUGGGAUGUGACAGGAUUCUGUGCUGGUUCUAGUUUGUUCAAAAUAUUUCUAAAUGACUUGAAUGAAAGAAUAGAGAGCAUGGUGAUCAAAUUUGCAGAUGACACAAAACUUGGAGUAGUACCUAAUACCUCAGAAUGUUGAAUCAGGAUUCAAGAUGACCAUAACAAUGAAUUUCAAUAGGAACAAAUGUAAGGUUCUGCACUUAGGCAGGAAAAAUCAGAUACACAUACGUAGGAUUGGGGCACCUGGCUUGAGUGCAGUACAGUUCUAGUGUCCAGAUCAAGGGAAGUAAUAGUACUCUAUUCUGUUUUGGUCGGCCCCAGACUGGAGUACCUUUUCCUCUUGUGGCAGCACGAUUUAAGAAGGAUAUUGACAAGCUGGAACAUGUGCAAAGGAGGACAACCAAGAUGAUCAAGGGUCUGGAAACCAAGCUUUAUGAGUAACUGUUGAGGGAAUUGAAUAUAUUUAGCCUGGAAAAGAGAAGACUAAAGAGGUGAUACGAUAGCCAUCCUCAAAUAUCUGAAGGGAUGAUGGAGCAAACUUGUUUUUCUGCUGCUCUAGUGGGUAGCACCUGAAACAAUGGAUUCAGAUUGCAAGAAAGAAAAUUGUUACAGAAGAAGGUAAUAUUUGCUCAGAGGAAGAGAAGAGGUGGGAGUCUUUUUGAGCUCGAGUCAAAUGAGCAUUUACUCAGAUUAUGCCAAAGCAUGGUUUGACAUUGCAUCUACAGGAAUUGUUUGCUUCAUGUAGAUAUAGAAGGAACUUGUGUGCUUCUUCACAGUCGGAAACAAAAAAAGUACAUCGCUUUCCAUAGCAUUCUCCAUUGUCUGUUUAACAUAGCUUGAAUUUAUUUAUUUAUUUAUACCUGAAGGAGCGCCUCCACCCCCAUCAUACUGCCUGGACACUAAGGUCCAGCGCCGAGGGCCUUCUGGCAGUUCCCUCGCUGCGAGAAGCCAAGUUACAGGGACCCAGGCAGAGGGCCUUCUCAGUGGUGGCACCUGCCCUGUGGAACGCCCUCCCACCAGAUGUCAAAGAGAAAAACAACUACCAGACUUUUAGAAUACAUCUGAAGGCAGCCCUGUUUAUGGAAGCUUUUAAUGUUUAAUAGGUUAUUGUAUUUUAAUAUUCUGUUGGAAGCCGCCCAGGGUGGCUGGUGAAACACAACUAGAUGGGCAGGGUAUAAAUAAUAAUAUAUUUUCUCGGUGGCUGCUCCCAGACUUUGGAGCUUCCUCCCUGGAGAAGCUAGACAGGGCUCCUCUUUGCUGUCCUUCUGCUGGCAGAUGAAGACUUUCUUGUUUCAACAGGUUUUGGGGAAUUAACCACUUUUAAUUAAAUGUCUGGUGCCAUACUGUUUUCAUUGUAAUUAUUGGUUUGUUUUAAACAGAUUUUACAUACAUGUAUAGUUUUAAUACUAUCAUUGUUUAAUUGUAUUUUUAUGAUCAGUUUUACUGUGUAUUUAGUGGUUUUUGUUUUUAUCUGUGAGCUCCCUUGAGUCCAAUCAGGGGAAAAGGCUGAGUAUAAAUAAAUAUAUAAUAAUUUCUAACAUUAAAGAGCUUCCAGAUUUAGCCAAUCUUUUAUAUGUGUGACAAAAGCAAUUCUGAGAUACAGUUGAAAAAAGUAUAUUUUAGAACUAUUUUAUGAGCUGUUACUGUAGGUCACGUUUAUCCAUCACUGAUUUUUCAGCAUAGCAAGUGCAGCCUCUUUCUAGAAAGCCACUAAUUAGGAACAAUAGUUUAUUUUUUUACUGUGAUACAUCAUCUUCUUUACUCAGUCAUAUUGUGAGUGACAUGGAAAGGUAAUUCACAGCUUGCUUCUAGAAGGCUCAGAUGAUAAACGGUACAAUUCAGUUUGUGGGAAUUCAUCCUUGGGCACACAAAGAUGCUUCAGGAGGAAAAAUACUGGCCUGCUAUGCAAUACAGGGUUUUCACUAAGCGCAGCUCCAUGUUUUCAUUCCCUGUCUUGCUAGAUCUGUUUCAUUUUCAGCAAGUGCUACUAGGAACUUAAACAGUUCCGUUGAAUAAGAUGAGACUGUGGUGAGAAACUUUGAGAAUGUUUGGGGUUUUUUUUUGCAGAGCCAUGACAUCUGCAAGUCUUUGUUAUUAAUAGAUGGGAUGGAGAACUGUUGGAAAUAUUUUGGUCUGUUUUUAGUCUGAAAGAAAAUGAGAGUGAAAUGAACUUUUAUAUGUUUACCUAUUCGUUUAUGCUUAGCUAAAGUGAAUGUGAAGAAAAUAUGAAACCAUUUUGUCUCCAGGAUUAAAAACCCUAUUCAAUAAUUGAGUGAUAAUUCAUAAGUGGCAAAGUGUUAAAGUAGAUAAGUGCUUCCCCACUGUGGCAAAAGCGCUACGCCAAAGUGUAAAGUGCUGAGGUGUUUAUUUUAACACUGGGAAACAUAUUAUUGCAAGCAUUCCUGGUUUAUACUUAGUAUCUGUUAUGCCAGAUGUGCCACGUACAAAUUAGACAUGGCUCAUAAAAGGUAACAAUCCCAGGUUUCUGAAAGACAUAAUAAAAAGUAAUUCUGUUUUAUCACUAACAAUUUUCUCAACCUUCGGAAUGAGGGAUAAACUGGUUGAUGAGGUCUGUUAAAUGUGUUAAGGAUAUUGUGCAGAAUUUCUACAUUUUAAUACUUAAGUCUUCAUUUCAUCACAGAGAAACAUACAUUUGGAAGGUAGCACAAUAACCACAAGAUACAUAAUACUAAACUAUCUUUGUAGGAUGGUACGGUAUAUAGAAUGCAUUGGAAUUUCAUCACAGAGCAUUUAACCAACAAAUGCCAUAUUGGGGGGGGGGGAUGUAAUAUUGAGUGGUUGCCUAAUACAAGUUGCCUAAUGCCAAGCUAUUUGCCAGAUGCUUGCUGGAGGACAUUCCAGAUAGGGGUGACCCCCUCCUGCUGGAGGAUCAGGCAGGGUCCUCAGGCAGAGAGAAGUCAUUGGCAAGAGCUCCAGUUUAUUUGAGGGGGCGAGAUGUGAUUGGUUCUACUUUCAAAGAAAAAAGGUAACCAAGCAGAAAAGAAUACUAAAAACUAGUAGGGGUUGGCAGUGUAGCAACCAGAGGCAGAGUUGGCAGACAUGACCAUGACAGUAGUUUUAUAAGAGUCUCCUUUCAUAGUGUCAUCAAGGGGCUGAGCUGCUAUGCAUAUAAGUACUUGACUAGUGCAUACUUUUAGUUGUAUAUAUUCUAGUAAACCUUGUUGUUGUUUUGCUUUUAUUUUAUUUUUCCCCCCCAAAAUUAUUGAUUUUCCACAUUUAUAACAGAUAUAACCUAUAAAACACACAAAAGAAAACACAUUACAAUACUAAAAAACCAAAAAUAUAAACACUUAUUACUUCUAAAACCCAAUUUAACUUUCAUUGUUGACUUCCUCAAAUCCCCCCAACUGAAUUUCCUUGUAUCACCUUGUAACAGUUCUCCAAAAUCAUCUUUCUAAUAAAAUUAACUCCUUCAAUUUACUAUCUUUUCUUAAUAGAAUCCAUAAUGGAUUCUUAUUCUAAUCCUAAGCCUAUUUGAUAUUUUCAAGUGACUUCUAAUUAUCUUAUGUUGCAAUAUUUAGCUAAAUAAUCUUUAAAUUUCUUCCAAUCUUCUUGGUAUUCCUCUUCCUUCUGAUUGCGGAUUCUUCCGGUCAGGUCAGCCAGCUCCAAAAAGUCCAACAUCUUCAUCUGCCAUUCUUCUACAAUUGGUAUUUCUUGAGAUUUCCAGUUUUUAGCUAAUAGCAGUCUUGGCGCUGUAGUGGCAUACAAAAACAAUCUAACAUCUUUUGGGGGCAAUUCCAAUCCUGUUAUUCCAAGUAGAAAGGCUUCUGGUUUCUUAACAAAUGUAUUUUUCAACAUUUUUUUCAACUCAUUAUAAAUCUUUUCCCAAAAGUCCUUAACCUUGGGAUACGUCCAACCACAUAUGAUAAAAGGUGCCUUCUUUUUCUUUACACUUCCAACAUAUCAUUUGUGUGAUAAAUCUUUGCUAAUUUUACUGGGGUUAAGUACCACCUAUACAUCAUUUUCAUAAUGUUUUCUUUUAAUACAGUGCAUGCAGUAAAUUUAACCCCUUUCUUCCACAGCCUUUCCCAAUCUUCCAACAUUAUAUUGUGUCCAACAUCUCUUGCCCAAUCUAUCAUCACAGAUUUGACUUGUUCAUCCUUUGUAUGCCACUCCAACAGCAAAUUGUUGUUGUUUUGCUUUUAAGGCAUCAAUAUGCACUGAGUACAUAACCAACCAUCUCAUACACUAGCACGUGCCCAUUUCAUUAUAUAAAAGGGUGGAUAGGAACAUAUUGAUGUGAAUAUUUUAUACUAGUACGGUUCUCUAGUUCACUGAAUUGCCUUAGUUUACUGGAUGGUUUCUCUAAAUUAUGUGGAUUUUGUGAGUAUAUGUGAAGCUGUCAUAGAAUAACUUAGCAAUUUUAAAUAUCAACAGUACAGCUACUAUUUUUGCAGAAAUGCAACCACCUUUCAUGUCUUUGGAACUAUCAAGCAUUUUGUUUUGUGUUAAGAAUACAGUACAGUGAUUAUGCCUUACUGAAAUUUUCCCUGUCCUCCCUUUCAGCUUCCUAACAUUACUGUACCUUUGCUGGUGGUGAUGUACUAUAAUUGGUGAACUAUGAAGUAAAUAUGUUGUGAAGGAAUAAUUUUACCAGCUACCAUCUGUCAUCCUGUUUCAAAUAAUUGUCAGCUUGUUCUGCAUAUCUUUUUUUUUUUUUUUGGCCUGGGGCUGUACUUCUUCACUGUCUGCAGCUUCAUCCACCUGUUGAAUAACAUCCUCGUGUCUGUUUCUCUGUACUGCUGCAUUUUUCUGGCAUUUCCAAGCAUAUACAGAAAUCUCCAACUAUGUGUACACUAUUAUUUAUUAUCUGAGUAGGCCUGCUAAAGCCAAUUUGAUGUAAUCAGAUUUACCUAAUUCUUCCUGACGUAGUUGCUUCUUACCCAGUGAUGAUACGUCUUCACUCUAGACCAAGCUUUCCAAACUGUGUGUUGCAACACAUUAGUGUGUCAGCUGCAGUGUGUAGGUGUCAUGCGAAUGCUUCCUGCACUCCUCCCAGGGCUGGAAAGGGGUUAAUAUAACCCCUGGUUUACCAGUAAAACUGAAUUACUGUGUCAUGAAAUGAUGCCUGUCUAAAAAGUGUGUCACCAACAUGAAAAGUUUUGAAAGCUCUGCUCUAGACCAUGUAGUCCCCAGCAAACAGCAGCAUUAUUUCUCACUGUAAAACUUGUUUCAGUCCCUUGUUCAGGAAGUCAGUCACCCCAGCAAACUCAAAAUUCAAGAAGAUGAGCCAACACUCUUGCUUUUAUUUCUGUCAGGUUACAUCUGGGUCUGGGCUCUAAGCAUUUAGGUUCCCAGACCUGGCAAAGUGGUGGCGGCGGUUGGCUGUUGAUCCAGCAAAUCAGAGGUAGGGGAUGUGGUGCAAAAGAAGCAGGUGUCAGGUUCCAGUGUAGUCAAAGAAGAAUCAAAGAAGCCAAGGGCACUUGUGCAGUCAAGGUUCAGAACAGCAAACAGGAUCAGGAGGACCUGAACCACAUACCUAAUCAAAGGCAGGCAGAAGUUAAGACCAAAUGCAAAAAAAAUUCUGUAAAAUCAUUCAUUUCUAACAAACUGUAAGCAAAGCGAGUUGCUUCUCACAAUCUACUCAAAAUCUAAAUAAAAUAUACUGGUAGCCCACAGGAUUUUUCUUUCUGCAGGAUGGAUCCCACAGAAGUUAUUUUAGACAGUCAGCAUACAGUUUUCCUGAUAAUUCUGUCUCCGCUUUUGGCACUUAGAGUAGUGUUCCCAGUAGCAGAAGAUUUUUUCCUGUAGUUUCCUCUUCUGUUGAUACUUAUGUCUGUGUUUUCUGGCCGGGGGUGGGGAUGGGGGCGCAGAUUGCUGCUGUAUAAACCUCCAAAAAACAAGAGAGAAAAUGAAAUCUCAAUAGCACUACAGAGAAUGGUGAUCAUGGCAGAUGCAAGACUGGCAGCACAGAAAUAAUCAGAGCAAGGGACUGAAUAUUGUGCUGUACGUAGUCUUUGCUGCAAUGAAGGAGGCUUCUUGACAAGGGAAAGUAAGUUGUUAACUUCACCCUGCAGUAAUGAUGAAUGAUGAAGUGAGUAUAUUGUGGAGGCAUUCUUGUUUUUGCCAGAGGUACCUGCCAAAGGCAACACCCAACAGUACAUAUAGAAUAAAGUAAUUGGCUUGACUCUGUUACCUGACAGUUUUCACUUAGGUAGAGGACAGUGUUAGAAAUUCCCCAGACUUCAGGUGUGUUUUGCGACUGAUGUGGGCCCAUUUGUGACUGAGUGGAGAUCUCUGGAUCCCAGGUUGGCAAUUGACAUGUCCAUCUGGCUGGCCCUUCCAGUUUUCUUAAGCAGGUAAGCAGAAGAGCUUAUUUAUUGCAUUUAUAUCCCAUCUUUUCCUCCAAUGAGUACAUGGUUCACUCUCCCCCACUCCUUCAGUUAGUCCCUCCAAAGACCCAGUGAGGUAGGUUAAGAGCCUGUGACUGGGCCAAGGUCACCCAGUGAGCUUCAUAAGUGAGUGGGAUUUGAACCCUGAUCUCCCAGGUCCUAGUCUGACACUCUAGCCACUACACCACACUGGACUAAAUACAUGAUAAAUCUUUAGUUGGGUUGAAACACUGCUUCCCCCUGCCACUUCCUUACUGACCCGCCUCUCUAAAAAUAAAGUUGGACCAAAUUAUUUAUUUAGCCAGAGUUCAUUCCAAAACAAACUCACUCUGUAGCUAUAUUUUCCUUCAAAGUAAGGAACAUAUUUGGCAUUUACAAUGACAAUGUUUGCCAAACGCUUCUUUACUGUAGCAUUUUGUUCAGUUUGCAGUGGGCAUAUGAACCCUUAGUAGUCUCUAGCUUCAUGUUUUAGUACCUCAGGUUUCAGAGGAAAUCCUUUCAUAUGAGAAAAAUCUAAUUCUCCCUUUGCACUCCACUGUUGAGACUUGUGAAUUUUCUGUGCUUUUCUUUUUGAGAAUGGCACAUUUAUGAAUUUGGAAGUUUACACUUUCAUAAUGAAAUGGGUAUAAAUGACAGAAGAUUAUCACUGAUGACACCGCAUAAUGCUUUUCUAUAUCGGCUUAUGUUUUGCUUACAUGGAUUUUGUUUUGAUGAUUUUCAGGUGUUGGUGAAUGUGAUGGAAAUGUUUAAUCUGUUUUUAAAAACUACAUAUGUCUGUUUUGCCAGUGCUAGGCUAAGCAGUCUUAGUUUUGGUUGAUGUGUAAGUGAAUCACUAGUAGCUAAGGAUUUGGACCUUUCUGUGACUUUCUGGUGAGAUACUUUAAAACGUCACCCCAGCACCCUUCAGGAAUCCUAUCACCUUAUUUGAGUGUGCAUUCCUUGAGUCAGGUGGGGAUAGGACCCAGCAAAAAUGUUGCACUCACAGCACCAUCACAAUUUCAAAGAGAAAGGGCAAGACAGAAGCCACAUGCAAAGGGCAGAAUACCUAUAAAAGUGACAUGUAAGAGAGAGAGUAUAUUGGCAGAUACAGCUUUUCUCACUGCUGUGUAAUGAAAUCUUUAUGCUAAAAUUUCCUAUUUUAAAGCUAUUAAAUAGAAAACGUUCAUUGCAACUUUUAUUCUAGACACUAGAAGAGGAAGAACAUCUGCAGGAGGAAAUAAAACAAAAUUGGUGCCUUGUUACAGAUUUGGAUAGUGGAAUGAAGCUUUGUAUUUUAGUUGAAAUAAAUAUAAAUGUUUCAAGUAAGAUGUUUUAAAACGGGAUACUAUUCAAUUCUGUGUUUGGAAAAAAUAUUUUUCUGGUAAUUCAAAUUCCACUAUCUAAUAUGAAAGAACAUGAUCUAGAAACUAAAUUAUGUCAUUGUAGAUAUCCUUACUGAUAUGUUACAGGCAAGAUGGAUGAGAUGCUAAGUUUUCAAAGCAAGUGACAUUAGGCCAAGCUGAGUAAAGACAACUCCUAAUUGAUGGGAAUGUUGUCUGUGAGUUCUGAUGUUUACUUUCAGAUUUAACUGUUUAAUUAAGGAGGCCUUGUGCUCCUCAUUCAGAUGUUGGUGGAUAUAGUUUCAAGGUUAUAACAUACAAGAACUUACAACCAUCUUGUAAGAUGGUUGGGCGCUAUUAGUGCUUGUUCCCCUUAGAGGUUCUUUAGAUUUAAGGAAUAUCAUACUAGACCAUCCUAGUUUAUUGAAUCUAUUCAGUCAUGGUAUUUCACAAGUAAAAUGUCACUAUUAUAAUCUGAAACACGGUAUUUCAUGCUUAGAAAUACUGUUUGAUCUUAUAUUUUAGUAGUCUGGCAGACAUAGAAGACAAUUACAUGUUUGGAUAAAAAUGAGUGACAUUUUUUUAUAUGUUUUACUAACACAGUCCUACAAAUCACACCAGAUGUUUGAUAGCAUCCUUUUUUACCUGCAGGAGCACAUUCAAGGGACCAAAUUGCUUUACCAUCCUUGGUAUGAAAAGUGUUUCAUUAUCUUCUGGUGAGGGUGACAAGAGGAACAAGUCUUAAGUUUCUUUCGUAGCAUAGUUUUGGGAAAGGGCUUAGGAGUUGUCCCUAUCUUCUGCUCCAGCUUCAGCCUAGAGGAAGUCGGGGGCUGGGCAGUGGGCAGCCACGGUACUUGGAGCACCUCAACUACCCACCAUGCAAUUGACUCCCAGCCUUUUUCUUUAUGUAAAUGAAUUAAUAGAAUUUUUGUUAUCGACAUUUCAUGUUAAAUGAAAUGUGUGACUCAGAUUAAAAAUGUUCUGAACUUCAUAGCAUUUUGACUUGAGCAUUAUUUUUUUAAAGGUUCAUUAUAUACCACUGGUAUCAUACUUUUUCAGACCAAUUAAGGCAAAGAAGGCCUAUCCAAUUUCGCUACCCCCACCAAAGCCUCACUGGAGUUGAAUGGCUGUGGCUUCUGGCAAGAUCUUGCAAGGCUCUUGUAAGAUCUCAUUGGAACCCGGAAACCACCGAAGCUGCUUCUCCUUGCUUCAAAGGGGGCACACUCAUGUAGGAGCCCCUUGGAUUCUGCCACCUGAGGCGGCUGCCUCAGUCUCCCUCAUGGAUGGGCUGGACCUGAAUUGAAUCCACAGCCACUUGACUUCAGGCUCUCUGCAGCACAAUGUUAUCUAACAACUCACUAAGUCAGACUUGUGUUUUAAAAGGGAGUUGCUUCUGUUUGUCCAGUAUUCUGAUGAUAGCUUGAUGACCACCAAAAUGCUUCUAUCUAGUUAAACAGAAAAGUUCUACACAAAUGCUAAAUGCUAUUAAUAUUAGCCAGUAUUAUUUGAAGGUUUGAGUUUUUUGUUUGUUUGUUGUUGUUUUUUGGACUGUGCAGAGUUUGAAGCAAAAAUGUGGUAUGGAGCAAUAACGCUUUAACCCUGCUGUCCACCCAUUUAGUUCUCUUCCCUGCACUGCCAUGUAGGGUUCCCAAUGUGUGUUGGUCUCUCUGAAUGUACAUUUGGAGCACCUUUCCACUUUUAUAUCCCCCACCUGAACCUGAAUAUUGGACUCUGCUUGUAGAGGUCUGGUUCACAUCCUCACUUUAGCUGACUGGGAGACUAGAACGUCAUUCAGCCAUGACUGUUUACCUAUAGUUGGAUAAAAGAGAUAAUCCUAUAUAAAUUGAGCUCUUUGGAAGAAAAGCAAGAUAUAAAAUAGUAAUUUCAAAAAUAUAUAAAAUUGACAUACUAGAAUUUAUUGUGUAUCUGUCACUGAAAUGUUGUUAAAGCCAUAUGCUAGGUAUACUUGCGGAUCACUGUUUUGAUUUUACUAGAGAAUGUCUAAAGGCUAUUUAGCAGAAUUUCUGAUUUGCUUGUUUAAAACAAAAUCAAGCUUUUAUGUGUGUCUUGCCACUUUUUGCCACAUCUUAGUGAACUUACAGUGUGCUGUAGGUAUAGAGGAAAUGUAGGAAGGAAAAUGAGUUGUUUGGUGAAGCAUAGGGCAUAUGAUCAGUGUUUGUUGUUGUAUAAAAUCACAAUCAAAAUUGACAAAGUUGCUAUUAAAUACUAUUUCCUGUGCUAAAAGAGAGUCAGCAUAAGCUGAAAAGAAACCUGCAGCAGUAGAUUUGCACAUAGACCUUAAUUGGCCCAAUUGACCUUCUGUGCUGUAUUUACAAUUGCCUUCAAAUUGUAAGCAGAUGUUUGAAAAACCUUCAUUAAUAGGUCCCUAACAUCUGUUUCACCUACAAUAUUGCUCACCAAAGCAGUUGUGAUUAUACAUUUAUUCCAUACAUAUUUUCUUAUUGGUCUUGGAUAUUUAUGCUUCUUUCCAGAAUUUUAGAUAGGGUCUUGCUGGUUCUUUUCCUCCUCCUCCUCCUCCUCCUCCUCCUCCGCCUCCUCCUCCUCCUCCUCCCCUUCUUCUUCUUCUUCUUCUUCUUCUUCUUCUUCUUCUUCUUCUUCUUCUUCUUCUUCCCUACAUUGUGGAUUACCUCUGUCAGUACAGAGCAGUAGCAGCUGAGGUCUACCAUUAUUUUUAUUUUAAAAACCCACCAAAAGUUUGCUGUUCUGUACCAGUAUUACCUUCUGAGAUAUGAUAGAAUUAAACAGACAUGAAAUAUAACUCCCAUCUAAAAUGGUCAGGUAUUUCUCUUAAUGUGUUGGAAAAUGUUAUUUUGAACAUUCUCACAUAUUUUGAACAUAGCUUACCUAUUAGAAUGUAUAUGCUAUCCUUUGUAUUUAUGUAUAUCUUCAGUUUAUGAAAUAUUUUUACAAAGCUCAGAGUUGAAUAUUUAACUUCUUAUUGCUAGUUAUCCUGCCUUCUUGACCAAUAAAUAUAAUUUACAGCUGAACUCUUGUAUUGACAAAUUCAGAAUUGUAAAACAUAGAGGUUUUUCAUAUGUACAUCUAAGUACAUAUUAGGUAUGCAUAUUAGGAUUGUGCCCCCAUCCUGUCCUGGAUAUGUACCUAUAUUCUCUGGGUAGGACCCCCUCAUAUUUUAAUAUUGGAUGUAGCUGGAAACCCCCAUUGCAAAAGUAGACUUUUAUCAUAACCAUUAUUAAUACAGAGGCAUUGCAGGUUAAUUAACAUAUAUGGCAGUCUGCCCAGAGCAAAUGUGUGAAAACGUAUUUGGGGAUUUUGACAUGCCAUUUGAUAGAAAUCUAGUUAGGAUAUAGCAUUUCUUGUUCUGCCAGACUGUUUCUAUUUAGCAGGUGUGCUAAGUGGUCUGUCAAAGUUCUGAGAGCGAAAUGUUAGCAAAGAUGCAUUGGAAAACAGACAGAGGGGCUCGAGACACAGGAAGCAUGUCCAGCCUGGAAGCUCAUAGAGGCCAGGUCCUGUCAUGUGCUGUGCUCUAAUCAAUCAAGAAUAAAGUUUCUUAUAGGACUGUUUAAGCCCCUCUGCCCCAGUUUUCCCUCCUUCUCAGACCUUUGUGUGACAUAUCCCUGAGUACCAGUGUCUGAUAUCCCAACUUUAGGGACUUGCUGCAGGUUUUAGUUCUGAUGGGUGCUGACUGAUCUACUGGGAUCUACUUGCAGUCUCAAGUGUUUCACCAGCAAGUGAAUGAGGCAGUAAUUACUUUCAAGGAAAACAUGGUUUAGGUCUCAAUGUGAAUGUGGUCUGAAUCUAGUGCUUCUUUACUUGGGCUUUAAGAUCCUAUUUUUCAAAGUAGAAGUAAGAAUGAAUAGAUACUGUUGUGUACAUUUAAUUAGUUUAUCAAAACCCACUGAUAUAAAACAAAACUGAAGCUGUUUGCAAAAGGGCUUACAUGUUAUGUUUGAUUAUAGUUAAAUCUAUGGUUUUUAUGUACAUACUUUGUGCCUAUUUUAAUAGAAAUGUCAGUUAAUGAAAUUUAGUUAAUCUCUCCCUUUUAUCUAAUCUAGUCAAGUAGAUUUAGAAUAAUCUUGCAUAUUACCUAGUCUUUAAUAUUUGUGGGUUAUGAUAUAUUGAAAGAACUGAGAACCUAAUGUCAUAAGCAAAAUCUGCUACUCGCUGUUAGAUAUUUCAUUCUCUAUUACAGUAACAUACUAGACAGAACAGCCUCAGAGUACUUAACAGCCCUACAAAUUACCGUAUUUUUUGCCCUAUAGGACGCACCUUUUACCCUCCAAAAAUGAAGGGGAAAUGUGUGUGCGUCCUGUGGGGCGAAUGCAGGCUUUUGCUGAAGCUUGGAGAGUGAGAGGGGUUGGUGUGCACCGACCCCUCUCUCUCUCCAGGCUUCAGGAAGCUAUCCGUAAGCCUGGGGAGCCCGCGGGAGUUCCCGCAGGGCUCCCUAGGCUGCGGAUAACAGCCUGCUUGCCCGAGCGCGGGGCGCACUGAAGCAGAGCGCCCCGCGCUUCGGGCAGAUAUCCGCAGCCUAGGGAGCCCUGCGGGAGUUCCCGCGGCUGGGGGGGGGAAUAAUUUUUUAUUUAUUUAUCCCCCCCCCAAAAAAACAACUAGGUGCGUCCUAUAGGGCGAAAAAUACGGUAAAAUUUGUGCUUGGUGAUUAAAAUUUGUGCUUGGUGAUUAAAAUUUGUGCUUGGUGAUUAAAAUUUGUGCUUGGUGAUAAAAAUUAGCCAUCACAGAUUAAACCAGUUAAAAAGGGAGAGACUACUUCAGUAACAUGGAAAAAACCACACCAUUAGGAGUAGAAUAAGAAGAGUGUGUUAAGCUAGCACAGAGAGUGAAACCGUGAGUUGGGAAGGAAGGAUUAGCAAGGAACACUCUUAGUCAGGCCCAUAGCUCAGUGUUGGAACAUAUGCUUUGUAUUUAGAAGGUCUCAGGUUUAAUCAGUAGCCUCCCCAGGUAGGACUGGGGGGAAAACUUGUCUUAAAAACCCUAGACACUCACUGCCAGUUAGUGAACUAGUUAGACUAACAGUCUGACUCCAUGUCAGGCCCCUUCUUAUGUUCCUAUAAUUGUUCAUCCUUGAGGAAAGAAGUAGCCGUGGUUCACAUGGUUUGUUAUUUUCAACAUUAUUCCUGCACUGUGGGAAUCUGGCCAUGCAGAAGCUGCAACCAUACAGGAAUGGCACAUAACAUAGGAGCUAACCCCUAGGGGCUGAGGUCCCCUUUGCCCCCUCUAAAAUGGGCAUUGCCAUUUAAAUGGUGCGUGUGCACUGUGUCUUGUGAUCAAUGAUUCAAGUUGGCAGGCCUGGCACAUAAGAACUAGGCUGUAGAACUCUGUACAUUCAGAGGUUUCUCAUGCUUUUCUGUAAGAAGAACACCCCCUCCCCCAAAGCAAAAACCCUAGUUAUGCAUAGAUUAAUUUUAAAAGUUGUUUUCAUUUAUAUUAGAGAACAUGGACAUUAACUUCAAAGUGUAUGCUCCUUAAAAAGACUACAGCUAUAGUGUUAGGAAAAGGUCUGAGUCCAUGACUAGAAUUUCAUGGAUUCAUAUUGUGCAAUGCGGAAACAGUAGCAGUCAUUAUAAGCUUGGCAAAAUGUCCAUGACUGCAGAUGACUUGCAGAUUUGUCUAAAAUUAUUCCUCAGUAAGGAAAACAGUUCCAUCAAUGUGUAAAAUUGCUAUUCAUUUAUCUGGGUUUGACCUCAGGCGAUCUUUCUAAUAUUUAGUUACUCUCACAUGUUAUAGUUUUGCAGGGAAGGAAAAAGAGGAUUUUAAAGCUGACAUUCUUGUGAGCCAUGUUGAGAGCUUUUGUUUCUAGAGUUGUAGCACUGCCCAUUGCCUAAGGUGCAAGUCUCUCUUCUAUUAGAAACCGUGUAGAAGACAUUUUAUUACUCUAACAUUUUAAUUCUCACUGGAAUAAAUUAGUUUUUGAAAACUUUCAAUACAGACUUUCUUGUACUGCAAAAUCAUCAGAAUUAGGCAAAGUCUUGAAAUCAUGCAUUAUUAACUUCUAAUAUAAUUUUAAUUAAUGCAUGUAAAGCAAGUGAAAAGAUCUGUAGCUUAUAUCUCCUUUUCUUUAAGAAAAAGUGGCUGAUAGCAGGGAUUACUAGAUUGUUUUUAAAAGUCAUUUUUGAAAACUGAACAUUUAUUUCAUUUUCUUGAAUUACGUAAUUUACAUAGUAACCCAGUGUUGUCAUUUUUGUUUGUUUAAUUUUGAAUUCAUAGAAAAGUGUGGUAAGAAGAGUGAAAAUCUUUGGCACAUAAUUUUUAACAGGGUUCAUUUUUUAAAAAUUAAGCAAAAGCUUGAAGGUAUACCAUUGCUUUAUCCACUACUUCACUGCCAUAUAGCCUGAGGUGCAUGCUGUUAUUCUUUCCCCAACUUCUUAGUUUGAGUAAACAGUAGUUUAUCAUUAGCAUUAAAAUCGGCAAACUGUGUUUUUACAGUUUGAAAGUCAAGGGCAGAGUAAACUUUACCUGAACCAGGAAGUCAAGGACAGAAUAUGCAAGCCUAAGGCUUAGACCUAUGGCCAAAUCAGCGCCAUUAUUAUUAUUAUUAUUAUUAUUAUUAUUAUUAUUAAUUGCUUAUACCCCUCCCAUCUGGCUGGGUUUCCCCAGCCACUCUGGGUGGCUUCCAACAGAAGAUUAAAAAUACAUCAAAACAUCAGUCACUAAAAAACUUCCCUAAACAGGGCUGCCUUCAGAUUUCUUCUAAACGUCAGAUAGUUGUUUAUUCCUUUGACAUCUGAUGGGAGGGGGUUCCACAGGGCAGGAGCCACUACUGAGAAGGCUCUCUGCCUGGUUCCCUGUAACUUGGCUUCUCACAGUGAGGGAACCGCCAGAAGGCCCUCGGCACUGGACCUCAGUGUCUUGGCCGAACAAUGGGGGUGGAGACACUCCUUCAGGUAUACUGGGCCGAGGCCGUUUAGGGCUUUAAAGGUCAGCACCAACACUUUGAAUUGUGGUCGGAAACGUACUGGGAGCCAGUGUAGGUCUUUCAAGACCGGUUUUAUGUGGUCUCGGCAGCUGCUCCCAGUCAGCAGUCUAGAUGCCACAUUCUGCAUUAAUUGUAGUUUCUGAGUCACGUUCAAAGGUAGCUAUCCAUCCUCGAACCGCUUCUAGGCACUCACACAGGAUCUUGACCGCCUUCACUAGUUCCGCUUUGAAAGAGAGGUAGAGCUGGGUAUCAUCUGCAUACUGAUGAACACCCAGCCCAAACCCCCUGAUGAUCUCUCCCAGCGGCUUCAUAUAGAUGUUAAAAAAGCAUGGGGGAGAGGGCAGAACCCUGAGGCACACCACAAGUGAGGGCCCAAGGGUCUGAACACUCAUCUCCACCACCACUUUCUGGACAUGGCCCAGGAGGAAGGAAUGGAACCACUGUAUAACAGUGCCCCCAGCUCCCCGCUCCUCUAGACAUCCAGAAGGAUGUUAUGGUCGAUGGUGUCAAAGGCCGCUGAGAGAACUAGGAAACAGCUUUCACCUUUGUCCCCAGCUCGCCAGAGAUCAUCGACCAGCGCAACCAAGGCAGUUUCAGUCCAUGAUGAGGCCUGAAUCCCAAUUGGAAGGGAUCCAAAUGGUCCACAUCCUCCAGGCAUGCUUGGAGUUGUUCAGCAACCUCCCACUCAAUCACCUGGCCCAAGAAUGGAAGAUUUGAGACUGGGCGAUAGUUGGCCAUAUUGGCCGAGUCUAAAGAUGGUUUUUUUAAAGAAGCAGUUUAAUGACUGCCUCUUUUAGCGCGUCUGGGAAUGCUCCCUCACAGAGGGAAACAUUCACCACCCCGCAGAGCCCAUCGCCCAGCCCUUCCUGGCUCGCUUUUAUUAUCAAGGAGACAGGUGGUUGGUUUCACUCAUCCAAGCAGCCUGUCCACAUCCUCGGAGGUAACAGAUUGGAGUUGAUUCCAUGCAACUUGACUAGACAGGACCCUAGCACUCUCCCGCCCCAGCCCUGCUCCCAUGGUGGAGUCUACCUCCUUCCAAAUCUGAGCGACUUUAUCUGCAAAAAACUUAGCAAAAUCGUUGCAGGAGGUCUUGGGGUCUUUACAAGGCCCCGAUGGCAAAGGUGGUUCUGUUAAAUUGCGAACCACCUGAAAGAGUCUCCUGCUGCUAUUUUCUGCAGAUGCAAGAGAGGCGGUGAAGAAGGUCCUCUUCACCAUCACUAUCGCCACUUGGUAGGCUUGACGUUGAGCUCUAACCUGUGUCCGGUCCGAUUCAGAAUGAGUUUGCCGCCACCAGUGCUCUAGUCGUCUCAGCGAUUGUUUCCUUGCCCUCAUCUCCGGGGAAAACCACGGGGCUGUCCGGGCUUCAUGCAAUUGGAGAGGGCAUUCGGAGCCAGACAGUCGAUAGCCCUGGUUAAGUCCACUUUGCAGCGGGCCACCAGAGAAUCAGCUGAAAGGCCAUCAACAUGGGAUAAAGCAUCCCCUACCACUCUCUAGAAACCAUUUGGAUCCAUUAAGUGGCAGGGGCGGACCAUCCGAAUUGGUCCCACCUCCCUGCAGAGGGGAAGGGUCACGGAGAAGUCCAGGUGCACCAGGUAUUUACGUGCAUGUUCUGUCUAAUACUGUACUGAAAAUGAAUGUUGGUCCAAAUAACGUGGUAUUGUCUACUCUAAGGAGAAAAUAAAGCAUGGACAAACUAUUGAAAAGUGGCUAGAAUGUUUGACAUUUUGAGUGUAGAAGCACCUAGGGGAUUGGGUGCUGAACGCACUAGGGUUUGAGAUGCAUACUUGACUCUUAUAAAUAUACACCAGCUGUGUGAGUGUGGGUAUACUUUUUCUUUCUUUCUUUUUUGGUGUGUGAGCCACUCCCUAAAAUUGUAGUUGGGGGCAGCCUUUUUCAAAUGUCAGUUCUUAAUUAUCUUCAUAACGUAAGCACUUUGUAAAAUAUCCACAUAAUUCCAGUCACUUAUUAGACUUGUCAGUUAUUAACUAGAUGUAAAAAAGGAAAUCUAAUACAUGUACCAUUAUUCCUUAAGUCAUCAGCUAAGGUGAAAUGUGUGCAAAUUGCCUGUUUGAAGUGUUGUGAGUUCUAGAAAGCUUUGUGUGAUUUGCAGUGUGUAUAUUCAGAAUUCAGAUUGAAAGAAAAACAUUUAGAAUCUUUAGUUAAUUCCACAGAUGCUGAUCUAAUACUUUAAACCAUAAGAUAGAGUGGGUUAUUCUUAUAUUUUUUGUAAAUUAUGCUUAUACUGUGCUAUAGUAAAUAGGAUUUACUCAAUUAAUCAAAUUUACAGAUUAGCUCCUUAUUGAUCACAACUAUUUUAUGCUGAAGAUCAAUGGUAAUGUAUUUUAAAUCUUUAAUUGUUAAUCCUUUUAAAAAAUGUAACAUUGAUUGGUAUAAUCCUUGCUAAUUCUUUUGGUGCUGUGAAGUACUUUCUGAGCUCACUAAAUGCAUUUAGGCAAGUGAAAUUUCAUGUUUCCAGUUUCAUGUUUCCAAGCAGUACUCAGUUGUCUUAUCUGUUAAAUAUAUUUAUUUGCUAUAUCUAUGAAUGAAAAGGCUGGAAUAUGAAAGGCUCCUCAGUUUAAUUGUUCAUUACUAUGUACAGAGUUUUAUAAUUUCCCACACAGAUUUUUCUCGCCAUACUAUCUUACUACCAGGAAUGUAGUAGCAUUUUGGAGAGUCUCCAAUGAUUGGUUCAAACCAAAUGGUGAAUGACAGUCAUGUAUGUUAAGUUGCCAUUGCUGUAUACCUCUAGUUACGAACUUAAUUCGUUCCGGAGGUCCACUCUUAACCUUAAGCUGUUCUUAACUAGAGGCGCGCUUUCGCUAAUGGGGCCUCUUGCUGCCGCUGCGCCGCAAACACACAAUUUCUGUUCUCAUCCUGGGGCAAAGUUCUCAACUUGAGGUAAUACUUCCAGGUUAGCAGAGUUUUUAACCUGAAGCAUUUGUAACUUGAGGCGUUUGUAACUCGAGGUACCACUGUAUGAAGGUGUUUUCCAUAGCAUUCAGUGAACCAGUUCCGAAAGGUUUGUGUGAGGAUAAAAUCACAAUACUCAAUUUUAGUAUUGUACUGGCAAGCAGGAGCUCCCCUUCCCCCAAUUCUCAGAGUGGUGGGUGUUGUUUUUAACUUCCUUGAGGGCUUCUCAGAAGCAUCUCACCAGCCACUGUUAGAAAUAGGUUGCUGGAAUACAUGGAAUUCUGGCCUGGACAAAUAGAGCUUUUCUUAAAUACCUAAUCUUCUAACUCCAGAGGCUUGCUGUCUCUUGCGGCACUGCAGCCUAUCCUGGUCAUUCAGACACCCAUUUGGAAACAAUAUAUGCAAAAAAUGUUUUGUUGGUUUGCCACCCAUCUGACUGGUUACACUAGUCUCUCUAGGUGUCUUCCAACAAAUUAAAACACAGUAAGACAUCAAUCAUUAAAGACUUCCCUAUACAGGGCUGCCUUCAGAAGUCUUCUAAAAGUCAGAUGGUUGACAUCUGAUGGGAGGGCAUUUCACAGGGCGGGUGAGACUACUAAAAAGGCCCUAACUGAAGAAUCAUUUAAAACAGGGGUCGGCAACCUAAGGCCGAUGGGCCACAAGCGGCCCAUGGGGGUCGUUUAACCGGCCUAUGAGCUGCCCCCAAAUCGAGCCACCCGCUUGGCAAGUCCCUGUGCGCUGUGCUAAACCGGCGCGGGAACUCGCUUCCGCGGCACUGGAAAUCGCAUCUGCGCAGACGCUGGAAAUCGCGGGCAGGCGCACGAUCAGGCCCACGGAGGGAUCUUCGCUGGAGUGAACCGGCCCAGGCGAGGUAAACCUUGCCGCGCCCUGAUUUAAACACUAUGCUCAGGAUAGUUGGUUCUCUUAAGAGAAAAUGAGAGAAUGCUCUUUUUAGUAUAUAGACAUUACUUGGUUCAAGACAGAUGACAAAUACUGCACAAUAUAAAAAAGGCAAGAAUACUUUGUCAAGAACACUCUGAAAGAAGAUAUAAAGUAACAAAUCUAGUUUUUCCAUUCAUGUUUCUUCCCUUGCUCCUGCUUCCAUCAUUAUUUUGUACUUAUAUUAGUCCAAUACUCUCUAACUGUACACAUGUAUGUAGUACAAUACAUUGGUUAAAUAUGAACAUAAUCUGUCACCAAAUAUUUACCCACCUUAGUUCUCACAACUGCCCUUAGUUGCACCUACUUUUGAACCACAGGUCCUCUGCUUUUAAUGCAGAUUCAUUUGGAUGUUGAAAUAAUGAACUAUUCAUGCUUCAAAUUCAAAUUGACUGUAGAUAAAUUGGGGAAAACAGAAACCCUGGUUUUAGCAAUCCUCCUGUUGCUUGAGGAUAGUUUGAAUCAUAUGGUGUCUGGUGUGAAUGAAAUAAGGAAAGAUCUAUUAUUUCUGCUGUGUCUCAUUUUCAUCUGCUAUAAGCUCAUACCAUUCCUUCACAUUCCCCAACCCUUAAGACUAACUUUUUAAGAGAAGGAGAGGGAAGGUAAGUACCAUUUGGUGAAAAGAACUGAGCUCACAGUUGUUACAGAUUCAACCAAAUUAUAUUAACAAGAGUAUACAGCUAAGUUUUACAUUAAGGUUAUGUUUUCAUUACAUAAUAGAAUAAAACUGAAAAAACUUGCCCUGUUAAAAUAUUUCAUUUAUAAAUUUAUGUUUUGAGUACAGUUAUAUCUAACGUAAUACUUUGAAGAGAUUCCUAAACAAUAAAAAUGUCUAAUCAGCACAUAUGACCAAUCUGAUUCCUGUGAUAUGUGACCAUUUUUAUAAGGCAGUUCGAUAACACUUAACUUUGUAGGUUAUGAUGACCCCCUUUUUAGUCACUUUGAAUGUAGUGUUGUUCUCUAAUUGGCUUACCUUGGCAAUCUGAUAGUAAUUGAUAUUCUGCUGUGGAAAAUUAAGUGCAAACUUAGCUACCACUCAGGGAGAAAGAAGAUACCCAUUCCUGUAUAUAAGUAUUUGAAUAGGAAAACACACUUUUUCAACUUUGAUCUCAGUAUUUUCUAAUAUUUAACACAACUUCUGGCCAAAUUGUUUUGUUUUUUCCCUUAAAUUAAUUUGUUUUAGGAUUAAGGAAAUUGCCACCUUUCUGUCUCAUCUGAUGUAACAGUUCAACAAAAUACUAGUAUAGCUAUUCUUGCUCCAAGAUAUAUGCAACCUUCUUGAUGAGUGUAGAUCUGCAUGGGGCUUGCUACCAUGACAUAUUCCAGGGCACAAAACAAUGACCAGAGGCAGACAUCUACAACCUAAGGCAGGGGUGGGGCGCACCCCUUUUCAGCCCAGGGGUUGCAUUUCCUACCAGUGGAAGGGUUUGGCAGGGUCAGAGGCAGAAGUGGGCAGUGCAGUGAAUCUUAACUUUGUACAGAAGGCAACAUUUCAGCCACAUAUAGUUCACACGCACACACACAAACUCAGACACAUUUCCAUCCAGGCGCGCAAGGGGCAAUAUUAUAGUUCCAGAACAUGUUCUAGUCAUACAAAAGCAUUCAAGGAAGGCAUGGAGCAGUGCCUGUGAGAGAUGUGGUCGUGGGAGAGGGUACAUGAUCUAAGGAGGAGUUAUGGUAUAAGGACACUCCCAUGGGUCAGAUAAAAAGGGUGAGAAGAGUGGCUUGAUCAAUUGCCUUUCUGUUUCUUUGCCACAUGGUUGGUGUUUCUAACAUAUAUCCAAUAUGAUUGAUUUAUGCUUGCUGAUCUUGUUAUCUUAUAUUAUUAUUUUUUAUUUAUUUUAUUAAAUAUAUUCCUUAUGUUAUCUUGCCCAAGGCAUUCCAAAGUGAUGUACAACCAAACAAUUAUUUUGGUUGAUAUACUGCAUUUUUAUUAAUUAUUCCUAUCGUUUUACUUGCAGUUCAUUGCUUUGGGGGCCUUAAAGCAACAUAUAAAUACAACGUAACAACAAUAAUUUUAAAAUCCACACAUUGCAAAGAGCUAAAUUAAGUAAAACAAUUCUUAAGAACUGUGAAUAUCUUACAUCUUUUGAAAAUUGUAUAGGGAAUGAAACAUAUCCUAGGGAAAUUUCAUUACACUGUUAUGAUACAUUUCCAUCCAAAGUAGUUAGUUGGUUACAGAAUCUAUUUAGCUGCCCAUAACGCAAGUUCUGGGUGACUCAUAAAACAAUUUAAAAACUUUAAAGUGCAUGCUUUCUAUUCUUUUUCUAUUGUUUUCAUAAUUUUGUGUGAUAUUGUCUCAUUAAUGGUCAGUAUUCAAGAUGAAACUGUUUAGUAUUUCUAAAUGUGCCUGUAUUUUCCUGCCAAAUAUAUGUAAAAAUGAACCUUUUUAAGACCUUGUACUUUAAUGAACCAUCUUAUUGUCGACAUUCAAAAUCCAAUAGUGUGCCUUUUGGUGACGUCGUUUAGAAUUUUAAUGCAUUUUAGUUCUCAUUCGGCACGGCCUAUGUGCUCCUCUCGGGAGGGCCUUUAGAAAUAGGAUUAACUUCUAGAGGAAUGCAUUAGCUAUGCCACAGAAGUAGGCAAAGCUCUAACUAGCCUGAUAGAUUGCUCCAUGCUUCAAAUCCUCCUUGGUCCCCCCUCCCUUUUUAUUGACAGCUUCUCAUUGAGCUUCUAGAAGCAUUAGUGUAUUUAGGAGUUAGAUGUUUUGUAUGAUCCUAGGCUGAUCUCAUAUUCGCUUUCUGAAAUUAAUUCGACACUACUUUACAUGUUAAUCCACAAAGGAUUGAUUUUGAGAAGGUCAGAGUAGAGCAGUUUCAGAAAAUGGAAGAAAAGCUCUACUUAAAACAGCUCAUUUCAGUUCCCAGAAUUACGUAUAGCUGCCUUUUCAUUGUGGCACUUAGCCAGCUGUAGGAGAAUUGGUCCUCUUGCAGGAUAUAUCAAACAGCAUUGUUUGAUGUGAGCUGCAGAAAGUUGAACUAAUUAAGUUUAGCUUCAUUAACCAAUUGCAGUUUGCAAAUUGCACAACUAUACUUGAAAGCCUGCAGGAUAAUAGACUUCUUUUGACCAUAAACCAUAGUAAUUGAAUGGUACUUUAAUGACAACAUGAAUAAGAGUUCUUUUAAAAAUUAAAACAACUUACCCUAGGUUUUUCUCUUGUGUGCCUUGACUUUCCUUUCGUGUAUUUUGAGUUGCAUAGUUGCUAAAGUUGCAAAAGCAGAAAGCAGACAUAUAAGAAGUUCACAGUAUGCUGUAAGGUGAGAUUGGUUGAUUAGAAAUAAACAAUGUCUUUAGUAUGUAACUAAACUGUCAAACAGAGUUGUUAACAGCAGUGCCACAAAGAGUCUGUGCUGAUAAGAAACUAAUAAACCUGAAACAAUAUACUAUAAAUAUGGAAGUAAUUAAACAUGUGCAUUGUAUUGGUUGCUAGUCGGAUACAUGUUAUGUGCAGUGGCAGCUCAGUCACACAGAUUUCAUGUGAAUAGAUGAAUAGACACUGUUGCCACUAACACUCAUCUAACCCCAAGGUAGAUCUGAAGCUGGAACAGGAUAAUAUUACCAAAAUAUUGUGUCUGUUAAAAGUGUGGCUCUUAGCAACUGUAAUUUCCUGACAUUCAGUGAAUAUGGAAAGCCCGUAACAUGGCAUGUUAAACUGAAAGUUUUUUUAAGAAGGCUAUGGUUACAACUCCUUCAUGAGGCAAACUUGAAAAUGAAAAAUCCUAUUCAAGGUGGGAGAGAAAUAUCCUCAUUAAUAAAAAAACAAAACACCACCAUUUAGAAGAACAAGAAUUCACAUGCAACUUAUCAUAAGUCUAUUAAGUGAAAUAAGAAUAGAUGUUAGAGUUGCCAGCUUUUUCAUAGCUGGGCUCUUGUGUCUUUAAUAGAGUUUCCAACUUUUCCUGACCCCCACUGCUUCUAUGUCAGUAACAACUGUUUCAUUGAACAACGUUAGCAGGGGUCAUGUUUGUUUUCAUGUGCUGGAAUCUCCCUGACUUAUUUCUGCAUGUUGUAUAGAUGAUACAGAUGCAGGAGGAGGCCCAGCUGGGGCUUUAAAGUUCUAUCAGCAAACCUAGCCUUUCAAAGUUGCAGUAGAAAAAGAGGAAAUUCAGCAAAUAAAGUACACACACAGAGAGACACACAUUCACAGUUGCCUUCUAUAUCUCCCUCCUUUUUUUCUAAAGGUUCUCCUGUGCCUUCAAAAGCUGACCAUCAGAGUCCAGCCAGUGUACACCUCAGAUAUAGGUCUCCCUUUUCCUCAUGUUUCUCAAACUAGUUUUACUCAUCAUUUUUUUCCUGUGGUCCCGAGAAUUAUUCACAUUUUCACAGCUGUUGCAUACUGGGUCAGCAUCUUCAUUGAGCUAGCCACCAGGAUCUUGCCUCUAAUAGCUUACUUGACUUUUCUUGUUAAGGACACUGGAAUCCUCUUGGCCUUGUCAGUACCUUUCCUAAUCUGCAGUAUACAUUCCAGAAGGGCUUUUAUUAUGGUGGCUUUGAAUAGCCCUCAAGCAUUCUAGGGAAAUUUGACCCUCUUAACCCUUUCCCUUUCAAUUCCCUUUUUACCAAUUUUUGAGAAAUUUCUGCUUUUGAAGUCAUAUGUUACCAUGUUGCACUAACUUGGCAAUUGCCCACCUACAUAUAUGUUGAAUUUUGAAGAAAUUUGGUCAUUGUUUGCAUCUUGCACUAGGUCCCACAUGCCACUUAAGAUUAAGUCUAGGGCCACAUCUUCUCUGCUUGGUCCUAUGACACACUCUUUUAGGGUAUGUAGGAAACUUACUAAGAAGUCUUUGAUAAGAGACACAGGAGCCACGGUGUGGGGCUUCUGAAACUCCAAGUGUAUGUAAUGCAGAACCUGUGGCCCUCCAGAUGUUGCUGGACUCGCAUCACCCCUAUCCAGCAUAACUAAUGGAAAGAAUGACAGAUGUAGUCCAGCAACAUCUGGAGGACAACACAUUCCUUCCUGCUCAAGUGUCUCACAAUCAUUGAUGCAAUCACUGAUACCAAAUCUCUCGCCACGUCUCCAUACCUAGUUAUAGAAACCUCUUGGAAACCUAAUGAUAGGACUCUUUAGGAAACAAUGAAACUAAGGACUCUUUAGGAAACAAUGAAACUAAGACAUAUCAUGGAUAUGACUUUUGUACAUGAAAAAAAGCAUUUGACAGAUUAUAAUCACCUUUCAUAUUACAUCGCUCCAAAUUUUCCACGUUUAGGAAUACAUUUGUAAAAUGAUUGGAUUUAUUAUGUGUAAACUCCUAUGCAAGUAUUUAAAUAAAUGGACUUCAUGGACUUCAUGAAGCAGACUCUGUUCAACUUCUUUGCCUCUAGUUUUCUGAUCCUGCAGCAGCUUGUAGUUUACUGCUACGGACAGACUACAAUAAUACUUUUUGCCAUGGUUGGUCUAGGUUGGUCCAUAAAAACGGACUUCAAAGCAUGCUAAAAUAGCAUUCAUGGAAUAUCCAUCAAAAGGCACAUGAGGUACUCGGCAUCAAUAUGAAGGUGAUCCUAGAAGCACAACAGGAUGCAGGUCCAGAAGUGAGGCUUCUGGUCAAUGAUACAAGUUCUGUGAAACAUCAGGAAUUUUUGCCUUUCAGAAUUUUAAAGCAUUCUUUAGCAUUCUGUUUUCCUCAGACUUUUCAGCACUUUUCAGCACUUAUUUCGAAAAUACAUCAUGAGUCAUCUUCCGUACUUAAAUGUACUGCCUGUAGACUUUGUUUCCCAGGCCAGCCACUUCCCAGAUAGAAAUAGAUUUAUUAUUUCAUAUUUAUUAAUUGCAUUAUCCUUCCCCCUUCUAGCCUUGAGCCGUAUUUUUUAACAUUCAACAUCAUAGCAAAGUUAUGAAGUUUCUCUCAUAACAGUUCCCAAUUCUUUAUGGCUAAAUAUAUUUAGCCUUCUGUAAACCUAGCUCAGUUAUGAAACACAUCAUCCUGUAGCUUGGUGCAACUGUUUUUGCCAUGAAAAGAAGUGAAUUUGGAGCACUGGAACUCCUCUUUCCAAAGUUUUCUCCCAGAUUAUGUUUGCAUCCUCCUAAAAUGUAAGAUAUAGUAAUUUUUGCUUUAAAGAGUGGUAUUUUUUUUAUUGAGUGCCUAUACAAGUCUAAGUUCUCAGAUAAGGAAUUACAUUAUACUGCCAACAGAGGGGAAAGAGUUGUGAUGUGAGUGAACAACUAGUUUUAUCUUGCCAGCAGACUGCUUAUCUUGUUUAAAAUAGCCUGACACUGAGUGUGUCUGUGUUUAAAUGUAAAGUCAGUAAACAUACAAGGGAAACAUUUCUAUUUAUUUAUCUAUCUAAACAUUUAUACCCCACUUCUCUUUAUAAAAUAAACUCAAAGCAGCUCAGCAAAAAAGUUCAUAUACCAACAGUAAAAACACCCCAAUUACUAAUGUUCCUUUUGUUCAAUAAAUCCAAUAAUGAGAUAAAACAAGCUUUAUGAAGGCAAAACUUUAACCCACACUAAAAGAUCAGCAAAAUAAAGCUUAAAAAGAGAAGGCACCAGUUGAAACCUGCUGGGGAGGGAGUUCCACAUCCUGGGUGUCACAAUAGAAAGGGGUAACAAGACUAUAUAAAGAUAACAAGUUAUGAUUGUGUGCAGUUGCAUGAAAUCUUACUAAUUGAGAUUUGUAAGUAUUCUUAUGUCAGUUUUUAUGUUCAGCACCUUCUGUUCACAGAGUGGUUGAUGGAAAGGGGCAGCGCCAUGCACCUGGCCUCCCGUUAGCUGUGUUGCUGUGCUCCCAGGAGGCAGUGGGGAAUUUCAAAACAUGUAUGUGCAUAAUGCUAUUUUACUGACAUAAGUUAUGUUUUACUGACAUAGUGGGUAACAUGACUUAACUGUUUUAUUCUGCAGUGUUUAUCGACAGUUGGGACUUCAGACAGUGCCAAAGUAUGGCUGUGUCUAGCCCCGUACAAAAUAUGUGUGAGUUGGACAUCGGCAUCACCCCAAAGGUUUAUUGUGUAUUAGCAAUUUGACGCUCAACCAAUCUUACGAAAUAUGUUAGUAAUUUGGUAUUGUCAGUAGUGUAAUUACAUUGUUGGGAUUUGUUUGAGAUACAGUGGGAUUCUAGGACCAGGUUCCCUAAGCCCAUACAGUAUCUGCUUUCAGAGGUAAAACAUAUUUCAUUAUCUCUGUUCAUACAAAGACAUAUGCAGGAAUUCCAUGCAAGUAAAAAAGCUAACAUGGCAACAUUUUCCUUCUUUGUACUAGUCUUCUGUUUCCUGAGAGCUUAUUUUUUUAAUGCAGAGAAAUAAUCUACCUCAGAAAUUUGCCACUUCAUUCCCAACUCAUUCUGCUGUAUACAUAGCCUGGACCACUUCCUUAAGACUAAUUGAGGGCAAGAAGCAAAGUGGUACAAAAAUAAGAACUAGUAAAAGAAUACAAAGUCUGCUUUAUAACUAUCUGCUAGCUGAAAUCUUGGGAACAUUGCCUUUUCCCCCCAGGAUGGUUGUGUUGUAUACACAGAUGCACAUAUAUGUGUGUUUAUAUGUGGCUUGCUCACAAUGAAUUUAUAUGAUACUGCUCAGAAUCACAGGUGUCAGUAAAAUAUUUUAGUCAUUUUGAUUUGAAAAAGAAACCCAUAUGUAAAUGCUUCUCCCUUAUGAAACAUAUAUUUCCCCCUGUAAUUUUUCUUCAUGUGCAAUUGAUAUUAGAAAAAGAAUAAUGUUUUAGGUUUAAUAAUAAAGCCAAAUAUUUGAUACGAGAAUAACUUGGUGCUGCCUCCUGUUAUUUGGCUCUAUUUGUACAGUCCCCAGCUGCAUUAUCUAACCCCAGUGAAGAAAAUUAAGUCAAUGUAAAAGUAUACUCUGUUUUUUUACAAAGAGGUCACGAAUAGUCUUUCUUCCCUUGGUAGUCACCAGUGUUCUUAUUACACUUCAUUUAUAUAGUUGAAGGACUCAGGAGAACCAGCUGGGUUCCCUGUCUGUACUCAUCAAGUGUUAAUUUCUGAAAGAGGUACUGCUGUCAUGAACAAGUGCCGAAGGUACUCUGGUGGUCCUGCCAAACAACAAGAGCUCUUAAUUAGCACCAAUGUUCAAUCAGACUGCUUAACCUGCCACAGAGCGGAGGAGGUCAUGUUCCUUCCUGCAGCAUUGCCAACAGAAAAUACCCAAGAACAGACCCUGAAUGUUUCUUUUACUGUAAGAAUAGUUACUAAAGGCAACUGAUCCUUGAGAGUAAGGUGGCUUCUUUUGAGGGUGAUGUAUGUACUUUGAAAAACAAAUUUUCUCUACUGUAAAUCUUCAAGAAAUUUUCUUAAGCAUAUUUUUAUCAGUCCAGGGUAAAUAUAGUAGUUUGAUUCUGACUUUGGGCUCCUUCUGAAGACUUAGCUAAGCACAUACAGUUUAACCAUUGGGUAUAUGCAAUGCACUAGGCCCGUUACACUUGGCAAAAUUGUAGAAGAAAAAGGUCAUCCAUUUUUUAAAGUGUAAUUUGUGUGCUUCAUAAGCUGUUUAUGUAUUUAAAUAACUGUUCUUAUAGAAGAUAAUGAAGGGGAACCUAAAAUAGCUAGGAAGAUAACUUUCAGUAUGGUCAGUUGAGGUGUGAAACACCAGGGGUUACUUAGUCUUAGGGUGCAAAUACCCUUGGCAGUAAAAUAAAAUAAUGCUCUUCAACAGAUGUCUAACAAAUUUAAUUCUAGAGGUAUUUCAAGCUCAGCUGUCAAAAUGGAAAGGAAGUAGUUUAAGAAGAGACUUCACCAACAGUCGCUUAGCAGAAUAUUAUUCAUGACUGCGAAAGAAUCUUUAUAUGACAUUCAAUAUGCUGUGUUACAAACGAUCAGGCCUUUUGGAUUUGUUUACAGUUGAAUACACUUGCUGCGGCCUUAUUGCAGGAUUCUCUGAGCCUAAUUUGGGAAGCAAAUUAUUGUUUCUACUUUUAACUUUUUUGUAGAUACUUUGAAAUCUGAAAAGUGAGAAAUCCUGUGUGUGUUUCUGGAGACUAAUAAAGAGCUGCAUAGCUGCUAAGACAGUUCUGUUGACACAACCUCUGUGCAUUAUAAAAAGGGUACCUUACCCUUUUCAGGGUGAAAAUACAUUGGAAUGCUUUCUCGUCUUAUUGUGUAAGUGGGAAGAUGGCAUGCUAAUCCUUUUGUACAUACAUACUUAUCAUGGCAGCCACAUUGUUUAGGUGGUUUUGCACAAGCCAGAAAGAAUUUAAUGCAUGUGUUAAAGAAGGAUUUUAGUAAAGAUUGUUUGCUGUCUGUCUUACAAAAGUGAAUGUAGGGUAUUUGCAGAGUUCCUCUCAUUGUCUUCACUUAUUUUCAGUUGCUAUUUUAAAUAAUAGUUUAGUUUCAUGUAAAGUCAUUCUAAGGAGAAAGGGAAGAUAGCAUUUCUGUGCCUUUUCAAAAGUAGCAGUAUAAUAGUUACUGGUGGUGGGAUUCCCCCAAGUUGAAGUAUGCUUCUCUCCUAUAGUGAACAUAUUAUGUCACUUUGAGUUUGUAAUAUUUCUGCAGUGAAGAAGUACAUGUGAAAAUGUCACAGUUUUCAUUCUAAAUUGCAUUACACUCUGUCAUUAUUACUUCAAGUAUUGUGGUACAGUGGUGCCUCGCAAGACGAAAUUAAUCCGUUCCGCGAGUCUCUUCGUCUAGCGGUUUUUUCGUCUUGCGAAGCAACCCUAUUAGCGGCUUAGCGGAUUAGCGCUAUUAGCGGUUUAGCGGCUAUUAAAGGCUUAGCGGCUAAAAGGCUAUUAGCGGCUUAGAAAAAGGGGGGGAGCGAAAAAAAUUUCAAGACUCGCAAGACAUUUUCGUCUUGCGAAGCAAGCGCAUAGGGAAAUUCGUCCUGCGAAGCGCAUCGAAAAAUGGAAAACCCUUUCGUCUAGCGGGUUUUCCGUCUUGCGAGGCAUUCGUCUUGCGGGGCACCACUGUAGAAGUGUGGAUACACUUUAGGUUUAUCAGCUCAGACAGUAUAGAGUGCUCCUUGUGUCAUCCAUCAGGCAACAUUGUACUAUAAUGUGUAUGUUGAGCAGUAACUUGAGCUGUCAUGGUUACACUGAUUGAAAGAUCUGUGGGGAGGUGUGCUUUGUAGGAAGAGAUUCAGAAAAACAGCACUGGAGGUUUCAAGACUUUCAAACCUUGUCAAUAGAAUUACAUAGAGACAGGGCAAUUAACUGUGUAAAUGUUGCAAAAAUAUACGAGCUGUAAUCUGGCAGGAUCACUAGUUUGUGUAUUCUUAUUUAGUGAGCUAUAGCAGUUUUGUGCGAAUAGAAACUUAAUCCCAGUUUACAGUGGUACCUUGGGUUACAUACGCUUCAGGUUAGACACUCCACUAAGACAGAAAUAGUGCUUCAGGUUAAGAACUUUGCUUCAGGAUAAGAACAGAAAUUGGGCUCCGACGGCAUGGCGGCAGGAGGAGGCCCCAUUAGCUAAAGUGGUGCUUCAGGUUAAGAACAGUUUCAGGUUAAGAACGGACCUCCGGAACGAAUUAAGUACGUAACCCGAGGUACCACUGUAUAUGAGAAAUGGGCAGCCUUUUCCUUUUCCUAGAUUGGCUAGCCCCAUAUGCUCCCCACUUCCCUCUACAGCAUGUGCAGAAACCGCCUUCUUGACUGUUGGACCCACCAUUUGUCUUGUCCGCUCAUUUUGCCAGAGCUUAUCUUUUGAUGCAGGGAAAGUUCACACCAAGAAUUACCUCAAUUAAAUCCAUAUAAUUCAAUGAUUUAGCCAAAAUUGUGGUCCUCUAUUUGGUAUAGUGUUAGAUUUAAACAUCUCUGCCUAGGACAUAGGCUUUCCCUGGAGUUUUAUUGACUGGUUGAAUAUUGAUGAAAGUUUCAGUUGUCUUAACUUUAUGGUUUAACACUAUGUUUUUGACACUGUACUAUAUCAUCAGGGCAUUUUUAAAAGUAUAAUUCCACAGUUUAGAGCUUUUAUUCUCUUUUGCUACCAUUUCCUUCAAGCAUCAUGUGUAAUCCUUCCAAAAUUAACUUAAAACACCUAGAAUAAAAAACAUCUAGUAAUUAUUUCAGAAAGGCAUUUUAAAAAAGAGAAUGGUCUUACAGAUAAGCAAAGUUGGAUGUCUGUGUUCUAAGCAAUUCUGUUUAAUGAAGUUCAAAAAAUAAUUUGAAAAAUUACAAGCGAUAUAUUGGUAACAUGAUACAAAGUUUUUUACUUAGAUCAUUAGCUUGAAUCCAGCUCAGAUUUGUAGUAAGUAAUGAGAAAUUGUUAGCAGGUGAAGAUCUCUUGGUGGGCUGUGUGGAAAGAAUUGACCAUCUGAUCUUAUUCCUAGUAGACAGAUGUUUUCAUCAUAAAAGGAGCCACUAGGGCACCUUUUGUUGCUGGUCUGAGCAAGGAAAUUAACAGUUAAGUGAGGAUGAAGUGAUUGAACUCAGUUUUAUUGGUGAUAAUUCCACUCGUCAAAUACUGAGCAAUCUAUUGAAAUACUGUUUUACUAGUCUGUAGGACAGCAAAUCAUGCACAUUUUAUAUGUUUCUUUUUGGUUAAUUUUUUUAAGCUUUUUAAAAAUUGACGUAAAAAAAUUAUAUUUCCUGCAGGUAGUCACGAGUUUAAACUCAGAAUUUACAGUAGUUUUGUAAGCCAUGGGGCAAAGGAAAGCUUUUUCACGGACAAGACUUGGUUGAACCAAGUGUGCAAGCUUUGCUUUGUCUGCUGCAGAUAUAGCGAGGUAAGGGGAAAUGGUUGCGGGCCUCCUUUUAAACCCUGGGAGCAGACCCAAGAUGGGAAGUCUUCUCCCAGGUCCAAAGCACCAGUCCCAAUUGGAUCCCAGGGUGGAAGCCUACAGCUGGGUGAAGCAUGCCAAAUGCGCCCCACUGCAGGGUGAUGGCUGCCAUCCCUCCCCAACAGCAUAUGCUGUGCAAAUCAGGGCUCCCAGUGAAUUGGGAGGAACCAGGACUUCCUGGGAAGCACAAGUGGUAAGCGUGCCAUGGCGCUCAUAUCCUGCUCGCGGGCUUUCCAAGAGCAUCUGGUUGACCACUGUGGCAACAGAAUGCUGGACUAGAUGGGCCUUUGGUCUGAUCCAGCAAUGCUCUUCUUACGUAGUUUUGCUUCUAAGGAAUCUUUGUUUAGCAUUGUUUGAACCAAGAAUCCUAGUUUUAAACAAACUCUCCUGAGGUUAAAACAAACCCUAGUUUAUGAAGCGCUCUUGCUAAAUUUACCAGAGGUAAUUUUAAACCAGGGUGUCUAGUCUGAACCUGAAACUAAGCUGAGAUUUCUUACAGAUGAAACUAAACUCUGCUUGAAGUACCCAUCAGCCAUGUGAGGGGGGAAAAUGAUUCCUGCAUUGCAGGGGGUUGGACUAGAUGACCCUUGGGGUCUCUUCCAACUCUACAAUUCUCUGAUUCUAUGAGCCCUAUGCUUUGGUUGAGCUCAUUUGAGGCUUGUUCAAAUAAUAAUGAACCAUGAUUUAGCAUUAUAUUGCAGACACAACUACUGUUUGACAUCUUCUGUUGGUAGACUAGUUCACAAAGCUGUUAUCAGAUUUAUUUAUUUUUGUUUGUCUCUAUUAAAUCUUAAAUUGAAACCAUUUUUUCAUUUCUAUGUACUUUGCAUUAUUAUUUAAGUGAAGAAGAUUUGUGACUGAGAAGAUAGUAUAUUAAAGAGGGGAUCGAGAAUUAUUUUAAAAGAAUUUAAAGUAAAUAUGAUCUGAAGUCCUCACCAUCUCUGACAGCUCUGUUGGAAACUCCAUUUUUUGCUGUAAUUUUGUGGACUUUAUGAUAUUAACAGAGAAAUGAUUUACUGAAUAAAGAGGUCCUUCUAAACUUGGAGUUUUGGAAUUUUACCAGUGAGUCUGAACCAACAUUUCAAAUUUUACUGGCAUUUUGUUGGCAUAAUAGAGCCUGUUUUCUUAUUUGAAUAUAUUCUCUGGUAUUUUGGGUUGCCUAACUCAAACUUGUUCUAUUUAUUUGCUUCAUGCAACAAUACAUUUCCCUUUUUUAAAAUGCCUUCUUAGAUGUUAAGUUGUUAGAAGGCUUUUACCCACUUAUGAAUUAUUUUAAAAACCCAGUCAUUUCACACACACCCCUGACUCCCAAAAAUACCGUAUUUUUCGCCCUAUAGGAUGCACUUUUUCCCCUCCAAAAAUGAAGGGAAAAUGUGUGUGCGUCCUAUGGGGCAAAUGCAGGCUUUCGCUGAAGCCUGGAAAGCGAGAGGGGUCGGUGCGCACCGACCCCUCUCGCUCUCCAGGCUUCAGGAGAGCCGCAGCGCCAGCCCCACAAGCUCCGGGGACAGCUGGGAGGCGCAGCACGUCUUCCCGCUGUCCCCGGACCUGGUCUGCAGGCGGGCGGCGGGCAAGAGCGCUUCUCCCCGCCGCCUGCCCCGCAAGCUCCGGGGACAGCUGGGAGGCGCAGCGCGUCUUCCCGCUGUCCCAAGACCUGGUCUGCAGGCGGGCGGCGGGGAGAAGAGCGCUUCUCCCCGCCGCCUGCCCCGCAAGCCCCGGGGACAGCUGGGAGGCGCAGCGCGUCUUCCCGCUGUCCCCGGACCUGGUCUGCAGGCGGGCGGCGGGGAGAAGAGCGCCUGGGGAAAAUUUUUUCCCCCUUUAUUUCCCCCCCAAAAAACUUGGUGCGUCCUAUGGGCCGGUGCGUCCUAUGGGGCGAAAAAUACGGUAACUCUGGGUUAUAUUCAGUGUAGCGCUAAGUAAAGCAUUCCAUCAAUACAAGAAUUUACACUUGCACAACAGAGCUUCUCCCUCUCUUCCCACUGCGUACGCCUUAAAACUAUUCUAGGGGUUGCCCUAAUGCUCUGGAGCAGAUUUGGGGAGAGUGUGGGGUACACAUAAGGAGCGGAAUCUUCCAUUGUGCAAGUGUAAAUUAUUGUGCUGGUGGAACAAAUUAGUUGUGGGAUUGACCACACAAAAAAUAGGAUUUUGCAUUUCAGAAAUAGUCAGAAAACUCCCAACUGGGUUUAAAAUCUAACUCUUUUUGUUUUAUGUCUAUCUUUGAAUAACCUAUUCCAUCAGUGGGGUGCCAUAUCAUGUGGACUUGGAAAUACCGGUAGAUUUGAGUGCCAGUGGUUGUGAAAAGAUUGUUGAGAUUCAAAAUCCUGUUAGUGAAUAUACUCAGAAGUUGCAGUAACUUUUGAGAGCAUUUGUUGUCUUUUUCUUUUACAUAUAUGUUUAAGAACUACAGAAAUGUUAUGAACAUGGGGGGGGGAGCACUUUUUAUUAAAACAGGUGGAAGGGGAGUUCUGUGCUAGCAGAGUGACACUAGCAUCACUCUGCAGGCAACGGCCACAAGGAGACUGGCAGGGCUGGGCAGAGGGACCUUCAAGUGGCUUGGAUUGAUCUUUUAAAGUGUGAUCCUGUACAUGAUUACUUAGAAAUAAGUUUAAUUGUAUUCAGCAGUACUUACUUCCUAAUAUGUGUGUAUUCUUUACGAUUGCAGUAUUAGAGUAACAGUUAUGCCAGGUCUAUGUAUAGAACUGGAAUGACUUCUCUUUUUUUAACUUGAAUAAAAGAUACAAUAAAAAUACAAUGUAUUUGAUGCAAUUGCUUCCAAUUCUGAGGCAUAUAUUGUAAAUGGAAUCACAGAGUCUUGUACACAAGUCAUGUGAAGACAAUAAUUAACAAACAGCUCAAAAGAAAGAUGGUAAAAGUUACUUUUGACCCUCAGGUUUUUCAACAUCUGGAAUGUAAUGUUGCUUUUUGUAAUACUUCUGCAAUACCAUAAAACAGCAGGGUGCAUUAAUGAGAGUUUCAGUCUGAAAACCACAACAUCAAUGAAAUUUAUAGAUGUCAGAUCAUUAACAUUAGUCAAACAUAGUUUCUGUGGUUUUAGUUCCAAUUUUAAGUAGGUAUAAUAAAAGUCAUUUACUGACUAUGAGCACUGAGCGUCUUUGGACUUGAUGAAAUUUCAGUUAACUAUGCUGAAUUAAACUAAUACCAUUUUCAAUCUAUGCUAUAAGCAUUUUUUGUGAAAAAUGUUUAAUGGGCUGAUGCAGGAGCAUUUAAAAAGUUCUGCCCGGUUUUACUAUUUUACCUGGCCUAUAGAAGUUUAAAUUAAACUUUAAUGCUUCAACAUUUUUAUGUGAAAUGGCAACUGGAGAUUAAGCUGAAAUUCAUUUUGGGUAUCAAAGAUUUCAGUCUCCUAUUUGGUCUGGUGCUGCUGCUUCUGUUUUACUAAAAUAUACUAUCCUUCAGUAUAAAUUUGCAGGUUGUUUUUCAUAAAGUCUAGGACACCAUUAUGCUUUUCAAACAAUUUCUUGUGCACAGAUCUUCAAAAAAUGCAACAGUUUCUGAAAGCAGAAACUUUGAAAAUAUAAGCUAAAUACCAGGAUCAUACCCUCCAACAUUUCUCAGAUGAAAUAGGGACAUUCUAUUCUACUGCUUUUGAUCUCACCUUUCCUUAAAAAUGGCUGGCUUCUGAAGCAUUGCUAUUAAAGAAUUUUCCUUCAAAAUUAUAGAGUUUUGUAUGUGUAUAAACAUACACAGAAAGAGAGAGAUAGAAAAGACUCCUGUUUCCCAGAAGGACAGUGGGGUGUCUGAUCUCUCCACCACUCUUAAUCAAGACAAGGAGGGGAGGAAAAAGGAAAACCAGGACAUACCGCGAUCAUAUAAGAAACUGGGAUGGCUUCUGUAAUUCCAGGACUGUGCCUGGGAAAUCAGAACACUUGGAGGGUAUGCAGGAUGCCAAAUUAUUUUCCAGCAUCCUGACAGAUAGACUUCUACCUUCUUCCAACCUUGGUGAACAAACUGGUUAUGUGUGAUCAAGGCAUAUUAUUGCUCAGCAUAUGUUUAAUUCAAUUUAUUAUGGCAAACAGAUGCCAGCCCUUUGUGCUUGUUUCACUAUACACUAAACAAAGUACACUAAACCUAUCUUUAUGCUCUCCUCUCAAAUUUGUGAAGGCGCUUCAUAAUCUUUGCGAAGGCCAUAUAGCUAUACGUUGUGUUAAUGCCAGGCCUCACUCAGCUUUCCGAUCCAACAUGCUACCCAAAUCUGUUUGUGGACAAUAUUGUCCUGAUAGUAGCCAAGCCUGAAUGAUCUCUCGCUGCGGCCCUUCAGUAAAUAUUUACAUAUGAAACAUUGUGGAGUUCACAAUAAACAAUUCAAAAUCUCAACUUCUAUGCUUCAAUAUUCCCUCAGACUCUCAACUAUGACUACAACACCUUACAAGGUUUUAAAUAUGUUUGAAGUUUUUCAAUGUUUCAUAUGCAGAUGCUUAAGGGUACAAGUGCCAAGAUAAUGGUCUAACAUUAAGAAAUUGAAUUUUACCCCCUUCUGGCAGAAGUCAAAGAAUACUUCUUUGAUGGUCCAAAACAAAUUUAUCAUGGCUGUGGAGGGUAGCAGCUGUCAAGAUGAUUCUACUCCCCUAAUUGACUCUCUUAUUCCAAGUGCUCCCAAUAAAAAUUCCUUGAAAAAUGCUGUUGCAAUGGCAGAAAUGCUGGGACUCUGUUCUACACCAGGGCAAGAGACCUAGAUUAGGCCUGGCAACCAUUUGUUAAAAAUCAAAACAAGAGGGUCUAGGAUUACCUCAAGUUAAAUAGUACUAAGAGGCAGUUCAUUUUAGAAUCCUUCUCACUAUGCUAUAGGACCCUAAGGAUUGUUCAUGAUUAAGGACGGAGUAUAAUCAGGAAGUUCACAAUAAAAUAUGUGCUAUUAUGUUUUCAUCCCAUAAUAAUAAUAAAGUUGGAACACAUUUUGGGCUACAAACUUAGGGGCUGCCGCCACCGCCAGGACUUUCAGGACAGGGCUUUUGUUUUUCAAAAGUGGAAUGAAGAAGGACUGUCAUUCAUGUGACAUUUACAAAAACCAUUUUACAGCUGCUCAGAUUGUUACUAAACUGGAAAUAGUUGGCAUAAGCUGGCACCAAGACCAUUUCAGCAUGAAAAAAUUGAUUCACCAGCAAGCAAGCAGGCCCUUCACUCCUUUUGAAAAAAAUAUAAUAAAUACAUCUGUAUCAUAAAAGGAGUACUUUCAAUCAACUACAAAUCUUGUCAUCUCAAAUCUUUGAAAAGCCUAUAGGAAUCAAGCUUGGGGAAGGAAUUGGAAUGGGCCAACAGUUGUAAUGUGUGGGCCAAAAACCUCCAUUAUCAGUAUUAGUGAAAAAUAGAGAAACAACAUCUAAUAUCUUAUAUAAAUGUUAUCUGACACCCCAGAGGUGCUGUGAUAGCAGCUUCCAAGUUCCAUCACUCCAAGUUUCAAGAAGAUAGUAUUUAUUUAUAUUUUAUUACCCACCCUACAGUCUAAAGUCCUGGGAUUAGAAGCUUCUACCACAUGUGAUCGUUAUGCGAAGGUAAAAACAUCUUUUGCAAGACGGUCUUUAAGGAGAUUGGCACAAUACCCACCCAACAUUCAGUUAGUUGUGUUCCACAAUUAGCUCUGUUAAUUAUUUUUGACAGGGAGAACUUACUACCUAAAGAGCUUGUUACAUUUAUACCAGUGACAUCAAGGCAACUGGCUCGCACACAACUGGAAGAGCUUGGAAAAUUUGUUGGUAGACUGUUGGCACCAAUAAAUCUGGUCCCUAGCUCGUAUGGAUAAACUUACCAAACAAGUACAGGACAUGAUGAUAAUGCUUUUAUUGAGAUUUGGUAUGCAUUUAUUGCUUAUGUAAAUAAGGAUGACCAUGGUUUACAACAGCCAACACACAUGACAAUCUUUGGCAAAAUGUUAUUGGUUAACUCUUGCAUUUUUAAUUCAGGAGUGGGGAACAAGGACCAGGGAUGUUACUUCUAUUUGUGUGAUCACACACACACACACACACACACUUACAACAAAAAUAAUUAAAAAACAUAAAAUAACAGUUAAAGAAAAUAAGCAGAUGAAUUAUAUGCUGAUAUAAAAUAAGUCACUACCUACUGUAACAUGUCUUUAUAGAAUAUCUGGACAAGGUUGGUCUGGGUUUUUUCCUGUAAGGCUCUUAGGUAUUUAUAAUAAAUACUGUUAUUGUUUAUUGAACCAUCAGCACAUAUGUAGUUUAUAGUUUGAACAAUAAUAGGUGAUUAUGCAUUAUCAUAUGAAAUUAUUGCAGUAUCAGAUGGUUAAAUCUAAGUUUAUGUACCAAAGAUUAUCCCCCCCAUAUCUUCUUUGCUUUUUACUUCUUCCUGAAUAAGAGUCCUGUCAGACUCAACAGCUUGCAGUCGAAGGUUAGCUCAAGAAAGUUACAUAUUUUUCUUCUUUCUGUACCCACAUAGAUAUAGGACUACACUAAGGUAGUUUAGCAUGUAGACUGUUUACAAUCACUUCUUUCUGUUACAAAACCCUAAAACUUGUAUUUUCUGAAAAGGUGGGGGGUUAUAAAAAUCACAAGCACUUUAUUAUGGUCUUGGAACUGUGUGGUAAUGCCCCUAGAGUUAUCUCAGAUAGCAUAAAUAAAUCUGUCUGUCUCCAGUAGUCUCAGUCUAGGUAUUAGCAACUUCUCUAUGUUGUAUCCCUUCUUACAGAAUUCACCUCCUUACAGAAACUAUGCCUUCAGUAGCACAGGAGCUCAGUCUUGUCUUGGUGUGCUCUAGUAACUCUGGCCAAACCACUUAGCAACUGCAUGUGUAGGUUUCCUUAAUCACAUCAUUGUUCUACAGCACUGUGUUUGGUGUCAUAACUAACUUUUUCCCCUCUCCUGAUUUGUCUCCCUCAGAUUUGUAACGUAUGACUUGCCUGUUAUGUGGAGCCUAGACAGUUGCUUCAGCUAUAUUUAUAAUCUGUCCAUAGCACCAUUUCCAGAUUUAAGUUACAUUUCCUUUUAUGUAACAUGAAUGUGGUAUUGAAGCUGAAGCAGUUUUUGACUCUUACGUGCAGAGUUUCUAGAAGACAAUAUUAAACUUAAAUGGUUACAAAGAACCUCUCUCAGAUUCUUUCUGCCAGCUCCCAGCACAAGUAAAAUACGGUUUUAACGGCAACAGUUGAUGGUAGACAGUCUCAAUAAGCAAUUCAUGGUGGCCAAGAGAAACAAUUAUCAGGCUGCACUUUUAAUAUAUAAUGGAAGUGGGACUGGCAAAGAGAUACUCUGGCCAUUGCUUAGAAAAAGGACUAUUGCUGAUAUUUGCAUUAAAGGGAGGAGAACAUUGCAUUACCACUCCUGUGGCUCAAAUACUUUUUUGCCUUUUAACUUACUCUUUUUGCAGUUAGGUGAACAACUGAGCCAUUGUGGAAAGAUGUUCAGAAAUCUUUUGGAUCAUGUUUUGUGUUCUUUAUGCAUCCUCUAUGACUAUGUAACCUAUUUAUAAAACAUUAUUCUUGAAAGCCAAGCAGGAGUGAAUUAGGAAACGCCCUCAGGAACCAUUGGCACUAAUCAAUGUUGGUUCCCAGUAUGCAGCAGAGGGUGUAUUUGUGCUUACAAUUCUGCUUUUCCUGACUGUCAUUAGCUCAAUCCCAGAGUUUUUAAGUCCUUGAAUCUUCCAAAAUUCAGAAAAAGUAAUUCUAUAAUAUGUUAUAAGCAGAGGCAAACCUAGGGGCUGGCAAAACCAACCACUGCCAGAGGUGCCAGCUCUGGGGAGAUGCAAAAUUCACCUCUCAGACUAUGGAAUAUAUGAUGUGUAUGUGUGUGGUGAUAUGCUGCCGCUGUUGCAGCGAGAUCAAACACAGGGGAAGCGUCCCAUCUUUCUUGCACUACAGCACAAAGGCGUUUGAAUUUUGUUGCCCUUUCUCCUCGCCUCAUCCUCAUUCCAGACACUUGAGUACUCAUAAAAAUGUAGUAAUUUCUAAUGUAGAUAUUGCAGUAAAGUGUUUGAGGGGGGGCACUGAUAUAGAUCUUGCUGGGGGGGGUGCCAAUACAGUCUUUGGUUGUAAGUAUCUCUGCAUUAUAUUAAAUGGAAAUUCUCCACAUUAAAAGGGUCUAUCAAAGCUUUAAUAGUUUAAGCCCUGACCAAUAUGUCAUAGCAUGCUUUUUUCUGCUAACAUGCAAAGAAAAGAAAACCAUAUCACUAUUUAGUGCUACUUAUUACCAAGGCAAUUUAAACAAUAUUCUCAUAGCAAGAUUUAUGCAAGUCAACAUUGGCUCAUUUGGUGGUGUUUGAAUAUGCUUUAGUUUCUACUUAUCCCCUGUAGGAAAACUGUAUUCUUUUAAGUGAAACAAUUUUAAAAGCAGAGCACAAGCCUAAAAUAAGCUAGUGUUCUCUAGAGUUCUCAGAAGGUGUAGAUUUAUUUACUGUAGUUAAAUCAUAAUUAGUUCUCAAGGGAUAGUGUCUCUCUUAAACUGCUUUAUUGCCACCAUACUGGUUUUCUAAAUAAUCAGAAACUGCUGCUGUUGCUGUAUUCAGGAGUAUAGUCAUGAAUUUGCUAUAAGUAGUAACAAAUGUUAGAAAUUGCUGGUUGUCACAUAUGGAAGAUAGUGAAACACUUUAGUGAGAAUAAGCACCUCAAAAAGAAAUGUAGGAAGUGCAGCUACUUGAUUGAAAUAUAUCCUGCUGUUAUAGAUUUGAUAUUUUCAUUGCAACAUUUUUCUAUAUGUUUUGCCUUUCCCAUUGUUUUAACAUUUUUGACCUAAAGCUGAAAUGAUAAUGUAACAAAAAUUAUAAAUCUAAUGUUUAUAUGAAGGCCACACAUUGUUCUAAUAGGAGUUUUCCUUUUUACAAUUUGCAGGUUGAUGUACAAGGUGCCACAGGAAAUAGGUCUGAUUGCGAUUGCGGUUCAACAAACUCAAGGGAAAGGUAUGUUGGUGUAAUUCUGAUGUCGGCAAUACAAGUUCAUGAAUUGGAAAUAAUCAUCUGCAUUGAAGAUUACAAUUUUAAAUAGCUAAAAUAGCUGUGUGAAAGAGUGUGUGAAACCAUCCCGAGUUGUUAGUAAGCACUUUUCUGACUCUGUAUUUUCAUCCAAUUGGGGUUCUUUUCAGGGAAGCCAAAUGCAAUCUCACCACACCCCAGUUCCGUGACAGAGAACUACUACCAGCUGUAUGCUUUUUUUGGCAUGACAAAUAUAUACCACAAAGUUGUUCUUUUCAAUGUAUCUUUUUUAAAAAACAACAACAACUAGGUGGUAUUUAAUAUGAAAAACUAUAAAACCUAUCCUCUAAUAAUUAUGUAUUUAAGCAUGGAUCUAAUCCGUUGACUGGAUUGUUCCUGUUUUUAAUCUUCAUUUCUCUUCUCUUUUGGCCAGAGUAGACAUAUUGACAGUAGACAUACAUACAUUUCUUAUUGCUACAAUUUACGGUGUAAGCAAAUCACAUGUAUAUAAUUUUUUACUUGUGAAUUAAAAACAGAAAGAAACAAUGUAAAAACUUUAAACCAUCAAUAUAUUAGAACGCCUUCAAAAUAUUUCAUUAGAUUUUCUCAGUGAACUGAUGAAGCUUUCUUUUUAUAUAACAAAAUAAAACUUUCACAUAAAUACUUGUUCCCCUUUUUUUAAGGCCGUGGUGGGAAUGCUUGGCUGAGUCCUGUGGGAGCUGCUUUAUCAACUCUACAUAUCACCAUUCCUUUAUCUUCUGAACUGGGACGAAGAAUUCCUUUUAUUCAGCAUUUGGUUUCUCUAGCAGUUGUAGAGUCUGUUAGAUCCAUACCUGGAUACCAGGUAUUGUAUUUGCGUGUUUCCUAUUCCAUUAUUUUUACGCUUUUUUGACCUAAAAUGACUUGAGUAUAUAAUUGACAUCCCCACUUAGCAUCAUUCAACUAUCAGAAUUUGCCCCCAGGCAAAUUUGAUUUUGCCCCCAGGUAAUUUUUUUCUCUUCAUGUGUAUGAUUGCUGUUUCCAUAAUGAACCCCCCAAAAAGUAAGUUAAGACUAGCAACCCAUUCUGGUUUACUGUAUUAUACCUGAGUUUCUGUAAUGAAGAUUGAUUUGCCUCUUGGUCUUACUCCUGGACUUUGUUUUAUUUUUGUUAUAAAACUGAUGAGAGGAACUGAGAAAAGAAAAAAUAAUAAGAUUUGCAAUUGCCUCUUAGGUUUUAGUUGGAGCUGUUUCACUAGCCACUUCAUUCCUUCUUUCUUUUUCCACUUCUUGUUUAACACUGAAAAUGUUUGCCCCAAGCUCGGAAGCAAGAGGCUAACCAUAUCCUCUCAGGGGGGAAUCAAGUGUCCUGUCAUCAAUGCUCAAAUUACAAACCAAUCUUCUUUAGCACCUCAUCAGUUUCCUUUGAAUGUAACCAAUUCAUAAUAUUGGCUAACUGUAAAACAUUGGUAUUUUACAGGACUAGUCAAUGAAAACAUGUGUUUCCUAUAUUACACAAAAUCAGUGACUUGAGCACAUUUACACAUGAAUUUCAUUAGAGUGGUACCCAGUAGCCUUUCAUAUAGUUUAACGGUUGUCUUCUAUUAACACUUCCCGACUUCAGGACUUCAUAAGUUGACUGUAAAAAUGCUUCACAAUGGAAUGUAAAAUAAAAUAAAAUAUAGUGGUUUGGAGUAUUAACUGUUUAAUGUAGGAGUCCCCAAAAAGAAAAUGAAUACUUUACAGGGAUAAUUCAAUCUCGUAAAUACAUUAGUUGUCAGACACAGUACAACUGAAUAGCAAAUCAUCCCUUUAGAAGUCUGUUGUACUUUUUUGUUGUUUUCUCUGAUAUGUUCAGUAACUUUUCAUAAAUAAGUCUCUAGAUUAGUGCACUUGGAUCUUUGUUCAAAUAGUUCAACAACUAUUUUUCCAGGUGUGCAGGGGAGAGCAAAGGACAUUGGUCCCACUGACUUUGCACAAUACUGAUACCAUCCAGUGUCUUAAUAUAGCACAUUACAGGUUCUUUCAGAUUACCUGUUUAUUGAACAUUCUCCUGAAGAAAGGAUCUCCAAUCAGACCUUAUACUUGAUCUCAAGCCAAAUACACUGAAAUGUCAAGUCUUUGCUUUGUCAUCAGUUCUAUCCAGGACAGAUUCCUGUGCUCCCAUCCAGUAUUUAAGAGGUUCCUUCAGGGAGCAUCUCUUUGAAGCCCUCUGGUCAUCCACAGGUUUCUCUCCUGGAAUGGACAUGGUCUUCUAUGUUCUCCCACAGCCUCUCUGCUUCCUCAGUCUCUCUGCCUCCUGUUCCUUAAGGUAGAUUUCUUCAUUGCUAUCACCCUAACAAGUAGGGUGACUGAACUCAACAUACCUUCCAUCAGAAGCUAGCCCUACAUGUUCCAAAACUUUUUACCCCACUAAAUAUACCUGUAUAUGCUAGAUGUCAAGACGGGGACUCAAAACCUACAUCCAGAACACAGUAACAUUCAGAUAAAUGGGCAGCCUGUACUACUACACUAGGUAGAAAAGUCUCUACUUCAUCUCUGGUGAGAUGGAUAAAAGCUGUUGGUUAUGAAGCCCAUCUUUUAGCACAGGCUACUCAACCUCGGCCCUCCAGAUGUUUUGAGACUACAAUUCCCAUCAUCCCUGACUACUGGUCCUGCUAGCUAGGGAUCAUGGGAGUUGUAGGCCAAAAACAUCUGGAGGGCCAAGGUUGAGGAAGCCUUCUUUAGCAACUCUGUUUCACAUAACAGCUCAUUCCACUUGGGCAGCUGCCACUUCUGUUGCUCUGUAAACCAAUGCACCCAUGUCUGAAAUAUGCCAAACAGCCACAUGCCACUCAACAAACAUGUUGACAUGACAGCACAGUUUAGAUGGUAUGGAGCUUUGGGGGUAGGGUUUUAUGCACAUUGUCCCUCAAGUACUGAAGCAGUCAUCUACCCACUGCAGGAAAGCAACAGUUUUUAUGUAUCCUGCCUGCAGGAUACCUCCUGCAUCCAGCAGGAGAAUGGGACAUUGGUUUCUUCCACAACCUACCUUCUUGCAAAGGCAUCCAAGUCAGGUGGCUGCCCACAGCACCACUCAGUGCAUCCAGAUCACAUUCAGGAUCAGGGCUCUUCUCUCUUUUUGUCUUUUCCAUAUGUCUGUUUAUUUUUUAAGUGGUUCUGCUAGUCUGAAAAUGAGAUGUUAGGGAGAAAAAGCUCCAGGGUCACGUGUUUCCCAACAAACAGGAGUUAUUAUAACUCACCAGGGGCCAAGAACAAACCUUGAAGGUAAGUGACUAGUGUUUUUAUCUGUGUCCAAAUUCAUUGUGGGCUUUUGCCUCUUUGUGGGUAUCUUUUAGAAAGAGAGAGAGGGGGAUGCUGCUAAGUUUUCAUUUGUGUAUUCAGUGUCAGUAUUAAAUAUUUGGAGAACAGGAAGCGCUAGACAAAGGAUUAACACCAUGCUGCUUUGGGAUGCAGUAAUAUAGAGCUAUAAAUAUACAUGUUGGUUUCCCUAGGAUAUUGAGCUUCGAGUGAAAUGGCCAAACGAUAUUUACUAUAGUGACCUUAUGAAGCUGGGUGGCGUUUUAGUGAAUUCCACACUAACAGGAGAUACAUUCCACAUUCUUAUUGGUAAGAAUAUAAAUGGUUUAAAAUAUAUUUGUUUGUUUGUUUGUUUGUUUUUAGGCAUUUUUGCUGCUAUUGAUAAUGCAAAUACAUAGCAAAAUAAAUGUGGCCGUGAUUCACCUGGCCCUUAAUGGAUUGUUAUCUGACUCCCUGCUUUCAGCUUGCAGGAGAAAUUAUUGAUUUGUUCAGUCAUGGGAGGAGAGGCAUAAUCAAGAAUCCUUGAUUAUUAAAUAAAUAGUGUCCAUGUUGUGUGCUUUAAAGAAUAGGUAAAUAGGAAUAACAGAAUCAGGUCUAGACUUAGAGCAAUCAGCAGACCUACUCUCAGUAUCUCCUGCUUCAAAAUUAGGAAGCUUCAGGAGAUGGUGGCAGCAAUACUCAUUCAUAAACAGUAUGAAGAAUGCAUCUCAGUGCAAUCUCAUUUGGAACAGGGAUAAUGUUCGAGAUGAUCCAGGUGGGAGAACUUUGAGAUCCAUGACUUUCACAGUGUUCACCCUGCAGUAGAUAGUUGCUUAACAUUUUUUUUAAGCCCAUAUCCAUUAACAGCAUUCACAAUGUUCUCCACACACACCAGAAAACUUCUUGGAUAAAACUAAUGUGGAAAAUACACUUUUGAGAAUAUUAUCGUUUCACUUCAGUGCUUAUAGGAACAAUCCUAAAAUCGUAUGUCAAUCUGUGGGUUUUGUUAACAGAGAAUGUUCUUAAAUUUUAUAAUAUGAAUUUGAUUCCUGACUCCACCCUUCUUAAAUGUCAAGAUAACUAAUCCUCCUCAGAUCUAUUUAUGAAUACUACCAAAUAAUUAUUUCCAUAUUUAAUAGGUAUAUUACUUAUAAAUUAUUAAAGUAAUGGUUUCAAAAAUAGGGCAUUUAAAUGUGAGUAUACUUGACAAGUCUGGCUCUGGCAUCACAUGCACAGGGAAUGGAAAACCUACAUUGCUCAGAAAGGGAGGAAAAUAAACAGGUAUUAGAAGAUUGGUGUGUACAUUUCGCAGAGCUAUGUUUAGGAGGCCUGAUCAAGAAAGCCCUGAGAGCUGCAUUUAAACACCCUGGCUUUCUGCCAAUAAUAUUAUCCCCUGCUAGAGAGCUGGGUGAGAAAUGAGGCUUCAAAGAGAGUCUGGCAAGAGAGCCCUUGAAAGCUGAAAGUUGACUUAAAUGUGGAAUCCUCUAGGCUUUUCUCAAAGAAGCCAGUUGCUGCCCUGGAGCUGGGGGAAAUGCAAUUUUUAAAAAUGGUAGAAUAUAGCAUUUCAUAGCCGCAUCUUUCUUUUUCCGAUUAAUGCUCUCUUGCCUGUAUGCUGAGCCAUGUGUGUAUGCAUGAGAUGGCCCAUUAAUUUCAACCUAAAGAGCACAUCUACACAUGCACACCAAAUAGUAUACGCAGCUCGACUUCCUCCAUCAAAAUUUAGCAGGGCAGCCCUUGUAGGUGGGGCAGUUUCCAUACCCACAAGAACUCACUGUGGUGGAAUGGGACAUUGUUCUGUCACAUAUUAUGUGUAUUGUUCUGUCACAUAAAAACUGACAAAAUAUAUCAUUUGGCAAUUUUACUGCACAAAACUGUUCUUUGUUUUAAAUGAAGAUUGUUCCAAAGUUGCAUGUCUGGAUGUGGAUUGUCCUGGACUGAACUAGCUUUCAUUGGAGGAAAAAACCAUCAAGCACUGUCAUGAGGCUGAGCCAAGCUGUCUUGUAUUUAGCACAUGAUAUGGAUUUGAGUUUAUAUGAGCUUCUGUCAUCUUUCAUCAUUAUUUAAAGCAAAUCUCUUCAGGAAAUCUGUAGAUGGAUUUUUACAGCUGUCUGGAGGAAUGGAUUUGUCUUAUGAUACAAAGAGGCUUUUUCAGAGAAACAAAACUUUUCCUACACUGCCUUUCUAAUUUAUUUUUCUUCCCCAGGCUGUGGAUUUAACGUGAAUAACAGCAACCCCACUAUAUGCAUCAAUGAUCUCAUUAUGGAGCACAAUAAGACAAAGAAUACAGAAUUAAAGCCCUUAAGUGCAGAUUACCUGAUUGCACGAAGUGUGACAGUGCUGGAAAGUCUGAUCAACACCUUUCAAGAGAAAGGACCUAAUGGAGUUCUUCCCAUGUACUAUAAGUACUGGGUGCACAGGUAAAUAAUUUAAAAUAUAUAUUCUAUAUAUUUUUUAAAAAGAAUACUUAUUUUUCUUUUACAAGUAAUAAAGAACAACAUAAAGAAUCAACAACAUAAAAUAAAAUUUCCUUCUUAAUACAGGUAAUCUUAAUUGUUUUAGUGGUAAAUUGAACUAACCCCAUCAAGAGGCAUUUAUCUCAAACCAAUAGUGACUGAUCAGAUAUAUAUGUAUGUAUGCAUUUAACAUGUUUCACUUUUUCAGCAUGUGUUAGAAGUAUUUGUUUAUGCAUAGGCAGAUUUGUCAUUCAGCAUCCAUGCAUUAAAAUAUAUCAGGAUGUUUACAUUGGAGUUGUUCCUUAAAGCUACAUUUACCUAGCAUUUUGAGUUAACGUGCUAGACAUAGAUCAUGAAGUCUGAGCUUUGCAGAAUAUCUGAGAAGAAACAGAUUAAUUUUACUAUAGUUAAGCAAGUCUACCUAUGAACGGGUGGGUGCAGGAAAUUCCCACUGACAUUGUUCAUUAUGAUGGUAGGCCAUGUCAGUAAACCCUAUUGUGUAUAAGCUAUGUAGGAUCCAUGUGCCUUUCUGAAGAACUAACUCUCGUACAGUGCCAUUUAUAUGAAUUUCAUUAAUCCAUUUAUUUCCUUUUGUCUAUUCAAAGUUGGUUAAAACCCUCUGUUUAGAUGGGGAAAUCAUUCAUUUCUUAAUUUUAUUCAAGGAUUUCUACAUCAUUUUUCAAAACCCAAAAUUUUCCCGAAGCAUCUUCCAAUCAGUAUAAAAACAUUUUAAGCUUAAUAUCAAUAUCUAAAAUACCAAAGCCUUUUACAUGUUUAUGUAACAUUUAUAAUUAGACUGGGGUGAGUUUAUGAAACUUGAUGGUUUUUUAAAGUGGGUAAUUCCUUGUUUUUUAUUUGCAGUGGUAAACAAGUACGGCUUGGAAGUGAUGAAGGGCCUUUAGCGUGGAUCGUUGGAAUCGAUGAUUCCGGAUACCUUCAAGUUCAUGAGGAAGGCAAAGAUGUAGUAACCGUGCACCCAGAUGGCAAUACUUUCGAUAUGCUGAGAAACCUGAUAAUUCCAAAACAGCAGUAGUUUUUGAAUGUGGUGAAACAGCUUCUCAGACCAUUUUCUAGAGUUUGGCUGGAGGCUGUCAAACUAGAAGUAUCUAAUCUGAAGAAUUGAAACACUGUAUACCAAGGAAAACAUUGAAUUUUGAGUCAUUUAAUUUUCCUGGGCUCUUGGCCCAGUGACCUGGGAUUUAGUGGCUUUUCAUGUUUGUUUGUUUGUUUUCCUUUCAGUCUCCAUGCAGAUGUGAAGGAAACCUUAUGGUCAGCAUGAAAAGCUCUAGCUUCUAAUUUUUGGCAUGGAACACUCAAGUAGAAUUAGCUCCAUAAAUCUGUGUUAUCCUGUUACUACAGAUUCUUCACGCUUGCACUUACAGCAUACCUUUACAUCCAGUGCUCAUAUUACUUUGUAUCUAUAGGAAGGAAUGCAUUUUGCAGUAGAAUAUUUCCUAUAUUAAAAUGAUAGGGUAUAAUAAGUUUGGUUUACCAAUGCCCCAGUUUAGUAUGGUGUUUUGUUUUUAAGCUGUGGAUGAACAGCUAUAUGCAAAAUGAAGUUAUAUUAUUCAUUUUGAACAUCUGUUUUAGAGUAUGCCAUAAAAUUAUUUAAAGAAUUUUACCCCUCCUGCUGUCUCAUACCCACAAAACAAUGAUCAAAAGGAAUUUUAGCCUUUUAGUAAGGACCCUCCAUAUGCUGUGUUAUAUUGGGAGUCCAAGUCUUUCAGAAGCUUGAUGUUUCCACAACUGACCACUAAUUCUUAUUUUUUCUAACAAUAGAUUUCUGGCAGUUGCCCUGAUUCCUAUAAGACUAUACAGAAUCUGAAUUGCUUGGAAGUAUGUUUCAAGUUCACAGUGCUAUUUUGCAUUUUCCUUGGAUUAUGAAUCCGACAAGUGUUUCUGCUUUAAUGGCUAUAGCAGAACCUAUUUUCCUGUAUUAUCUAUUGUGCCUUAUGCAUUAAAUAUAUCAUAGUUAUGAUACAUAAUUAUGUGUCAUCUUGCCUACUCAGUAUGGUCCUCUGAUCACUCUGAUCAUUUUUAUGAUCAGAUGCCAAAUACUGAUGAAUAGAUAACACGUUCAGCUUCUUGCACUGUUCUCAGAGGCUCCUAGGUGUAUGACUGUGUUUCUGGACUAGGCUGCCUAGGCUUAUGGAACUCACUCUCAACCCAGCCCUCCCAGGCUAUAGUUUGAAACCAAUUUCUGCAUAUUGAGGAACUGUUGGUAACAUGACCUCCUCAUGAGAACUGCCAUGGGUUCUAAAGGACUCCCUCAUGUUACGUUAAGAAAGUGCCCUGAAAUGCAUGCCUGACAUGUAGCCAGAAGCAGGUUUGUAGGUUAAAGUUCACUUUAUAAAGAAUCAGGAAAUAAGUAGAUUGGCUCAAAUAUAAAUCCAAGAAGCCUUAAAGAAGGCAAAGAAGUUGGCCUGUAAUGGUGGAUUAGCAUAAUCCCUGCAUAUUGGAGUCUUGAGUAGUUUGACUAUAAAUUACUGGAGAUUGAGUUUUCAUUUCAUUUAAAAUGAGGAUUUUGACUUCUGUUGCAUAAUGUUUCCCACACUGUGACAUCUAUGACUGUUUCUUGCUUGAUGGCAUUGUUAUCUAACAAAUGAAAAAGUAAAACAAUUUAGCUUAUUUGAGUGGCUGUAUAUUGAUUAUUUGUUCAAACAACUAAUGGUGAGAAGUAAUGACUUGCAAAACUCUCUGGGACUAGGAAUUCAAAGCUCCUCUUAUUAUUGAUUUAAUAACUCCAGUGAUCCUUAAGAUUGAGUUAGUAUAAUAAAAUAAAUGGAAACUCCAGCAAUGUAUUUGGUACUCAAUUUUUAUUUUUAUUUGCCUGUAGAAUCCUUCUGUCCUGUUGUCCUAUCUCAGGAGCUUUUAAAUGUAUGAUUCAUACUAUUUACCUGUUAGCUGCCAAAUUAAUAGAGCAGGGCUGUGCCACUUCAUUGUUCAGUCUGAACCUUCAUCCCAAGUCGCACAGCAAUCCACUCCCCAGUUUCUAUCUGACAUCUUGCAAACAUGUUCCUACUGUGAAAAGCUUAUGACUUUUCACAGUAUGUACCAUUUUAAGAAUGUAUGGUAGUUUGAGUAUACAUGACAGCCAAGAUUGCUCACAAUUAUUCAGGAGGGUAAAUUCAAAAAAGAGGUGUUGAAUUUGGAGACGGGAUCAGUGAAAUUUAAUUGUUGAAAGGUUCUCUAAAGCUUGUUCUUCAUUUAAUUCUGCCCCUUUCACUUACUAAUUUCUGCCCUGGUUUUUAGUAUGUGUUUGAGGAAAUGUAGGGUACAACAUCACUAUUGAUGUUAUUUGGGGCAGUGAAAGAUCAGACAGAUGAGGGAAGGGAUAACUUCAUGCUAUCGUGUCAUCUGGCAGUCCAUCAGAUGUAAUUGCUUUGCUACAGAAUACUAUACCAGUGAACAGGAAAAAAACAGCUACCAUAUAGAAUUUGGUAUCUACCUGGCAUUCAUUAUCAAGGUUGGGCUGGAUGAAAGGGACAGGCCUAAUCUCUUCCUAUGGUGUCCUGAUUGGUGCAGCAGCAAUAUAUAUUCAAUGGCUGGGGAGAAGGGGUCCAUCAUCCACUUUCCUUUUCAUAGCAGCCUGUCCAGCAAUUAACUGAUGCCAAAGAUUUACAUCAGGUGCUGGGCUCUCAGGACAGGACAGGGUUCUUGUUGAUGCGAGAGGUGGUCUUUGAGAUGCUCUUGGAGACCUCCUCACUUGUUGCCAUGCAUGUCCGGAUGGCAAUGGCAAAGAGUGUUUUUUACUAGCUUUAGGUGGUGUGCCUGCUGCUCCUUUUCCUAGUGAAGCUUGUUCUGGCCUUUGUUGUUCAUGCCUUAGUUAUACAAGGUGACUUUCCAUAACAAUGUGAAAGAUGGACAGUUCUCUGCUGGUAUUGACUUCUGUUUGCCUGAAUGACUAAGCAUAUGGUUGGUCUGGAUCUUCCCCUUCUUCCGCUCCUCCCUGUUUCAUGUAUGCACAGAACACAUUUUAUUGAUUUAUUAAACUUGAUUUUGUAUUGUUUGACUAUAUUUGUUUCUUUUUGGAAAAAUCAGCAAAAAUACCUGUUAAUCAAAAAAUUAUAUCAAGAUUAGAUAACAGUAAUGCAAUCUACAUAGAGCUACCUUUGAAAAUAGUUGGGCCAAGCUCCAUCUGCUAGAGUUUUAGUUGGGCUUUAUAGCUUAGAACUACCCUACUCAUAGGGACGCGGGUGGCGCUGUGGGUAAAACCUCAGUGCCUAGGACUUGCCGAUCGCAUGGUCGGCGGUUCGAAUCCCCGCGGCGGGGUGAGCUCCCGUCUUUCGGUCCCAGCUCCUGCCCACCUAGCAAGUAGAUAAAUAGGUACUGCUUUAUAGCGGGAAGGUAAACGGUGUUUCCGUGUGCUGAGCUGGUGCUGGCUCGCCAGAGCAGCUUCAUCACGCUGGCCAUGUGACCCGGAAGUGUCUCUGGACAGCGCUGGCCCCCGGCCUCUUAAGUGAGAUGGGCGCACAACCCUAGAGUCGGACACGACUGGCCUGUACGGGCAGGGGUACCUUUACCUUUACCCUACUCAUACUGGCUACCAAUUUGUUUCCAAGCCAAAUUCAAAGCGUUGGUUUCAACCUUUAUAGAACUAAAGAAGCUUGUCCUCUCCCACAUGAGCCUACUUGUAGCUUAAGAUCAACAACAGACACCCUGCUCUGUGCCCCAUUAUAAUUAGAUGAUGGGUGGGCAUCAGAGACAAGGCCUUUUCUGUGCUGGUACUUAGACCUGCAAUGCCUCCUGUGGCUUGCAUUUUGCAGAGCUGUUUGCUUCUACUGGUAUUUGGUACUAGACUAAUUGCUUGGCCUAUUAUUAUUAUUUUAUCUUGCUAUAUAUUUAUACCGUUACUUCUUGAAUUAUUAUUGAAUUAUUUUGUAGUUUAUAUAUAUGGUAUGUUUUUUUGUAAGCUGCUUUGAAUUUAUUGUGUAGAAAAUUGGGGUAAAAAUUUGAAUAAGACAUAAGAUUUUCUUACCUGGAUAAUAAAGAAUGUAAACCUUUGUUAAAGUAAAAACAACCUAUGGUUUGUUUUAUUUCAAACCAUAUUACAGUUUUUUGCACUGGAAAAAUUCUUUCAUUUAAUUUCCUUUCUGUAAAUGAAAAGUAAUGAAGUGUGGACAUGUUGAAGCACAAGUGGAUUAGGUGGGAAUAUCACUUUUACUUCUGUUUUUGAAUGGCCUGCCCUGUACAUACAAGACAACAUACUGUCUUGAAUGAAGUCAGCAUCAAUUGUAAACUGUCAUAUACCUGACUUUAUUUUUGUUUGCUUCAGAACAGUUGAACAAGGCCUUUCUGACUCACAACUGUCGUAGUCAGAAAUGCCUGUGGGAAUUUCUGUAGGAUACACAAGUAAAGGUGUGCAUGGGUAGUACAGCUGGUAAUCACAUUGUUUUCCACAUCAAAUUUGGCAACUACUCACCAUUUCUGUAUGAAAACCAUUUUAUAACAGUCCUUGUGACUUUAUAACAUAGCAAAAUGUGUCUGGACAGAGUCUGGAGGAGCCAGCCAGGCAUCCUGGAAUCCAGAAGUAGCCCUCUGAAAAUGUGCAAUACUAUUAAAAUGUCCAGGUUAGUAAAACACCUUUUCCACUGUGUAGCUGAUGUCGUCUUUCAGACUGUUCUGUAGAUGAAGUGCUUUCAAAAAUAUUUCAUUAUGGUGCCCAUAUUUUUUUGCAAUAUGUGCUUUUCUUCCGGACCAAAGUUUUAAAACUCCUCAUUACAUAUUAAGAAAAUAUCUGUACAGAUUAUUUAUUGACAGUAAGGCUUCUUAAGGAACUCUGGUGUGCUAGUAUUUGAAAAGAACGAGGUGAAUUGCAUCCAGACAGAACUGAUGACCUUUCCAGAAUUACACAAUUUCCACCAGGAUAGGUACUCAGAACUAAGAAUAAACUGGCAUUAGUCAUCUGUAAGCCUCCAUAACACCUUGGAAUACAUGUCCUAGCAAGUCAUUAUGCCUCGGUUAUCUUUUUUAAAGCAUGGUGUGUUUAUGCUAUGGAUCAUGCUUUCCUUCUGCAGGGAUUUUUUUCUUUUUAAACUGAUUACAUGGUUAUAAAGUGCAAGUUCAUAGUUUUGUUUCAGCAUAGUUCUGAUUUUUGAAGCUAGCUGGUGGGAAUAUUUAUACAUUGCAUAGCUGCCAAUAGAAGUGCUGUUAAACAAUAUAUUGUGUGGAAAGCAGGACAUAGCAGUUCUUUGUAGUCUCUGUGCAGUCUCACCUUUCUGUUCUCCACAUGUGUAGAUUAAUAUUUGGAACUUCUGGAGCAAGCUGGUAACAUUCUGGCAUGAAAGACUUAUCUGCACAGCCGUAGCACACACCUAAGAACUUCACCUUCUUGAUCAGUUCCUUUGUGACUGCUGCAGUAGCGAUUACAGGAACGGUAGAAAGGUAGGCACUUCUUUCCUUCUACCUCAGAACUUUGUUCCUCUUUUUUUUUUGCCUUGCCAGAUACUUCUUCACCUACCCACAAGCAAACUUGGGACUGUCAAAUGUUUGUGCUGUUGCAGAGAUGCACUGCACAGUCUUGUAAAACUAAAGACUGCCAUUCUAGCAGUCUAGGAAAAAGUAAACUUGAUCUUUUGUUUGGAAGUCCUUUUGGUGUUAAAUCCAUCUGCAACAAUAGCAUUUGGACCAACCUGAAUGUUGCAAAAUGGUAAGCAAGCCUUCAUGAUGGUUGUUAAACAAACGGAAAUGGAGACGAGGGGGAAAACUUGUUUGAUGUUGAAGUUGUGGAGUCUGCAGUCUUAACAUAGACUGUGGAAGGGGUUAGCAAACUUAAAUAGAUAAGGCUGUACUAGGUACUACGCAUGUUAAGUUGUGUCUAGGACUGCUGGGACAAAGAAACAUACAGUGGUUGAACCCCAUUUCUGAAAAUACAGUCCAGUUGUUACCCAGACCUUUCUCCAUCAUUAGAUUCAACAGAUACUUUGGUAAGGUGGAAAGCAGAUAUACUGAGAAACUAGGCAAUUUUUUAACAUCAAAGCAGCAGCAAUAGAGAUGAUUGGAUCCCUUUCUGACCUCGAAGCAUGGGUACCCCCAACAAAAAUUUAAAAUUUGGCUCUGUAAUUUGGAACUAAUGUGAUUUGAUUGGUUUGUUAAUAAAAAUUAUUUUUUUU